AUGUCAACUUCGUUCCCAGGACUCGUCCACGAUUCAGAGGUAUUUUAAGGCUAUUUAUGUGGUUCUUGUGUACAUAUAUAUCCAGAUACAUUUUUUUUUAGUUGUCCUCUUAAUCCAUGCAACCGUUAUCAUUGUCAUCAUAUCUGCUUCCCAAAACUUACAAAAAAAAAAAAAAGAAAAGAGGGGGAAUUCGUUAUGACAUCUGUCGCCUAGAAUGGCAUCUUUUUCCUGCACAACAGUUGUUAUAACGAAAAGGGUAGAGAGAAGAAAAAAAAAUACAUAAUCCCCCCCUAUAUAGCAAAUGAGUUCAGUAGCAUAUAAUCUAGCAACUAAUCAUUUCAAAAAUCAAACGUGGUGAUGCUCUGAGAUGACGGUUAGAAGAACUGGGAAAAAGAUGGGGUGUGUGUGUGUGGUAUUUUGGAGAUGAAAUUUGUGUAAUGUGUGGUCACAGUUAGUUUCCUUUAUUUGAUGAAGGGGUAGAGAUAUUACAUGAGAUAUUUUAGCACAAUGGAAUUGCUGUACUUGUUUGUAGAUCUAUUAGAACGCUGGAAGAAUAGGCACGUCAACAAGACAGUAGAAUUCUAUUCUAGAUUCUGUACCAGUGACGAAUGGCACUAUUUAAUACCUUUUUCUUUCUUUAUAUGGAUCAGGGACAGAGUAUAGAAAGUAUCCGGAAUAUGAAGCCUGAUGUCCUUACAUGCUAUUUUAAAUGACAAACCUAUUUUUUUUCCUCAUUUUUCCCCUUCCUUCCUUCUAGAUACGUCAUGACGGAUCAAACAGUUAUCGUUUGAUGCAACUUGGUUGUCUGGAGUCUGUGGCUAAUUCAACUGUCGCCUACUCCUCCACAUCCCCUUUAGCUUAUUCUACAACUGGUACAGAGUUUGCUUCCCCGUAUUUUUCCGCAAAUCACCAAUACACACCUCUCCACCACCAAUCCUUCCAUUAUGAAUUCCAGCACAGCCACCCAGCUGUAAACCCAGAUGCCUAUUCACUGAACUCUCUGCAUCAUUCUCAACAAUAUUACCAGCAAAUCCAUCAUGGGGAGCCCACAGACUUUAUCAACCUGCACAAUGCCAGGGCACUCAAGUCUUCUUGUUUGGAUGACCAGAGGAGAGAUUUUGGUUGCCUUGAUGCCUACCGGCGGCAUGACUUGUCCCUUAUGAGUCAUGGAUCUCAAUAUGGGAUGCAUCCUGAUCAAAGGCUACUGCCGGGAUCAAGUUUGGGUCUUUCAGCUACAGGAGGUGACGAAUUUCAGGUAAUUUCCUGCCAUUCCAUUUUGUAUCACCCCCCCCAAAAAUGCACUUCCUUACCCGAAAUCGUAAUAUUAAAAGAGGCAGGGGGAUUCAUCAGUGCUGUCCAAAUAAUAUUGGGUGUGGCUGCAAUAAAAGACAAUCAAGGUCCAAAAAAGAAUUCACAAAAUAAAUGCUUUGUAUAAGAUAGUAAAACAAUUAUUUUACAAUAUAUAUAAUAAUGGCAAAAGAGAAUUAUUUCAAAUAUUUUAGAUUAAUUUGAUGUAUUAAAUAUGUCGUAUGACGUGUUUAGGAUCAAAAUAAUGUAUUUUUGCUAACGCUAAAACGUCAAAAAGGAAAAAUAAAAUGAAAAUAAAUAUGUCUAUUAUUUUAUAGAGAAAUACAUUUAAUUUUUUCUUGUAAUUAAAUAAGCAGAAAAUGUUAAAACGAAUAUUCUAAUAUUAUUAUCAUUUAAACAGCGGGGACACGGAAUAUCCGCACGUGUAUGAAAUAAAAUUAUAUAUUUGUGUUUUUUUUAUUUAAAUUCAGAAUAUGUUUACAAUGUUUCCGUUAUAUUAUUAAAAUAUAUUAUUUAUAACAUCGAUAAUAUUAUUAUUAUUAUUAUUGUUAUUGUUAUAGCAAAAGUAAUAAUAUGAAUAAUCAUAUGAUAAUAAACAUUCUUUGUCUGUUGUUUAUUUUAACGUAGAACGCAGCUAAGUAAAAAGUUAAGCUGGUAAACCUUGUUUUAAUGUAGGUCAAUUAAACGUGACUUUUCCUAUUUUAAUUGAUUUAAUCAUUUUAUUCGGUUCGUGUCUGUCAGGACUGCUCCUUAGUCACAGUGUUUAAACGGGACAAUAAAAAAAAAAUUUCUCCCUUAUUUUAAAAUCCCCCCCUAUUUAUGCCCCCUUUCCGUAUUCACGUCUGCUGCUGUUUUUUUCGAAUCUGUACAAAUUUUGUUCCAUUGCUGGGCAUCAAGCGUUGUAUUUUUCAAAAGAGAGGAUUAGAGAAUUUGCAAGAGGUAGACAAAGCCUAAUACCCAAGCAAAGAGUACCGUAGUUUAUCCAAUUUUCUUCUUAAUGCCAUUUAGCCAGUUACUUAUGCAAUGUCAUCCGAUCAAACAGCAUGUUCUAUGUUAUAUUAAAAAAAAAAAAUCUGGUAAAAAUGCUAACUAAUCCGUAUAAAAUUACCAGCUGUUACAUUGACUAAAAUAUUUAGACACCUACAAUUUUUAGAUAGACUAUAUAUAUUUUUUCUUUUGACCUUUAAUUUAAAAAAAUAUUUUUUUCCUUCCCCAAUUUUUUUUCUAUAUUAUUUUUCAAUCUUUUCUUAAUUCAGAUCCUUAGCUGUUGAUGUGCAAAAAAAAUAAAUAAAUUGAAACAGUGUUGCAUUGUGCGUUCAAAAAAUUUAAAUGGACUCUCUCCUGCAUAGAUUUUCAAGUGUUCCUAGUGAACCCCUUAACAUUUUACAGGGUGCUUAAAUCAGAUGAACAGAUGCAAACAGUCUGCAGACUGCGAGUUGCAUCUUUGAGUCCCCUAAAAAGAUUUGUCAUGGGUAACAAUAAAAACUGUCACACCUUUUCCCCAUCAUCCUGUUAAUUUAUACAGUCCUUGGGCUUUUUUUAUAUAUCGAUUUCAUAAUCACUUUAGAGCAGAACUCCAAAGUAUGUUCUGUGAAGAGAUCUUACAAUUCAGCUUUGGAAAUGAGGAGGGGAAAUAAAAUAAAACGCAGACUGUACAAGCUGUGUAAAGAAAGAGGUGUGGGACAUGAACUGACUCCUUUUCUCAGUACACAUGCUUUGGAGUUUUUCUUUUGAACUUUGCCAGGGCCUCUUCCCUGUUGUAUGACAUUAAAUAUAGGGGAUUAUACAGACUGGUAAAUCAGUGUAAAUAUAUAGUAUGUAUAUAUUUAUAAUUUUAUUUAUUUUUAUUAUUAUUUGUAAUUAUAUUUUCUUAUUAUUAAAUUCGAUUUCUUAUUUGUAAUAAAUUAUAUUUAUUGUAUUAUUAUAUUUAUUUAUUUAUAUAUUUUUUUUAAUUUAUAUAUAUAUUUUCAAUAUUGAUCAGACCAUUUAUACCAUAUCCACAUCUCUUGGAUUUAAUAUAAUUUAUCCAUACACGCCCAUUGCACAGGAUUCAUGACUACAAGUAUUAAUUUAAUAUACACACACACCAAAUAUACAUUAUAAAUACAUCCUGGGUGGGUUUAAUGUAAAAUAUAUACACAUCGAUCAUACAUUAUAAAUAGCUCCAAUAUUUAAUGUACUGUAACUGUCUGUUAUCUUUUAUGUAAUAGUCAUACAUUAUAAAUAUUUUUACAUUAAAUAAAUACACAUAUAUACUCGUUCUAAAGCUCUCGCGUUUAAUGUAUAUAUGUAUUUAUAUAUAUUUUACAUAUUCUAAAUAUUUUCUGUAUUAGGUGUGAUACCUGUACACCCUUGCAGUACAUUAUAAAAAUCUAUCAUAUUUAAUAUAAUAAAUAUUUACACAAUAGAAAAUAUUAUUUAUUAUAAAGAAACAUAUAUUUAAAUCUACACAAUAUUUCGAUAUGUAGAGUCUAAAAUGGGGUGGGGGUUGAUUUGACAUAUUGUAUUUAAUAAUGACUGUAGGAUGACCGAUUUAUGUAAAUGUAAGUAAGGCAGUUUUUUAAUAUUUGCACAGAUAUAAAGGUGGAUGAGUGAGGAGUUUUUAGAUAUUAAGAACUUGCAGUGAUAAUGUAUAGAUAUAUAAUUGUGUAUAAAGCAUUGUGUAACUAUGUAACGUUUUAUUUCAAAAGGGGUCAGUGGAGGCCCAGUGUGGGCUGGUUCUAAACAGUCAAUCUGGAGUGAUAAGAAGGGGUAAGCACAAUUUAUUACAUAUCCAUAUUUAUAUCAUAUGAUAAUUUAAUAAAAUGCUAAUAAUGAGGCUUUGUUCUUAAAGACUCUUACUGUGCAAACUUGGGUUUAACUCUGUACCUGGCAAUGUAUGUGAUGUAUAAAGAACAAUGAAGGUAGGAUAAAUAGAAUGUGUAGAAAUUCACAGAAUGCCAUUUUAUUAUAAUACACUGAUCAGCGAUGAUUUGAGAAGAGAUUUACAAAAAAAAAUCUAUACAGGAAUAUGUUUUUCUAACUCGAGUAUUUUGCCUAAACUUUGCAAAUAUGUUCUCAGUUCACCAAAAGUGGAUAAUUAGUGAAUAUUCCCCCUCACCCCCCUUGAUUGGUUGUAGUCUUAUGUGUUGUUGGGGGGGGGGGUUAAUUUUUUUUAAUAUAUAUAUAUAUAUAUAUUUUGAGGGUUGAGUGUUUAUUGAGUAGCAGUAAACAGCAAGCCUCUCUGUUUAUGUGGCCAUUUAAAUGGUCACUAUUUCUAUAUUGACCAUUUAGAUCCAAUCUGACUGGUCUUACAGAGAUCCCUGCUAUAGCCUAUACGACUUUAUAUGAGAUGUGAGAUGAGCCUAAGUAUAAAUACAUAUAUAAUAUACAUAUAUAUGUGUGUAUACACACACACACACAUGAAUUUAGCUUAUAGGCCUCGAUUUUAUAUUCGGGAUACGUUUUUCAAAUUAUUUAAUAUUUUUCGAUUUUUUUUACUUUGAAAAAUAUUUUAUUAUUUUGAUAUUUUUUGAUAUAUUGAUAUUGUUUUUAUAUAUGAUAUAUUUUGAUAUUUUAAUAUUUAAAAAAAAAUGGAAAAGGUCUUAUCCAGAACUAGUAAAUAAUUUGAAAAUGAUAUCCAGAAAUAUUAAAUUAAGGCCAUAAUGACAAAUAUAAUUGACGUUCUCUGUGUGUUUUAGUGUGUGUCUCUGUGAAUGGGUGUGUAUAUGUACAUUUUAUCUUUUUAUAUUUGUGUGUGGGUGGGGGAUAGGUGCAGGCACACAGACAUAUUGAGUACAAGUUACUCAAUAAAGGUAUAGAAUCAACAGGCAGGACCGUUCAUUAGUGACACUGUGGUAGUGUCUGAGAGGAUACAUGUUUCCAUACAUUGGUUACAGUCAGUGAGAGACGCUCCAUGCUGAUGACAGACAGCUACUGCUGGUUCUGCCACUCACUGAAUGUCUGUCUGGCUUCCUGUCUAUGGUGCUGAAAGAACAGCUCCCUCAUUACAGGUUGUCAUUUCCGACUAGUAUAGUGUGUGCAAAUUACGCAGCCUGUCAUGCAGUGUACACACAGGUAUAUUGAGUGUCCUCAUCACAGGCUGUUAUCCUACACUAAUAUAGUGUGUGUGCAGAUUAUCUCAAACUUUUAUACUAUGUGUGCAGAUUAUCCCAGACUAGUAUACCGUGUAUGCAGAUUAUCCCAGACUAGUAUACUGUGUGUGUGUAGAUUGUCCCAGUCUAGUAUAUUGUGUGUGCAGUUUAUCCCUGACUAGUAUACUGUGUGUGCAAAUUACACUUUAUGCCAUUCGGUGCACACACAAUAUAUACUUUUCUUCUAAUUACAGACAGUUAUCCCAGGCUAGUACGCUAUGUGUGCAGAGUAUACCGUGUAUGCAGAUUAUCCCAGUCUAGUAUAUUAUGUGUGUGCAGUUUAUCCCUGACUAGUAUACUGUGUGUGCAAAUUACACUGUAUGCCAUUCGGUGUACACACAGUAUGUACUGUUAUUCUAAUUACAGGCUUUUAUCCCAGGCUAGUACGCUAUGUGUGCAGAGUAUACGGUGUAUACGGUGUAUGCAGAUUUUUCCAAAGUACUAUAGUGUGUACAGAUUAUACAGCCUGCCAUGUAUUGUACAUUCUGCUCCUCUCAUCACAAGCCGUUAUCACAGACUAGUAUGCUGUGUGUGCAGAUUACACAGUCUGUCAUGCAGUAUACACACAGGUAUAUGCUGUUAUCCCAGAUUGGUAUACUCCGUGUACAGAUUAUACAGCCUGCCAUGUAUUGUACAUUCUGCUCCUCUCAUCAAAAGCCGUUAUCACAGACUAGUAUGCUGUGUGUGCAGAUUACACAGUCUGUCAUGCAGUGUACACGCAGGUAUAUGCUGUUAUCCCAUAUUGGUAUACUGUGUGUGCAGUUUAUCCCAGGAUAGUAUAUUAUGUGUACAGAUUAUCCAAGGCUAGUAUACUGUGUGUGCAAAUUACCCUGUAUGUCAUUCGGUGUACACAAAUGUAUAUAAUGUUCUUCUCAUUGCAGGCUGUUAUCCAAGACUUGUAUACUAUGUGUACAGAUUAUUGUAGACCAGUAUACUGUGUCUGCAGAUUAUCCCACAGUAUUAUACUGUAUGUGCAGACUACACAGCCUGUCAUGCAGUGUACACACAGGUGUAUUCUGCUCCUCUCAUUACAGGUCGUUCUCCCAGACUGGUAUACUGUGUGUGUACAGGUUAUCCCAGACUGGUAUACUGUGCAGUGUGCGUGCGUGCGCCCGCAUGUGUGUGUGCGCAUACCGUCGUGUACAUAUAGGUAUAACUAUGUUGACAUGUAUAGACCGGUAGGAAUAUACAUUAUACAGCGUUCAGUUCUCUGCCCUUGUUAUUUGGAGCAUUUAUAUAUUGUAUUAUAUAUGUAUGUAUAUAUUUUACUUUAUAUUUUAUAUAUUGUAUUUUAUAAACACUUUAUACAUUGUAUUUACUUUUCUUUCUCAGAUUCUAAGCGAAUAUUUCCUUUUCGGUAAUAACCUGAACAAUACCUAGAUUUUACUGAUGAGAGAGAGAGAGAGAGAGAGAGAGAGAGAGAGAGAGAGAGAGAGAGAGAGAGAGAGAGAGAGAGAGAGAGAGAGAGAGAGAGAGAGAGAGAGAGAGAGAGAGAGAGAGAGAGAGAGAGAGAGAAAAUUACAAAUACAUUUAGAUAUACAUUUGCCCAGUUGACUCCUUAAGGGCCAAACCAAAGACACGUCAGACAACAGGUUUGGCCUGACUUUCACUCUCUCUGUUUUGCAAAUCAAUGUAAGUUUGGUCCUGUGAUGGGCACGAUGAGUUAUGGAAUUAAAUAGAUUGAUGACACACUGCAUUGUUUGUACAGAAGAGUUGAGCUGAUGAUUCAGCUUCGCUGUAGCAUGGAUGACUAACAUCUUGUAGUCUACACCCCUUGGAUGGCUGAGGAUAAUAAGAAAUGUAUUUCACAGCAGCUGGACAGCCAGCAUUUAUCCCUGACUGUCUGAUGUCUAUGAGCUGACUACACCUGCCAAUUAUGGGUGUGCACAGGAGCUAGGAUGAGAAUUCUGAUAUAAUAUUUGCAGCAACAUUGAAGCACUGAUCCCCAUGCUAUAUCUUCUAGUAAAUAGAGCUCAGGAUGUCCCCCUGCAGUUCCCCCCACUCCAGCAAUCACAACCAAUAAUCUUUAUUUUACCUAGUGCUGGGUAUCGAUGACUAUUCCAGCCUGGGGCAAGAGCUUUGAUAUGCUAAUAUUUCAGAGUACCAGGCUCUGCAGAGAUCAUAUUAAGGCUGUUCAUACAGAGUUGAGCCUUUGCCUUAGUUGAAUAUUCAGAUAUGCAAUUUCAAAAGAAAUUACUGAAGAAAUGAAGCAGAUAUUUACAGAAGCCUUCAGUGUUUUUAAUCAUUAAAAAAAAAAAAUUCAACUUUUUUUCCCUCUUUUCAAGAAAUAUGAUGCUUUGCCUUUUAUUUCUCUUUAGUUAAAAGAUCAGUGUAUUUUUUUUUUUGAAGAAUUUUUUUGAUACAAGUGUACAGCUGUAUACCAUUCUAAUAUAUAAUAAAAUAAAGGAAACCAGCCAGUUGCUGCCUGCAUCUCUCAAUAUUUGGAUAGAAAGGUAACAGGAUGGCAUUUUGACCUAUGUCGUUUUAUCAUGAAAAAAGUCUAGAUAGCAAAACUCAAAAAAAGAUCCUGUUUGUCUUUGUGAUCAUUCAGGAUGGCUGCCCCAGGCUAAUUUCAAAAAGCUUAAAUACUGCUAUAGCCUGUAGGCCAUGAACAGAGGACAUGGAUAUUGCCAAUAGUUCUGUUUCGAUUGCCCUUGGCAACAUAAAAUACAAACUACUUUGAAUCAAAACAUUUUUGGGGAAUUAAUAUGAUCUGAACUCUUUUCGUUUUAUGAGAUCUUGAGAUUGUCAAACCGCUUAGAGGUGACUGACAUUCGCAUAGAGAAACAUUUAUUACUAUCUAGAAACCCUGUCAGAUCUUAUUUGAUUAAAACACUAUCUUCCAGAAUAGAUGAACAUAGCACUAUAUCACUCAGAGCUGCACACACAUUGGUGUUUAUUUAACCCUAGGAUGGGACCUGAGGUUAACUAUGGAUUCAGCUACAUAGGCAUCUCUGGCAGAGAGAGGGUUAACUCAUUUGGCCUCUUUUCUAAAGAUAGCGAAUUUAACCCUUUGCUCCAUCAAACUGCAUGCUGUCUGCCAAUUCACUCAUUAGGAUGGAUACUUACUUACUGGCAUGGUACCCAGUGCCAUAGAUGGCAUGGCAGAGUUUGCUGUGUAUUUUGGUGAUUGCAAUGGAAUAGUGGUUUUGGUGUUGUUUAACAUCUAGGGAUCUGAUUAGAAUCUGGAAGUGGAAUCCAUUCUCAGACAUAAAGCUGCUGCCUGCUGUGCCCAGGGCAAUGAUGCCACCUGUUCCUUGUCCAUAUGGCAGGGUAGUGAUGAGCCUGGCACUCCCUGUCUCUGGAUCUGGAUUCCAUAGUGAACACAGAAUUGGCUGCAUUGUCUAUGGUAACUGCAUUGAUUAAUGGAGGCUGUGAUUGGUGUUUAGAACAAUAGAUAAGCUGGUUGGAUGGUGGAUGCUGUAUAUUCCGAGUAUUCACACUGAGAGGUGACAUAGCAUCGUGCAUCGUUUAUAUAGGAAUCUAAUGCUUGGUGUCUAACACAGUCUGCUGUACAGAGGGUGUCAUGAUAUUGAUGUUUUGUACAGACUGAUGUAUACAUUAUCUAGCGAUGUGUACCUCUUGCAGCUUUGUGUAUACUCGACCUAGUGAUGACUUAUUUGUACAACCUGGUGUAUGCUGUGUCAAUUGUGUGAAACAGUAUAAAGACUGGUGAAUACAGGUUUGGAAUCAACAACUUGUUUAACCAGGUGUACAAAGGAUCCAGUGAUUGAUAUAUUGCAAAGCCUGAUAUGUACAGGAUCACGUGAUUAAUAUUAUGUACAGCCUGGUGUGUUCAUGAUCAGUUGAUUAAUAUUAUGUACAGCCUGGUGUGUACAGGAUCACGUGAUUAAUAUUAUGUACAGCCUGACAUAUACAGGAUCAGGUGAUUAAUAUUAUGUACAGCCUGGUGUGUACAGGAUCAGGUGAUUAAUAUUAUGUACAGCCUGGUGUGUACAGGAUCACGUGAUUAAUAUUAUGUACAGCCUGGUGUGUUCAUGAUCAGUUGAUUAAUAUUAUGUACAGCCUGGUGUGUACAGGAUCACGUGAUUAAUAUUAUGUACAGCCUGACAUAUACAGGAUCAGGUGAUUAAUAUUAUGUACAGCCUGGUGUGUACAGGAUCAGGUGAUUAAUAUUAUGUACAGCCUGGUGUGUACAGGAUCACGUGAUUAAUAUUAUGUACAGCCUGGUGUGUUCAUGAUCAGUUGAUUAAUAUUAUGUACAGCCUGGUGUGUACAGGAUCACGUGAUUAAUAUUAUGUACAGCCUGACAUAUACAGGAUCAGGUGAUUAAUAUUAUGUACAGCCUGGUGUGUACAGGAUCAGGUGAUUAAUAUUAUGUACAGCCUGGUGUGUACAGGAUCAGGUGAUUAAUAUUAUGUACAGCCUGGUGUGUACAAGAUCAGUUGAUUAAUAUUAUGUACAGCCUGGUGUGUGCAGGAUCAGGUGAUUAAUAUUAUGUACAGCCUGGUGUGUAUAGUAUCUAGUGACUGGUAUCAUGUACAACCUGAUAUGUACAGGAUAAGGUGAUUCAAUUAUGUACAGCCUGAUGCGUACAGGAUCAGGUGAUUAAUAUUAUGUACAGCCUGAUAUGUACAGGAUCAGGUGAUUAAUGUUAUGUGCAGCCUGAUGUGUACAGGAUAAGGUGAUUAAUAUUAUGUACAGCCUGGUGUGUACAGGAUCUAGUUACUGGUAUUCUGUACAGCUUUAUGUGUCCAGGAUCUAUUGAUUCAUAUCUUGUAAAGUCUUGUGUACAGAAUAUCUAUUGAUUGAUAUAUAGUAGAGAUUGGUGUAUACAAAACAUGAUGAUUGGUUUAGUGUACAGCUUAGUGUACUGAGGAUCAACAGAUUGAAAUGCUAUACAGGAUCUAGUGAUUUAUAUUUUAUGUAGUUUGGUGUACAGAUUAUCUGGUGAUUUGUUAUUUUGUACAGCCUGAUGUAUACCAGAGUGAUUGAAAACUUUUAAAAUUAAGUGUAACCGGUGGAAUGCUGGACCUAGUAAGUAUUACAUAACUUAAAAUAUGGCUAUGAAAUGCAUUUGCUUACUAUUUUCAAUUACAACAUAAUUCUGAAAAAAUAUACCAGAUAUUUCUAUUAUAUCAGAUUGCUGGAGUAGAUAAAGUGAUCUAGUUCAAAUUUAGGCAAGUCCUGAUUUCUCUAUGACACAAAUACUUGUAUACACACAUAUAGAAACCUAUCUAUCUAUCUAUCUAUCUAUCUAUCUAUCUAUCUAUCUAUCUAUCUAUCUAUCUAUCUGUCUGUCUGUCUAUCUGUCUGUCUGUCUGUCUGUCUGUCUGUCUGUCUGUCUAUCUAUCUAUCUGUCUGUCUAUCUAUCUAUCUGUCUGUCUGUCUGUCUGUCUGUCUGUCUGUCUAUCUAUCUAUCUGUCUGUCUGUCUGUCUGUCAGUCUGUCUGUCUGUCUGUCUGUCUAUCUGUCUAUCUAUCUGUCUGUCUGUCUGUCUAUCUCCAGAGAGAGGGGAUACAUAAUGUUGAAUUAUGGGAAAACUAUUCUACCUUGGGCCUUUUUUCUCAUGGUUUGUCAUGAUGGCAAGACCCAUUUAUGGCAAAUUUUUCCCAUAAUGCAUGGUUCACCAUUAUGAAUCAUAUUAUGUAAAUAUAUAUAUGUCUUCAAGUUGCAUUAGAGCCGGUUACUAAUGAGCAUAACUCUACAAUCCUGGGUACGGAUGUGCACACUAAGAAUCACCUACAUCAUUUGGGAUGCAUGCAAUAGGUUAUUGUCUGGCAAUGUUUAAUAAACAGACAAAAAUCAACAUUCCUUAAUUUACACCAUUGGAGAAGCUGAUCUUUUGUCUCUGACAUAUAAUAUUACAUUUUAGACCGAGCCUAUUAUUGAUACCCCAUCCACAGUAGAGAAAGAUUUAUAUUUACAGUGACAUUUUCAGUAACUAAAACAAAGUUAAAUAAAUCUGUUGUCACUCAAGCAAAAAAAAAAAAAGUUAUACAUUGUACAUAAACUCAGGAGGGUGGAAAUAGGUGUAAUGUAACAGCCCAAACACAUUUUGUGCACAAAUACGCUUAACCACGGCUACAUUGGUCUCUAAUUUGGUGACUUUGUUCUGAUAUUUUUAAGUAGACAGAGAGAAAUAGAGAAUUAUCUGUGCCUUGCGAUUGUCUCUUAUCUACUGUCCCUAUUUAGAUUUGUGCGAGUGAGUUGGUUACUAGUUUGUACUCUAUAAAUUAAAAUUCUAUAUAUGUUGCAGUAAGACAGACUCCUAUCCAUUGAUUAAUAUUGUAUCUUGUAUAGUAUCUUGUUUUGGGCAUGUGCUAUGCAAACCUUCAACGCAAAACAGACAGACAUAUAGACAGUCAUAUAGACAUUGCACAAUAUACGGAUCACAGUUUGCUUUUACCUCUCAUUGAAAACAAAUUAUUUAAUUUGUCUUGAUUGGAAUCUCUGUGUUUCUCGUGUUCUACUUUCUAUCCUUUAGUCUUCUCUCUACCCCUCUUAGUCUGGAUACACCCUGAAUUGUAAAUGUGGCUUUCUGCUUCUCUGUAUUUCUUUUUUUUUCUUUUAGUAGGCCGCCAAUGAUCGUACGUGUUCUUUAACUACCUUUUUACAAUUACAUUGCAUUAUUUUGAUUUUUCUACUUGGUGCAGUUGCUCUGCAUGGUAUUUGUAAGCAGGGGUAAAGUUACAAACAGAUUUUUGGGGAGUUCUUUUGAGCUUGCCAAUAUUAUGUCAAAGUAGCUGAGCUUUACUUAAUCUCCAAUUUAUUUACCGGUAAGUUGGAAUUUUUUGUUUUUUUCUAUUCUACAAAUUGGGCUUACAUUUUGUAGUUCAGUUAUUAUUAUUAUUAUUAUUAUUAUUAUUGGUAUUGAUAUUUAUAUAGCGCCAACUAAUACCGCAACGCUUUACAAUAAUAUGAAAGGGGGGGAGGAAUUUACAAUACAUGAGGCACUUACACAGUGACACAGGAACAAUAGGUAGAUGAGGACCCUGCUCAAACAAGCUUACAGUCUACACAAGGUGGGGUACAAAUACACAACAGGGCAGCAAGGGUGACAGCCACCAAACAAGGUGGAGAAGUACCAGAACUGGAGGUGAGAGUGGAGUGUGGCUGUUUACCCCAUAGGGUUAAUAUAAUAUUUUUUUUUAAAUUGCAGAAAGCAGUUUUAACAUAGAUGCUGAAUUCAGAUUCAUAAAGGGUUAAUCAUUAAAUUCUGAAUUAUAAGUAAUUGAAAAUUUAGACUGAAACAACUACAAUGUAAUGAACUUUUUUAACAUUUUGCCAUUCUGAGAACAAUUCACUACAUUUCGAGUUAACUAAACAACCCUAUAUAUUUUUUUUUAAUAUCAGGUAAAAAUCAGUUGGCCGGUCUCAAUUUGAUUUCAUCCAAGACAACAGACAAUAUAUAUGGGAUUUUUACAUUUUGGCAUUAAAUUUCCCCCAGAUCAGGUUCUAAAAUAAAAUUAUACAAUAAGUGUUUAUUAUUAACCAAACUGUGAGUUGACAAUUGACUAAGGUGUAGACUAUAGGAGCUAAACUAGGAAGGGGAAGGGGGUGAUUGACAGUGAAUAACCCCUUUUCAAGCAGGUCCAUCUGUGCUUACAAUAGAAGCACCUGCCCCAUGUGAUGGGAUAUUAUAAACUGAUGGGCUACUUUAGAAGUGACAUGGACAGAAUGGAUUACCAUAAUGUCCAAAGUUGGACCUCUUAGUAUAACUCCAAAUUGUAACAGAAACGCAUUCAUCCUGAAUCACAUUACUAAAUCGUUAUGAACCACUUAGCAGAAGAAACCAAUGGUAUAACAUAUAUUUUUAACACAUUUAUAUUUUCACAACAAUAAAAGAUAUACUCAAUUUGUAUAAAUGAUCAAGACUAUAUUAUAAUUAUCAUUAUAAUUUUAUUAGUAUUUAUAUAGGGCCAAUAUUUAUUUUUGGCAGCGCUUUUUAUGUUGAUCAGCAACAAAAUUUAGAAACAGACUUUAAACUCGCCAUCAGAGCAAUUUCAAUUGUAUCCAACUGAAACUUCUGAAUAUUAUAAUAUUAACUAGUAUUUAUAUAGUGCCUUACUCCCAGUGAGACUCAAAGCGCUUGCUCUCGGAAUUAACCAAAUCAGCAGCUGAAUACUAAUAGAUGUUAUUACUAUCUAAUUGAUGGUACUCAUUUUAUCGACCUCGGAAGGAUGAAGGGCUGAGUUGACCCUGCUGGGAUUUGAACCUGUGACCUUGCAUUUUGAACAGUCUUUGUAGUAAGGGAUGUUACAUUUCAAGUACCAUAACUACUACAGUGAACUGUAGUGGUUAUGGAGCCAGGAGUGCACUGCCACUCACCAAUUAUAAGUAGCCAAACCAUUUUAAAAUGGUUUGACUUCUUACCUGCCUCCACCAGCCCUGCAAGUGUAAUUAUUGCAGUUUUCAGAAACUGCAAUAUUUACCUUGCAGGGUUAACUCCUUCUCUAGUGGCUGUCUACUAGACAGCCACUAGAGGGCACUUCCAUGAUUAUAGCACACGAAAAGUGUGCUAUAGCGUCGCUGGACAUCCUCACACUAUGUGAGGACCUCCAGCGUCUCUGAAAUCCCCAUAGGAAAGCACUGAAAGCAUUCACCUACCUAAACGUAAGAAAGAGACAGGUCUACUGAUAGUUUGCUUGGAUUUUUGGUAGAAUGUAACAGUUUUUUAUAUUGAGGCAAGCAAUAUAAUUAUUAGGUCUCCCCCGCCAGUGGCCAUGCAUGUGCAAUAGGUCUCCCCCGCCAGUGGCCAUGCAUGUGCAUUAGGUCUCCCCCGCCAGUGGCCAUGCAUGUGCAAUAGGUCUCCCCCGCCAGAUGACAUCGGUGAGGGAGGAGCAUGGGUGGACCCUGACCCAGCGCCGAGGGACAUCAGCGCUGGAUACAGGUAAGUCACUGAAGGGGUUUUAACCCCUUCAGCAACUUGGGAUGGGGGGUGGGAGGGAGAGGGGACCUGCAGUGCCAGGAAAACAAUUUGUUUUCCUAAUACUGGGGAGUCCCUUUAAGAGCCAGGUGCUUUCCUUAGUUCUCCCGAGUUAAGCCCUGCCAGCUCAUUGGCUGAGAGCGUCAGCCGAUUAUUUUAAGCCGAUGAGCUAAGACCUGCAUUGUUCCAUAUUCUCUGUUGGAAGUAGUGAAGACCGGAAGCAGUGCUCAGCAGACCCCAAAUAGGAAGGCAAACUAUUCUAAAAUGGUUUGACUACUUAUCAUUGGGGGUGCCAGGGAGUGCUGUAGUGGUUAUGGUGUUUGGAGCGUUACCUUUAGCAAAAUCAAUGCUAUAAAUAUGGCUCAAUCAACAUCAUGUUGAUAACACAUUGGUAGAGAUGCUUAAAAAUUGACUAUGAGGAACAAUUCUACAAGUUGAGUAAUAAAACAAUGGAAUAAUCGUGCUUAUUUUAUUGGUGUCCAUGGUCCCAAACAAAUUCACCACUUUUCCAUUAAAAUAACGUUUAUAAAUCUCCCACUUUAAAUAUAAGGAAAAUCGAACCAUUCUCGGCAUGCUCCUGUUUCUGCUACCCAAGUGUUCCGUUCACGGCCUAGAUUUCCACAAUAUUGUACACUGUGUGUAACAGUCAUCCAACCCACCACACUGUCUCACUGAUAUCGAUGUAACCGGGGAUGGCUAUAUAGGAAAUCCCUAGCAUUUCAAGAAAUGCAAAUCCUGUGAUGUUAGCUUUACGACUGCAAAGCAUCAUGGGAGCUGCAGUUCUAAAACAGCAGGAGAGGUGCCUUUUAUGCCUUUUGAAGAAUAUCAGACAUAAAAUAAGCAUUAUGUCUAGAGUAGCACGCAAGCAAAUCCAUGUGCAUUACAUUUCACAAACAUCAACCAUAGAAGAUAUGGGCAAGUGGUAUUAAUGGGGUUCUUUUCAUUAAGCAACUGCUCUACGAUUAACUCAUAAAAAUAGCUGAAAAUAGGCAAGAUAGAAAUUAUCCACCGAUUGGCCAAAUUCUAGAACUCUUUUUGACUUUUGGGAACUUGUCAUUUUCAAAACCCCAAUUAACCAAAGGGAAUUUGGAGGUAUUCUUGUGUUGGCAAAAAUUUAUUAUUUAAAAUGGAUUUAGGGGAUUAAUCACUAAACUAUGAAUUUUAAAUUUAAAACUACAAUUGUAAAACCAAAAACCUGAUUCACUUUGCAUUCCUCACAGUUCACAUUUUGAACCUUUGUCGAUGCAAAAUAUGCCUUCAGUCCUUGGAAUCCGCUAUUAAUGAAUGACUCGUUUAACUGCAACUAUUAAUUGCUGGGUUGUUUGGUGAAGAUUAAAUUAAACCUUAGGUUUUAUGAUUUAACUAUGAAAGUUAGACUACAAUAGUGGAAAAAAUAAUAAUUAUGUUUCUCUUAUUGAAAAAAAUAUAUGUAUUGAUAGCAGUUAUUUUAAAGAAAGAUGACUUAACAAUCACCUACCUAAACGUAAGAAAGAGACAGGUCUACUGAUAGUUUGCUUGGAUUUUUGGUAGAAUGUAACAGUUUUUUAUAUUGAGGCAAGCUAUAUAAUUAUUACUAACCAUUACUAGACUACCACAUUUCAUGACCUUGUGACAAGAAAGAAACUUUAACGAACUUCAAUCUUUUUUGUAACAUUAUAAAACAAUACAACUUUGGUUUUAUAUAUAUCUCUCUUGUUUACACCACUUUCCCUUUUAUUGACAACAUUUUUGGACAAUCUUGGCUUAUAACAGUAAUCUUCCUUAUUCCUAUGUAGAAACACCAUCUGGCUCCCAGAUCUCUUUAUAUGAACUGACUUGUAUUGUGUGACUUUUUUCUAGUCUAGAAAUGAUCAUCUUAAUACACGAUUCGAGAGAAUUCCCAAUCUAUGCGUGUGCACAACAAUAUCAUCAUUAAUAUUAUUUAUAACCUUCUUAAAAAAAUAUAGCCUUGCUUUGUGCAUUUUAAUUUUUUGCUAAUUCGUUUGUUGUGUUCCAACACAGCUUGAAUGCUAACUAAAUAUAUUCUUUUGAUUUUAGUUAAAUUAAUUUAAUUGUUAGUGACUGGGCAUCACCUUCAAUCUCUUAACUGAUCUUUUAAUGCAAAAAAGCCAAAAACUAUAAAUUAUAUUUCUUUCCCAAUUAAAGCACCACACCACAUUGGUCAUAACAGCCUAUGUGUUUAUUUUCCUCGAAUGAAUUGUCAAUGCCAUAGAGAUGGUGCAUAAUGCUGCAGGCCUCAUCCCCUUCUUUGCUGUUUACAAGUAUUUACUGGUAGUUAAGAUGUUAAUAAUGACUUUCAUAUUAUGUAUGUAAACGGUAAAAAGGACUAGUUAAAUAGUGAUGUAAGACAAAGCCUGGCUUUGCUGUCAUUGUAGCAAAAGUGACAAAAUAUCGAGAUCCCUUAAUUUUUGUGUAAUGGCUCUUAGAUGCCUCUUCUUGCUGAGACACAAGCAUAUUUUUUCAUAGAAGUAGUAAAUAAAUUAUUUCUCCGAGAAUACAGGCAGCAUCGGGCUCAAAAAAAGCCUUUGCCUCCAGCAAUGUGAUUGUAGUUACCAGCAUGAUCCUUUUGCGAUAUUGUUCAUGAUUUAUUUCAUACAGCAAUUGUCAUUCAUGUACAUUAAAUAUAUAUAUGGCGUACAGUCAACCUCAAAGUAGACUAGAGAAUAAAAAAAUGAAAUAGAAGCUGUAACUAUUUCAAAUUUAAUAUACUCUAUAUAUCACCAAGGUAUUCUGGGAAUCUAGAAUGAUAGCUAUAUAUAUAUGUGACAAUACGCCCCAAUAGAAGUAUUUUACAAACUUGAUAUACAAUUGCAAAGCUUACUGGAACCUAUUUACACAAAGCACCUAACAUCAAAUAUUGCACAAUCAUCGUAGGCAUUACAGUAGUAUCAAGGAUAAUUUCUUCAAAACAUGACCUUUGCGCUACAAUUUCUUGAAUUGGAUAGCAUUAAUAAAUUGCAAAAAUAUGUUAAAAAAAAUUUAAGUAAUAAUUGCUAUUUUUGUGCUAAUUCCUAGCAGUAAUUUAUGAAUUAUUUAGUGAGUUGUUAAUUAAUCCUUAUAGUGCCAAUAUAUACAUGAAAUAGAACUAUUUAUGCACAUGGGCAUAAUGCUAGAAAUAUGCAAUGUGUUCUUUUAACCGACUAUUUUCUUCUAAUUAUUUUAUUCAUUUGUUUUCACGAUAGCAUUACGAUAAGCUAGUUGUAUUUUGGUACAUAAUGAAAAGUAAGACAAAUUCAAAGGUACAAACAUUGUUUUCACUUUUUUCACAACUAGAGCAAUACAUUUUUCUUUUGCCGUGUGUAUGUGUCUCUUAUACUUAAAAGAUAUUUUAUAGAUUUUUCUAUCAUCAAUUCCUUUCAGUAAUGGAGGACAUUUUGUGACUUUUAUAUUACACAGCAAGUCAAUGCUUAACUCUAUCAUAUAAAUAGCAGCCGUCUUUCAAAUAUGACAUGGUAUAUAGUAUUUAUGUUCAUCUGUAUAUUUUGUUGGAAAAUUGUUGGCAUUUAUAUUUUCCUUGAUGUUAUAAGCUAUGUAUCAAUAACAUGUCUUCACGGGCCCCCACAAUACCAAGCAUGUGGCAUUGUAGGAUAGCGUUAGCGCAAGUUCAGUCUAAUGAAAAGGCUAAUUUUAAAAUGUGAUGUAAGAAUGACAAUUUCACCAGCACAAUAUAUACAUUUAGUUGAGUAACAUUCAUAUAUGUUCUUGUCAUCUGCAUAUUUAAUGAGAACAUAUUCACUUUGCGGUAUAAACAUCUAGCCUAUCUCAAUAAUUGACUAUGAAAUUUAUUGAGAAUGUAGGCUUGAGUAGAAGGAUUUCUGUGAAGAAACAGUAUAGUAUGGAGAUUGUUACUAAAAUAAUACAUUAUAAUAUAAAAACAAAACAAAUCGAGCGAGUUAAAUAGGAGCAUAAAAAUAUGCAGCCAUGCCAAUUCUACGUUGAUAAGGACUUUAUUUCAACUUGUUUCCAUCCUGCUGGCAUUAAAGCACUAUCGGACAGUCCAAAUACAUCCAUACCUAAGAAAAACAUGGGCAUAAAUAUGUAAAACUCACACAACUUAAUACAAAGGUCCUUAAAUAAGCAUAAAUGUAAAUCAUGACCAAUUCAUGGUGCAUGGGAACUGGACUCGUCCACUACAACCAUGGGGUUACAUCACAGAAUAGGAGAGACCUUCAGUGUAAUGAAAUAUUUGCUGUGUUGUAUUUGAAGGUUUUUCAAGAUUUUUUCCAGAAUAAUGAAAGAAUAAUCAAAUGGGUCUAUAAAGAGAUAAAUGUGUUGCAUACUUUUGAUUGGGGAUUUUGAAUAGGUGGGUUCGAUAUUAUUGGAAGUAAAGAUAUUUACUGUUAGGAGUAGGUUGUGAGACUCUUUGUUUAUUUGUACAUGAAUAAUUUAAUUCUGUAUUCUAUAUUGAGGAUGGCAAUGCUUUGCUCUUCUAAAUGAUAAAUUGGCAUUUUUGGAACUAGUUUGAGGUUCUGGGGUAUUUGUGGCAAGAGGAUAGAAUUAACUGAUUAUCAGAUACUUUGUUUUACAUGUCAAAGGAUAUGUUUCAUUCAUACUAGAUAUUAAAACAUAUACCUUAAUGAAUCAAUACUAUGAUUUCAAUUGAAAUGGCAGAUAACUUAUAUUAGAAGUCAUACAGAUGUAGUAAGAUCAUUUAAGACAGUUAUAGAUAUUCAGAUUUCCUGGGAUGGCAUGGUCUCCAAUGAGGUUAGUGUGGAUGUUGUUCAUUGAUACCACUGAUUAUUGCAGUCUAUUAACAGCUCCAUUUGCAAUAAUUUUUCAGCAACGAGUCUAUAAACCUUUAAGAACCCAAUCUGGAUACAAUGUUUUAACUUUACUACUAAGGGUUGUGUAAAAUGGGUUGUGAGUGAAGAAUCAUUUUUUGAUUUAUUUACGAGGAUCCUCAUGUUUUAAUAAUUUUGUUGAGUUUUAUUUGCGCCUGUAGUUUGUGGGGUAAUCUAGGAAAGGAUGGAGAUGGCAACACAGUGGACUAGAUUGAAUAGCUUAGUGCAGUAGUACUACAAAUCAUUUGAAUGACCCUAUAAUUGCCUAUAUUUUACAAGAAUUGCAUCAGUCAUUGUUAGAGUAAUGAACUUUAGACCAUCUCUCUCUCUCCAGGGCCUGUUCUCUAAAUCUUGAAUUGGGCUAUCUGUUGAGAGUAAACAAUACUUGAGUUUCCAACUUAGGCAGUCAUUUGACCGACUGAGAGUAACACAAGCCCCUAAAUACGUAGUACAAUAUCUAUUUCAAAGUCAAUUACAGUUACUUAAAAAGUUUGAAAACUUGCUUAAGUCAUAGGUGAAAUCACUGGUUGACCUGAUCCAUGAAAAGUGCCCUGUAUCAGUUUAUAAAAUGAGUGUUUCGGUGUAUUAAUCACUGUGUCUCCAGUACUAUCUAGAUAAAUGAGCCAGGCAUUGAAAAGUCUACUGUAAAUAUGAAGAUAGCUAUUUUAUCUUUAUGAGAUCAUUUCAAAUAGGGAGGUGUAACAAUGCAUAGAUGGAAGGUAACGAUAACUUGCCAUUCCAUCUAAAAUGUCUUAGUAAAAUAUUACUUUUUAUAGUUUGCAAAUACUAUUGUAACUGCCAUACAUUUCUUGUUCAUGUAGGUAUUAUCUAUUUUAGAUGUAGUUGUAACUACAAGUCAUAAUCUCUAUGACUUUAAUGUUCUAGAAGGGAUUACAAUUCAUUUUGAGGCCUGCUAGAGAAGGACUGAGGUGUCCUAAACAGUUUUAUAAAUAAAGACAAUCAACAUUAUUGUGCAAGCAAAUGGCAACUGGAGUUACGAUUGUUGAUUAUCCACAUUGUAGACAAAAUAUUAAGAUCAGAUAAGAGUAAGUUUAGUAGGGUAUUUUAAUGUGAAAAAGGUAAAGUCAAGAAGCCGUACUUGAUGGUUAAUUUAUGCUUAGAGCAGAUGGCAUGGAAGACAAAAUAAAUAACUAGCACAAACAAAAAUAUAUAAUUGCAGGUUUCACUAUACGGUAAUCCACUCCAGCAUACUGAAUAUUUUGAAAGAUACUGAUAAAGAAGCAAUCCAAGGAGGUACUAACCAAUUAAAGCGCAAGAAAACUCUAGCAGUUAUUGACAUUCCUACCUAAUUGUGGCCAAUGGUCAAUGGGGGAUCUCCCAGAAAGUGCCCGAGGCUCUGUAAAUCCACGUAGAAUUCUCAAUUGAUUCUUGGAUCAAGCACAAAGUUAUUGUUUACUGAUAAAGUAGCACAUUUCUAUCGUACGUAGACGUGAACAUUUUUUUUCUGGCUCCUGAGAAUAUAAAGUUUGCACUUACAUAUGACUGUUUGGCUUCUGGCUGAUACACAAAUUUAUCACAUAUUUAACAUCAUAUGUAACACAGAUAAAAAGUUAAAUUACAUGUGAUCUAUAAUGAGAAUUUAGUUUUUCAAAAUCCAGUAGAAAUUAGAUGAACUCUAGAGGCCUUUUCCUGUUCAACCAAUGGUGAAUAUAUAGAGAGAUAGUGUAAUUAUGAUAAAUAUGUCAUUUAUAUAAAAUGGUUAAACCCCCAAAAUAUACCUAUAAUGAUAUAAGCAUUAAUACAAAAUGCUGUUGUAGACAAUGUGAAGAAAUAUUCUCAAUAGCCUUCCAUGUUCUUGAUAACUGGCUUAUCUUUGGAUUUUGAUUCAGAUAUUAUAGAAUGUUUUUAUAUAAAAUGCAUAUUUAUUGCUUUAUACUAUAUAUAAUGUUUGCUGUAUUGUUUUAUGUUCCCAUAUAUAUGUAUAAUGUAUUGUGGAUGGAGAAUUUGUAACUCCAUUUCCUUUUUUAUUUCGUUUGUACCCUCCCCAAUGUUAGUUUUUCCUUAAAAAUGUUUUUUUUAGAAAAAACUUAAUAAAUACAUUUGAAAAGAGUAUAGCCCUCCACCUCAUUGUAAAUGACAUUAUUUCCUCUGUACAAAAAGUUACGAUAAAGCUAAAAGUCCUUAUUGUGUUCUUUGAGUCACAUUAAGAUAUCUUUAUGCACUAUACAAGUACAAAGGCAGAAAGAUAACCUGGAUCGUGGCUAGUGUUAGAGAAGCGCUAUUAUCCCUAAAAAUUUAGGAGAGCGUGAUAGAGUGCAUGUUGAGUUGGAAAUCAUUAUGAUUGACAUGGUAUUGAGGGAUAGUGCCCUCUCUCGUCUUCACUAAAUAUCAUGGUAUUCACACACCGCUUGUAUUCAUGCCCAUGUCUGUAGUAUGUAUGUUAUGAGCCAUAACUAUUUCCAAUAACAUUUCUGGUUGUUUUUUUUUUAGGUGGGACCUGUGUUGUGAACCCUACAGAUUUGUUCUGUUCUGUUCCUGGGCGAUUAUCUCUCCUAAGUUCAACUUCUAAAUAUAAAGUCACCAUAGCUGAAGUGAAACGACGUCUCUCUCCACCCGAAUGCCUGAAUGCUUCUCUACUGGGAGGUAUAUUAAGAAGGUAAAUUACCUGAUUGCUCUUAUUAAAAAAGAAAAAGUCUUAAGAGAGGAGCUUGUGAGAUAGAAUUGUGUGUUCCUAUUAAAUAUAAGAAGAGGUGACUGACAUUAAAUUUCAAUACACAAUGGAUAAUCAUACUUUGAUUCUUUCCCCAAAAAAGAUUCCAGCAGUAGUAGUCAAGGCCGAUCUCCUGACCUCAAUGUUCUCAGCUUAAAAGCAAAAUCCCUAAUUGGCAGAAGUGAGUAUUCUUAUGAAUCUCUACAAAGUAAUUAAAUCUAUACUGAGAACAUUCAUGGUGGACUGCUGCAAGCAAUAUUAAGCCCUGCACUUCAACUCACACUACAUUUGGAUGGUAGCAAUGCCUAUAAUAUUCAUCAGCUCAAAUAAAUAAAUGAAAAAAUUCCUGCACACAAUAUGGAAUAUCUGCAUUCAUCUAAAUAACCAAGCUUUUUGGAAACACUGCAAUGAUCAUUAAAGAGUAAGCUCACCUGUAAAUGCAAAAUUUAAAUCAUUAAAAUAAAUAUUCUUAGAAUAUGAAUGUUUAAAUAAUUUCUAAUACAUAUCAAAUCAUUUCUGUCAUUAUCAAUAUUUAUCAGAUGAAAACUUGGCACAUAGCAAUAUUCAGGUCACUAUAUGGUGUCUUUCUCUGUUACCAGCGUGCAUGAUGUUUGAGGUCCAUAUAUGCUCCAUAAAUGCUUAGAUCAUGUUGUGUACAUUCUUCCAUUUUCAUAACCGUGCUAUUCCAUCUCCACGUGUUUGUGAAAGCAAGCAGAGAAUGCUUAAUGAUGUAUAUUUUUUACUCUUUUGGCAUUGUUAUUAUUUAUAAAGUGUCAGCUCAUUCUGCAGUAUUGAGCAGUGGAUAAACAAUACAUGCAAGUAAUCUAAUGACAAACUUGGGUGAAGAAGGGAUGAGGGUUUUCUCAAAUGAGUUUACAGUCUAGAAGAAGUGGGGUGUAAUUACACAGCAGGUCAAAGUGCAGCAUACCGUGAAGAGAAAAUAGGUUGCCAAGUGUGGUAUCCAUAUCUAACUGAUGUAUAUAAUUUAUUUGCAUGCAUGAUAUGAUGUACAUGAUAACAGUAGAGUUUGAAUAUAAACUAGGCAAGAUCAUGAUGAUAGAGAUUUCUUUUCUUUUUUUUCCUAUCAAUCAAAAUAGGCUCUCAUGAACACCCAAUGCUUUUGUAUUCUUUAGGGCAAAAUCCAAAAAUGGUGGCCGCUGCUUGAGAGAGAAGUUGGACAGACUUGGUUUAAAUUUACCUGCCGGGAGAAGAAAAGCUGCAAAUGUAACACUUUUGACAUCCCUGGUAGAAGGUAAGUUUUUGUUUUAAUUUUAAUUUACUCAGAAGUAGACUAACUGCAUCAGUCUCCAACUUUCUCAAAUCACUGAAGAUGUUCUGAACCUUCAGAUCAAAAGACAGUAUCCCAGUUCUCUUUGAUCAUUUUAUAGAAAGUCACAGAGAAAAUGUGUGGGACAUGCUGUACCUGUACUGGCGAUGUGCUUCAGUCAUAGCCUGGAUAAAAGUAUGGCUUCACAUACUGGGCCUUACAAAAACCAUUUUUCCUCUAUUCCCUUGAAUAUUUUCAAGCACUGAUCAGGUUGAGCGUGAUUCUUCAUCUGAAGGUCUCCCGAGAGCCUUCAUUCAUCUUCUAAUUCUUUCAGUAAAUGUAUGUUGGUUGUUUCAUGCUUUGCAAACAAUGCAAAUAUCCCAGCCCAAGAAUAUAGCAUUUCUAAUUUGAAUCAGUAUUUUAAAAUAUGUUUUUUAAGAUCAAAAACUUUUAUCAAGAACAAUCAUUGUUUAUGUUUGGCUCAGUUGGCUCUGACAAAGUAAAUGCUCAUAAACACACUCAGACCUCUUACCUGUCCCGGUGUUCCUCUUAUUUCCUGACUGUUUCUGUAUUUGUUUAUAAAAUGACCCCAACUUCUUGGUAUCGGGGCUUCAAUUUGCUACAGAAAACAAUAAUUUUUAUGCUUUUCUAAAUUGACUUUAAGAGUUUUCUUAAUUUUUAUGGUAUCAUUUAUAACGAUAGGCCUGUUUUAUUUGAGCGCGCAAAAAGCUAUAGUCGUAUAACAAUUGAAGAGAUAAAAGGAACCAAUCCUUAUUUAUUUACUUAUAUUUAUAUAUAUAUAUAUAUAUAUAUAUAUAUAUAUAUGCUGAAUUACAUGCAGUAUUAAAAUGGUUAUAUUUGUCAAAUUUUGGGGAGCUGAAUCUUUUGCCCAUAGAAAAGGAUCACACAUGAAAAUGUGCGGUAUAUCAUUGUAACGGACCGUUUCUCUCACAAGGGGAUAAAAUCGGUUUAGGCGAUAAUCCCCUUUCCCAUAGACCAGCAGCUACUGCAAUCACCAACCUCCUGAACUCCAAACUGCACGUAUUCACCAACUCUCGAACAGCAGACACAGGAACCCUGGAAGCAGCCGAACAGGAAAAGCAAUACAAACGGCUUACACUCCUGGCAGUCAGCACACAAUCCAAUUCCCCCAAUAACGAGACGACACUUCGUUUUGAGGGUUAAGCAGAAUCUCCAGAUUUAUUCACACAGCCUCCUUUUAAGACAUUCUCCCAUGCAAGGGAGGGAUCCACAACAAUUAGUACCCCAGCCAAUAAUGUACCAGUUACCUCCCACACCUCUCCUCCCCUUAGUGUGACACAUAAUCCCAUUAGUACAGACACAAAUUCCCUGGGAGACUGGAUGUACCCCUAAACAUAGGAAUACCCCUUUAAAUGUUACAUCCCCUGGUAACCCUGAUCUGGGUGAGACACAUAUCCAAAAAUCACCCAGAUCGGACCAGGGGUUCAGGAAUUAUAAAGGGUUAAAGUUUUGACCGACUGCAUGGCAAAAGUAUCUGAAAAUAGUUCCAUGUACUUUGGCCCUGCAGUCGGUCACAGAAAAGGGAAUGAAUCACACGAAUUGCCUGGGUUAUAGAGCUUGGGGAGGAUUCGUAUGAAUCCCCCUGUUCGUGGGAAUCCUUUCUACCGAACGGCGGGCCGUUCGGUAGUUUCUGCACGAAUUGCUGGAAGUCUGGAGGUCUCAGCGGUGUUUGCUUCGUCGAGUGUCCGAUUUUAGUUCCAGACACUCGACGGCCAAACACCGCUGUUCGGGAGUUUAAGAUGGCCGCCACCACGUGUUCGUUUCCCGAAUGGCGGCCACCCAGAGGAUACAACACACAUUACACAUAUUGUCAAUUACCCGUUUGCAACAUUGUUGCAAACGGUAAUUGGAGGCACACUUACUCCCGGGUGGUCUGGUUGUUCGGUAGUUUCACCCAAUAUAAUGAAUGAAGUGAUUCUACCGAACAAUCAGGGGAAUGCUGCAUUCACAUAACACUUUAUACCGGACACAUAAUAUUAAAUACAGCCUGAAUGCAAUUUGCUACACAGUCUUAAAAAGGCAUUAUUCCUAACAGGCCGAAUAUGUUCACGGAUGGCCCUUAAAGGGCCAGUAGCAGCAAUAUAAGAAUGUCACAUGCCCAAAUAUUGCAUACAAAAGUACGAAUUCACAAGGGGGCCAUAGUCAGUUGGCAGGAGGCUGGCAACCAGGCUUCUCCAGUGCACAGUGGCGAGGUUGGUUUCGCCACAAUCAUAUUUAUCAAUAGUAUUAAAAAUAUUGUGGAAAUAGAAUGCAUUCUUUCUAUCUUCUCCUUUUAACUGUUAAAGUUAGUGAAUCAAGGGUUCUCUAAAGUAAUUUCGUUUUCUAAAAUAUGAUAUUGUCUCCCCCACUCACACAGAGCUGAAAAGGAAUGUAGGGUGAUGUGUUGGACUCUAGAGUGAUGGAUUUCAGGAACAUGUCACAGUAUGAUUUUAGAAUAUAAACUACGCUUGGUUUUGUAAUUGACUGGAGACAUGGACAUGUCACAAACCUUUCAGUGCUAGUAAUCAAAUAAUUUGUGGUAAAUAGAAUUAUCAGCAAUCAUUACUUAAUGGGGCUUAUUCUUUAAGGAGCAAGUUUUGGAGGUUUAACUGGCAAUAUAGAGUUUGAGAAAAGAAAUAACCAGUUCAACAAAUUCACAUACUUUUUUUUAUCAAACUCUGCAUUUUUUUUUGUUUUAAUUUUACCGGCUCUAAAGUCAACACAUGUCUUCUUUGAAGAACAGCCCCCAUAUAGAUGUGGGAGAAAUAAAAACGCAUUUUUGGAUAGAGUUGUAACAAAAUGUCAUCUGUGGACUAUUUAAUUGGGUUUGUCAUAUCUUCUAAUUCAUUACUGUAUAGUUGGUGAUAGUAUCCAUUCACCAUUCUCCAUAAUGCAUGGUUUAACUGCCACCAGGCAGUGUGAGGGCCUUCUUGACAUAAUUAGUAAUUAGUAAUAUUUAUUUAAUUAUGGACAAUAGGGAUACCCUGAUCAAAGUUCUUGAUCACUGUAUAUAGCUUAAUGUUGAAUUCCUAUAAUUUUAGAGAAAGUAUUGCAGAUAAGUCCUUGUUGAAACACUUCAAACACAAAUCAGAUGUGUCAUUCCCUUUUUUUCCGUAGGAGAGGCAUUGCACUUGGCAAGGGAUUUCGGCUACACAUGUGAAACAGAAUUCCCAGCAAAAGCUGUAGGAGAGCACUUGGCAAGACAGCACAUGGAGCAGAAAGAACAGACGGCAAGGAAAAAGAUGAUCCUUGCUACAAAGUAAGCUAUUAUUUUUGUUUUAAUGUGCAAACAUUGCACUGCAUUGGCAGACUACAGCUACAAAUGAACUAUGGCAAAGUAUAUUAUACACAAUAUAAACAAUCAACAAACUUGAUAAAGGAAGAAUGAAUCAUUCUAUCAAAGUGGGUAAAUGUAGCAAUGUCUUAGUUUUCUACUAGAGAUGAAAGUGGUGGAGGGGUGGUGCCACUGAGAAGUAUUGUACUUAAAAAUUAUAAUAAUAUGUAAUUUAGCUUCUAAUUGGGAACAGCUUUAUAGGUGAGAUGCUUUUAAAUAUGAACAUUUUAUUUUACAUAAUAUCAUGGUCUAUAUUUAAAAAAAAAAAAAGGAUAAUGUUUUAUGUUGUUUGGGUGCAAUGUACUAUGAUUUGUGGUGUUAUAUUUUCCUAUGACUGUUGCAUAUCUUGAGAAUAUAAAAAAAAAAAAAAUUAACCUGUACUCAUCUUUUUUGAUAAUGCAGACAAAUUUGUAAAGAGUUUCAAGACCUUCUCAGCCAAGACCGAUCACCGCUGGGAUCUUCUAGACCAACUCCAAUUUUAGACCUUGACAUUCAGAGACAUUUAACACAUUUCAGGUACGUUUUUAAUCUGAUGUAUGUGCACACGUUCCAUAAAUUUUAUUUGUACUGUGAGAUUCAUUUCUCUUAAAAAGUACUCAAGUGCUGAGAGUGUGAGUAACAACAUUGACUCGUAUAAUUUGUGAAAAUCAGGCUGGUUAUUUUUUAUUUAAGAUUUGAGAACUUUACUGGUAUGGAAUUUACACUUUGAUGCCCUUUAUCAGGGUGAUUUUUAUUUAAUUUUACCAAAUCAUAUAUUACAAUAAUAAUUACAAAAUAAUAGUAAUGGAAAUAAUGCAUUGAGGUUAAAGUACCUAGAAAUUAUUUAGGUAUAUCUGCCUACAUAUGAUCAUAUUGGUAGGAAUUGUCUGCAACUAACCACAAAAAAUAAUCAAACACAUUAACAAAUAAGCUGCUCUACUAAUACAAGCAGAUAUUGUUUUCUGUCAAUGGAUACUAAAACUGAAAUAUUUGAUCAGUUUGGUAAAAUAUAAAGUGAAUUGUACUAAGUAUACUUCAGAGCUUUAUCUCCUUUUACUACAUUUCUUUAUUGUUAUUUUUAUUUACCAUUCUUUGUUCAUUAUGUGUAGCUAUAUGAAAAUUUUCUCUAGAUUAAGGAUUGGGUGUCCAAUAGAAUCUCAAAAAGAACAUUAAAAUGUCCUUUUGUAUAUUAAAAAUAAUACAAAAUACAUUUGCAGGCUGGCACAUUUUUUAGCAUGGAUGGCAUCAUCAGUCAAAUUACUUAGCUAGCAUCCAAAUAAACAUUUCUUAUAAAUUAUCCCAAUAAGCCCAAGACGCAAGUGACCGUAACACUUCUCAAAAAAGUAUAGUCACUAGAAGAGCCAUAGAAAGGAUUUAGUCAGUAAUAAACACUUUCUAAAAAUCUAAUUACAUCGUAUUUUAAACUCCAAAAUUACAUAUUAUAAGACUGUGACUAUAGUGUCAAAAACAGAUAAGCUUUUAGAAGAAAAUAUUAAAAAUUGAAAAAGUUUGUAACAUGAUAAUUUUUUUAAUCCACAACCAAACUUGGUAAUUAAAUUCUUUCUUGUCUUCAUAAAUAAGCAAAAAAAAAACAUUAUUUAAGAAGGAAAAAAGCAAAUACUUUCCCCCUAUAGAUUUGCUUGCAGUAAUCUUGUGUAUUGAUUGUUUUAAAGACGAUCAUUAGGUAUAACUGGGAAAGUUAUCUAAAUCAUUCUCUCACAUCUAGAUUUUGAUAUUUUGGUAGAGUGAAGUGAUUUAUUAAAACCUGUGUCCAAAAAUAUUUAUCUACAUCACAAAUAAUAAUUUAUUUAAAAUUUCCAAAUUGCAAAAUUGUGUUUAGGAAGAAUUUCAGCUCAAUAUGGGAAUAAUUUAGUAAUUAAUAUAAUUAUAAUACAUUUUUGUUUGCAGAGCUAUAGACUAUGCUACUUAAUAGAAUAUUAACCUUUACUUAAAUAAAUCAAACGUGUAACACUGGUCAAUUAUAAUAAAUGUGAUUUGUAAAAAUAGUUCAAAGAAUAAUCCAGGAACUGUAUAGUCUAUGUUCACUUAUUUUUUUUAAACCCCCUUCAUAAAAGGGGGUUGAGUAAAUUUUAUUGUGUAAUUACAGUUGUUCGCAUGUCUGUCCUGAAUAGGUGAAAAAUAAGACAUAUUCUCCAUUUACCUUAAAUUCCCGGCCCUUGCUCCUUAUAUACAGUGUUUCAAUUUUCUCUACAGUGAUACAGCCACAUAUAACUACAACAAAGCUUUCUAUGAGAGCAUAUAAACUCCAUUCACUUACAAAAAUAUAUAUGAGCUCAGAUGGCAAAAGGAAAUUACAAAUCUCCCAAAGAAAGUUAUAGGAGGACUAACUUUCCCACAUUGAGUUAUAGGAGAACUAACUUCCCCACAGAACGUUAUAGGAGGACUAACUUCCCCACAGAAAGUUAUAGGAGGACUAACUUUCCCACAGAAAGUUGUAGGAGGACUAACUUUCCCACAGAAAGUUUUGGGAGGACUAACUCUCCCCCAGAACAUUUUGGGAGGAUUAUCUUUUGGCUAGCAGGUUUCAGCCGCAUCUUGUUCUGGUAAGAGCUCAAAGUAAGUCUAUGCUCCCAAAUCACCACAUAGUAAGAUAAAGUGCUUGAUGCAUAGAUGUUCUCCUUUUGCUCACACAAAGUAAAACAUUGCUGUUUCUCAGAAAUGGUACUGUAUACAUUUUGCCUAAACUCAUUUGAAGUAGAUAGCCACUUCAGGCACUUCCUCAUGAAGACAUUCAUAUGCUAAAAAUCAUUAUGUUCAACAUCAUUGUAUACAGGAUGAUGGUGCUGAAUGAUUCUCAUAUGAUUGCCUCACAAGACUGGUAGAGGGUGAAAAUUGCAGCACAUGCCCCAUAGGUCCACAAUGCUUCUCUAUGGGUAACAUCUAAUUGGACCAGAUAUUAUCAAGAUUGAUGAUAUCAAGGAAGGCAGAUUUCUACAAGGUGACUGCCCUUGUGCAGAAAGAGGGGCGUAACUCUAAACCCACUAAAGAUAACUCUAAUGUUGAAAACAAAUAUAUUUCCUUUUAAUGUGUGAGGGGUUCCUCUAAACUGAUGUCUCACCUUAAAUCCUACAUAAUUGAGAAUACAGUUUAAAUAAUAAACAAUAGACCGUCAUAGGUUUUGAAAUUAUAUGAAAAAUAUAAUAAUAUAGUCUCACACAAGCAUGUGCAACUGUUGUAAACCAUAAAUUGACCACAUGGAAAAACAGAGAAACUAUCCAUUUGUUAAUCCCUUCCUGGAGAUUGUAUAUUUAAGAAAUCACAAAAAGCACAAAUGAAGAGUGUCCCUCACACAUUCCUUUUUCGUGCCUUGGUGUUCGUGGAACAAUAAAGUUGGAUUUUUGCACAUGCAUCUAUAAUGCAGCAAACGUUUACAUUACAGGACUGUAUGAAGCCUAACAUUUAAAACCAACAUGUACUGAAUUACAUUUUUUGUGGAUUUUAAAAUAAUUUAAAAAAAUUUGUAUGCAUAACGAAAUAAUGAUUUUUAUAUUUUUAUAAUAUCACAGCUUGAUUCAUUUGUUAAAUAACAAAAAAAAAAUAUUUUUCUUAUAGUUUGAUCACCCACGGAUUUGGAACGCCAGCAAUCUGUGCUGCUUUAAGCACUUUCCAAACUGUUCUCAGUGAGAUGCUGAACUAUUUGGAAAAACACACAGCAAAUAAAUCCAGCGGAAUUUCAGAAACUAACCAGGGUAAUUCCAAUUCGGAGAAAGGACCACUUCGGAAAACAUCAGAUGUAGUUGUGAAAGAUGCCAAAACAGAAAAAACAGACUAACUCCUUCGUGUUCACCAGAGAGAUUUGCUGCUGAUAUUUUUUUUAUAUAUAUCAUUAGGUUAAUAUAUUUACAAAGGAUUGAAUUUCACACCUUUGAAUUGCAUUGUAAAGUAUGUAAUAAUAUUUUUCACCUUUCUUUUAAUUCCCCAAAAAGACUGUAUCGAUUGAAAAUUAUAAUGCACAUUGGAUUCUUUUUUUUUUUCCUUUUUACUAUACGUACAACUACAACAACCUCUUACUGAGAAAUAUGUUACUGACAAAAAAAAGAAAAUUCUAAAAUUUUAAAUGGAAUAUCACAAACUGGACAAAUUUCUUUUUUAAUACUUUUUUUUGUACUGAAAAUAAAAAACAUACAGUGUUAUUGAAACACAUUAUUGAAAAUGCUUCUAAAUGAGAAUAAACUUGAGAAAAUGAAAUUUUAUGAUGGUUUUAUCUUGUUGUAUUAGAAACCAAUAUUGGAUUUCUUUGUAAUCAGGAUUUGCAUGUAAAUUACCUCUGCCACAUUAGUAUAAUAUGUAAUAAUUUUAUGAGUAAAAAUAUUGUGAAUUGUUUGGUAUCCAUAUAUUUUCAUUAUUACCAAAUAUAGAAAAGCUGACACAGAAAUCAGGUCAGCAUGUUAGCUGUAUAUACAUAACACGACUACUUUUUGUACAAAUUUUUUUGACGCAGCAAGAUUUUUAAUAAAUAGGUCUUAUGAAAGACUGGCUUCCUACGACUAGUAGUAUUUUAUUAUCAAUGUAAGAAAAUAGUGAAAAAAAAUCAAAAUGUGAGCUUCUGGUCAAUAGCUUUCUAGAAUUGGUCAGAUGGUUAUAUUUAUUUAUAUAGUACCUGCUCAAACCUCAUGAAUGCAGGCGCUAUUCCUAAAGGUUGACUCAGCUUUUCUUAUUUAAGUGGGCAAUAGAAUGAGUAGGAAGUAUUUUGGUACCCUACAUCUAGUACGUGUUUGAAAAUGAGAGAAAUCUGAAUAUUUCAUUCAUUGCAUUGUAACAAAUGUUUAUUGUCAAUGAACACAAUGGUUUGUCUGUAUCGUCCAAUAAGGUGUCUUGUACUAUGAAAACACAAGUUUAGAGAAGCACUGUGAUAAAUUAUUGGUCAUAUCUGUGAUUGACAAAUUAUUCUAUGCACACAGAAACAAACACGACUAAAAGACAUUUAUUCAAAGUUUCACAUGAUCCAUGAGGUCCAUAUGUUUGCAGGCAGUUCAUGCAAAUCUUCAGCAGCCUUAACUGAAUGUAUGAUUGUGAUCUUUCAUGUGACUUGGCUCAACAGCCUUUUGCAACCUAUUCUGGGCUCAAAAAAAUGUCAGGACCAAUUACAAAGGAUGGUGUGUUAGGGACAUGCAUGCAUGUUCAAGUGGGGCUGAGUAUACAACCAAAGAUGGGGAGGAGGUAGUAAAAGAUUAACUUAUAAAUAUUUACUCAUCUAUACAUUGAUUCUAAUAAUUAUAAGAGCCUAUAUUUAGUGUCCUAUCUACCUAGACACCCAGGAUAACCUAAACUGAAACAUAGAAACAGAUGUUGACUGCAGAUAAGGCUGUUAACUGCUGAUAAAGUGGCUCUAUUACUUUUAUUUUCUUUAGUAGGCAUGUCCAAAAUCCAGUGAAAAAGAAGGGAGUAUACACACUAAAGACAAGAGUAAUAUAUGUUUAACUUAGAGUGUUCCCAGGUGUACCUCACUGACACCUAACAAACAAUGACAAAAAGGAAAGUGGAAAUACACCCAGUAAACGUAAAAAAAAUCUUAAAACAACCUGGAAAAUAUAAUCCAAGGAAAACGAAUCCUUGGCAGAUCUACAAUAAUGAUAAACAUAACAUUGCGUAAUACAGUAUUGAAAUACAAAAUUGGUGGUGUAAGGUCGAAAACUCACAAACGAAAGAUGAAUCAGGCUUCGCACCCCACCAGGGGUUAAAUGGAUAGAGAGGAUGGUGGCUCUCAGAUGAUAGGAAUCCUUACAUAUGUGGAGUAGGUUACCCCAGAUCCACUACGCUGCUAUUGAGUUCCACUUGACGUGGAGAUAUGCUCACGACUUUCAUCUUGUCUGUAAGUGCAAUCAAAUAAAGUGUAUUUGUAUUUUAAUUUUACAUCACAUGUGUGGCCUUUGUCUUCCACAUAUUUAAGGAUUCCUAUCAUCAUCAUCCUCUCUAUCCAUUUAACCCCUGGUGGGGUGCAAAGCCUGAUUCAUCUUUCGUUUGUGAGUUUUCUACCUUACACCACCAAUUUUGUAUUUCAAUACUGUAUUAUGCUAUGUUAUGUUUAUCAUUAUUGUAGAUCUGCCAAGGAUCCUUUUUCCCCGGAUUAUAUUUUCCAGGUUGUUUUAAGAAUAUUUUUACGUUUACUGGGUGUUUUUCCACUGUCCUUUUUGUCAUGUCCAAAAUCCAUCCUUAUCUGCCCAUUUAUUUUUAUUUUUCCAAAAUUAUGCUUAUUGAUACAUAAGGAAAAGUAGUGACUACUUCCUCUCAUGUACAGUAUAACUUGCAGGUUGACAAAAGUUGACUAAGGAUGGAGUUUAGUCAAACACCAUGAUCUUUGUCAAGAUUGUUUGUCUUUCUUGGUGUGUACUCACCUCCCUCCAGCAUAGCAGAGAAGCAGCUCAUAGCAGUCUUCAGACUUUUUUGUCCCCAUUAAUGUAAUCGAUACUUGGCAUGUGCAUGAAAUCAUGUGCAUGCCCUGGGAAGGGCAUAAGAUACGAUUUCAUAGCACCACCAUCUUUAAGAUGGCGAGGUCAAGGAAAAGACCUAACAGUAAUGGAAUGACAAAAACAGUAAGUUAAAUCAGUUCUGGGGGUAUAAAUCUUACAAGGGCUCAGGGGGGGUUAGAGGGCUAGACAGAAGAAUCUCUCACCUGGGGCAUCAAUGAAGCGACAGAGCCUAUAAUAUAGCAGAUUUGGCUCUGAACAAAUCUACUGUCUACCAAUAAGCACAGUAAUGAGCUUCUAAGAUAACUCAUUCAGAAGGCACAUGGUUGACCAUUUGCAUUUUUGAUCAUAACAUUAUUGUCUGACAAUUCCAGAUUUCAUUCCUCCAUCAUUGGUCCCAUUUUUGGAACAGACAGGCAUACUGAUGAAAAUGAGACAAAAAAGAUGUAAUCAACCCAAAUGGAAGAAUAUGAUAGACACACACAGAUAUGGCAGAGAAACUGGAUGGAUGGAUGGUUGGAUGAGUGAGGAGGUAGGAUGAUAGAGUGACUGACAUAAAGACAGACAAACAAAUGGAACAUAAUAAACAAACUCUGAGAUAUGUGCUAAAAUAAUCGAAAAGGGCAGACAUGGAAUAGAUAGAGAGAUAGAGAGACAGACAGGCAGGCAGGCAGUACAGACACACACAAAGAAGGUACAAUAGGAAGCAGCUCCUUGGAAAGGUCCUCAAGAUCUAAAAGAUAUGUAGUGGAGGUAGGAAGAGAAAAAAAAUAUAGUGUAGUUUAUAAAAAAACAUCAAAUUGGAAAUAAAAAAGGAAAGACACUUACAUUGCCUUGCUAAUUGUAGUGCUGCAAACUAUAAGAAAAAGAAAAAAAAUGAUAUUCAACAAAUGAAUUAAGCUGUGAUAUUAAAAAAAUUCCCUGCCUGUGGAUAUAUUUUUUUUAACUUUUUUUCUUGCUCCAACAAAGUAUAGUGUAGAUGUGCAGCAUAAACAGAAAUAAAAUACCAGAAUAGUAUAGUCAAAAGAUUGAAUUAGAUAAUAAGAUAAUAAAUAUAAUAAAAAUGCACAUUCACAUUUAAUGGAGCUUCCAGAUGGCUCCUUUUGUGGUGCUUGGAGUGGAAUGAUCCCCACUCUAGGAUAUAUGUGCAGAAACAUUUAUCUGGUACAAGUAAGUAAGUUAGGAUCCUCUCCAUAGACAUAAAACAGAAAAUAAAAUAUGGUUCUCAUUAUAUAUAAAAUUAACAGUUAAAACAAUACAGCCAUAAAUGGAAAGAAACAUGAUAGACAGAGAGAGGGAGAUACCUGUUGUGGUGUAUUACCAAAACAGGUAUCUCUCUCUCUCUGUCACCAAGACAAGCCAAAAAUGUUGUCUUCAAUGGCAUGUUCCGAAUACCCAAACCACGGAAGGCCCCGACUGCAGUGCCCAGGGACCUGGUGGUCCAAUUUUAAAACAUCAAGGAUAAAACGUCAGUACAGGCCGCUCUGCAGGGGACUUCCAAUUGCAAAUUUGAGAAUCUGGAAUUAUCCUUUCAUGCAGAACUGUCCAGCAGCACACUGCAAUGGUGGAGACCACUGCAACCUCUUACCAUUCUCCUACGGGAACAUGAUAUCCGGUAUCUCUGGCAUCCCUCUCAGACCCUGUUGGUCCUCCACGCGUACACUUCUUAUUCUGCCAUGAUCGCCAGGGAGCAGCAGCACUAUUGGGGCCUCUGGGCCUUCCACAGACCUCCCUACAACAAAAAGGGCAAUGCUUGACCAAGCCGGCCAUACACACGUGGAACCCAGCAACGGUCACCGUAUUCGUCCCUCGGAAGGCCUUCUUGGACACAUAUGCGGCUGCCAAAACCUAAAAAAAACCUCGCAUACAUUGGGCCCAUCGCAUCAUGACUUUAUAUACCACCGCUGACCAGAACUGUAUAUAAUUAUAUUGUUUAUUAUGUUUAUUGCUUUCCACAUUUUCUUUAUUUCCCUUGCUCUCGUCACAAUGAUAUACUUCCCCUAUUGAAGGUAGUCAAAUCAGCUACUAGCCUUAGCUAGGGAAUACCAUGUUUGGUAAAUUACCAAAUUAAUGUACUUAUUACACAAUGUUUGUCUACAUUAAAAGGUAUUUAUUAGAAGGCAACAACACAAUACUAUAAAUUUAUCACAAACACUCAGCCCAGACCCACGGAGCAAAAACCCUUGUUAAUCUAGCUCUCUUUUUAUAUGUAUAUAGUAAUCCCCUUCCCCACAUGUUUGAUCUCACCCACGGUUAGGCCAUCACAUCUAGUAAUGGGUCACUGCUGCAAGUUCAACAUCACAUCCACUAAGGAAGAAAAGGAAGCAACAGACUGUAACAAAGUUCACCAUGACAAAAAUUAGCCCAUGUCUACUCAGUAGCACAGCCAAGAAGGAACAGGAAGGAAUGGAGAUAGGGGGAAGUGGUUAUCUCUCCUGACUUGUAAAGGUAUUGAAUUAACCAAUUAAAAUAUCAAAGGGUAAAGCUUAUCCCCCUGUAAGAAAGGUAUACACGAGCUUGGUCACAUGACCUCUGGUCACUUGUCACUGUCCUUGUACAGGUAUGGCAGUAGAGAUGCAGGCAAACGACAACAGGAAAGGUAGAUAAAGAAUCAAUAACUCAUAACUCUUCAAGCUGCAACUUACACUGAGGUUGAUCAAUGUAAGGUAAUAUGAAGGAACAAUAAAUAUAUACAUAUCCUGUAGAUACUGUGGUCUGCUGUAGUUGAGUGCCCUGUCGCCCUUGGUAGAAUGCAUAAUGGUUUGUAAGGAGACAGUGACUUGCAUAAUUAAUACUCAACUUUAAUGUUGGCACAUGAUAUAGUGUUACAGCCUGAAAUUAAAAUGGAUUUGAUCUAAUUCUUUACCACUAGAUUUCCACAAGAUACAUAGCAUACACUGGUCUCAUAGAUUGACACACAACAGGCUUGGAGAAAGUAAAACAGCUGCCUAUCAUCUUGUUCAGGGAUAGGCAACCUUUGGCACUUUAGAUGUUAUUGGCUGUAUCUCCCAUAAUACUUUUACAGGCAUAAUGCUGGCAAAGCAUCAAGGGAGAUGUAGUUCACAACAUCUAGAGUGCCAAAAGGUGCCAUCCCCUGAUCUAGUUUUUAGAGUUAAUAGCUAACACACACACUCAGACACACACACAGACACACACACACAGCAAAGCCAAACAUGAUUCUUGUCUCGAUAUACAGGAAGUCUUAAUAGGUAGAAGGGGACCUAGGAGCAUGUAGAAGGGGACCUAGGACCUCACUGUGCAUGGCUUUGGGCUCUUUUUCUACCAAUCCAUGGAAUCAUGAUUUUCUGGCCAACAGCUUAAUGUAUGAUGCCAAAUACCCCAACUGGAAGCAUAGCUGACUUGGAAAUUUUUCAUUUAUGUGAUAAAUUUGAAAUUCUCUAUGAUUUUUUUUAGGAAUUUCUGGCAAUCAACACUUUAGUUAAUAACCCUGAUUUUUAAUUCAUGACUAGAAUAGGCAAACUGCUAAAAUUUGGUCAGAAUUCCCAACAAUUCUAACCUUCGUGAAUAACACUAAUUGGUUAUCAUCGUUACUUAUAACCAGAUUAAAUAUAUUCUAUACAGCCUCUUUGAUGUCUAUUUGCAAUACUGCUAAUCUUAGUUGUUUAAACCCUUAAGGACACAUGACAUGUGUGACAUGUUAUGAUUCCCUUUUAUUCCAGAAGUUUGGUCCUUAAGGGGUUAAAUAGUUAUCCUUUGUCACUGUUAUGUGAUGCUAGAUAUCCACACAAUUGUAUUCUCUUGUGAUGUAAAGUGUUUUUUAAUAAAAAUUCGGUAAGGAAGAAGAGACAUAAUUUUUUACUAUAUAGUGUACAUUUACAACCUCUUCCUGCGGUUUUAGGUAUGAUUCUGUGUUCAUGAAUCUAAAUUAGCAAGAUCAUCUUUGUAGAUGGAACGUUUGCUGUAAUUGACCAUUACUGUAUUGUCUAUUGGUCAACAUUGAUGAUCCCGUAUGUACUAGAGUUGCAAGAAGAUUCAAUAAUUUAGAAAAGAAGAGGCAACUCAAUAAAUUGAAAAGUCCAGACAAAUUAAAACACUAAAUGUGUGUAGUAUUCACGAUGAUGUGUAUUUGCCUAUAAAUCUUGGAGUAUGCAUGCAGGUCUCAGAAGCAUUAAAUACAUAGGCAGUACAGGCUACUCUAUGUAAAUGAGUAUAUUUUAUUAAUUAGACUUAUCCAGGCACUCGCUAUUAGUUACUAGAGCAUCCAAAGCUAGCCAUAGAAUCGUCACGCAAGCAUAUGGGCUUUUUAAUCCCAUGUGCUGUGCUCCACAUUGUAGUAUACAAUAAGACAGAAUAAAUAAGUGAGUAAAAUAUACUGUCUUAUUUUUCAGACAGCUUCAUUGUGGAGCUUUUGUGUGACAAUAAUUGAUGAGAUUCUCUGUGCUUAUAUUGCCAAAGGCAAAUGUAUGCGUAAGAACAACAGUGUAUACAAACUAUACAUAAAGUCGUGGUCUUUUCAGAAAUAUGAACUGUCAACCUUUCAGUGAACUAAAUGUGGUUCCACCAGCAGAUCUGAGUGUGCAUAUGGCAUUUAAAGAGCUUAAUUAAUAUAAAUGUCAGACAAAGAGGAGUUUUGUAAAGAAGGUGAGAGAAAGAUUAAGAUAUAGUAACAGAGAAAAGGAGAAAAAGAUUAAAAAAAAAAAAAAUCUAAUAAAAAGUAAGAAAAAAAAUAUUUUCUACGAAAACUAGUAUCAUGACAGCUAGGAUGGUAAUGUCCCUAUUGUAGAUCUAGAAUAACCGUGUCGUGAGUCUAAUGAGGAAGACUUGUUAAAUAAUGCAUAUAUCAAUGUUUAUGUUGUCUUACAUCUCCUAACUGUGACCACAGCUUAUCUAGCGAUUCCAUGGGUAGCUGAUCCAUUCAUCAGUCCUAAAUUUAAAUUUUAAAUGUUCUUAAUUUAACUGUUGUAAUCUUUGGAUAGCAAUCACUUUUUUGGAUCUUAAAUUGAGUCCUAUAUUUUUCGGGAGGCCAAUGUAGGGACUGACAAAGAGGGGAGGCGUGGCAGGUGCGGGCGGACAGGAAGAUAAACCUAGCCACCGCAUUAAUUAUAGUCUGUAGCGGGGUAAGUUGGAAACAUGCAAACUUCAGCAAAAGUGUGAGUGGCCAUUUGUGAAUAUAACUUCUACAAUUUGUCAUCAUACACAGUUAUACGCUAAGUUGUUUUAUUUAUGAUUGGUUCAGCAGAUCAUCCCCCUUUUUUUGCUUGUGUUGUGUGGAAGACAAGAGGAAGUCUUUUGGGAUACUAUUGGAAAUCUUAUCCUAUACAGGAAAGUUCCUUUCUGUUGAUAUAAAUUAAGCACUUAUUACACUGUGGUGGGUGUUCACACACAUUGUUUCUUUCUGUAAGUUGGAAACAUGUUAGACCACUGAGAAGUGGAUUACAGUAGUCAAGGCAAGAGAGGACAGCGGCAUGGACAAGCACCUUUGCUGUAUCAGGCGUUAAAUAGGGUUGGAUGCGCGCAAUAUUUUUGAGAUGGCAUAGGCAGGUUUUGGCGAUUGUUUGGACAUGAGGGGUGAAGGAGAGGUUGGAGUCAAAGAGAACACCUAGGCAGCGAGCUUGAGAGGUAGAGCAAAUGAUAGUGCCAUUGAACCGCAAUUGUGGAAUGACCUCCCGCACAAUUUAAAAUCUUCCCUAAGCCUAAAGUCAUUUAAGAGAUCCCUCUCUACAUACCUCAAAACAGAAUGCACGUGUCAUGGUUGAUUAUAUAUUUCCUGCCUGUUCUAUGUUAAAUUUUGUAUAUAUUGUGUAUUAAUAUUGUUUUUGUAUUUUGUUGUACCUAAUGUAACAAUACAAUGAUUUGUGGACCCAGGACAUACUUGAAAAUGAGAGAAAUCUCAAUGUAUCUUUCCUGGUAAAUAAGUAAAUAUUUUAUAAAUAAAAUAAAAUAAAUAAAAUAAUUGGAAGGAAAGAGACAAAGGAGUAGCAACACUUGAGGGAGGAAAUACCAGAAGUACUGUUUUGGACAGGUUCAGUUUAAGGAAAUGAGCAGCCAUCCAGUUGGAAAUAGCAGAGAGGCAGUCAGAGACACAAGUAAAGAGGGGUCGUGAGAAAUCAGGGGGGGACAGAUAAAUUUAUGUGUCAUCCACAUAGAAAUGAUACUGGAAGCCGAAGGAGCUGAUGAGUUUACAAAGGGAGGCAGUGUAUAUUGGGAACAAUAGGGGACCAAGGACAGACCCCUGGGGAACACCAACAUAGAGGGAAAAGAGGCAGAGCCGGAGAAAGAAACACUUAAUGAGUACUGGGAGAGGUAGGGAGAGCACCAGGAGAGAGCAUUAUCCUCGUAGACUGAGAUUACGGAGGAUGAGAAGAAGCUGUUGAUGAUCAACAGUGUCUAAAGCAGCAGAAAGGUCGAGGAGAAUUAGAAUAGAGUAGUGGCCACGGGAUUUUGCAGCAAUAAGAUCAUGGUAUAAAUUGGUCACAGCUAUUUCAACAGAGUGACAAGAACAUAAUCCAGAAUGAAGCGGGUCAAGCAGAGAGUUGGAUUUGAGGAAGUCUAUCAAUCUCACAUAUGCAACUCUCUCAAGGAUCUUGGAGGCAAAUGGCAGUAGCAAGAUAGGGCAGUAGUUGGAUGGGGAAUUAGGGUCGAAGUUGGGCUUUUUUAGAAUCGGGGUUACGGUUGCAUAUUUGAAGGGUACAGGAAACGUGCCAGAGGAGAGGGAGAGAUUGCAAAUUUUAGUGAGAGGCAGAGCAAAAGAAGGAGACAAAAUGCGGAUGAGAUACAAGGGAAUAGGAUCGAGGGAACAGGUGGUGGGGUGGGAGGUACAGAGGAGCUACCUCUGAGAAUGCAUCUACCUCAUGUCAUAAACAUAUCAAGGUGCUGCUCCACCUUCUUAUUCCAGCAACUUUUAUUGGACCGGAACUGAGAGACUCUGGUUUGGGUGUUUCAGCUGCCUACCUUUUUUCAAUCGUAUGCACUAGAAACCCAGUUUUUAUUUAUUCACAGAGUCUCGGUCGCUGGGAUCUGACGUCAUGGAUCCUGGCGACCUUAACUCUAUGUAUCUUGAGAAGCAAUUAGCUGCUGUCAAUUCCCCAUACUUCCCACCUUUAAUGGUAAGUAUUAAGAAGUUCCAACCAGUCCCAGUUAAUAGUGAACUACCAGGGGAUUUCUUAGUACCUUGGUGGGCCAGUCUCUGUGCACCACCUUCCGCUUGUCACCUGAACUAUAGGUAAAUGCUCAUGGGUGGCUAAUUACAUGUGUGUGAGUGAGUCAAAUAUGUCUGUGUGGGUUAUUACUGCUAAACAGCAUUUAUAAAAGACUAUUACAAGUUAGGUAUGUGUGUUAGAACGGUUGAUUAGGAAUGUUUGUGAGUGCGACUAAGUAGAUAUGUUUAAGUGUGGGCAUGUUCAUGAGACACAACACAACAAAUUGGGCUAGUUGUUAAGAAUGCAAGUGUUGCUGACCAGGUUAUUUUGUGUUUUAUGUACAUACGCUUCAAAACUCCAGUAAGGUGUCCAGCAUUUCUCAAGCUUUAAUAGGAGAGAUUUAUCAAGGUGCCAUUUUGUGGAAAUAUGCUAAAUAAGGAUAAAUCACCAUGGAAACCAGUAGAAUGUAUCUUUACAUUUAAUACUUUUAAUCCACUUAGAAGCAACAUUUUUGUCCCAGAGAAAUAUUUUGCUGCUCUAAAAACGCUUGUGCUGUGCUCCUGCACAGCAACAGCAUUUCUAGCCAAUCAGGUGAUCAGGACAGCCAUGCAGCUCAUGUGUUUCCUUCAUUUGAGGUUUUUAAGCAGUUUUCACACAAAAGGGACAAAACUUGUUUGAGUGCUGUUAGUCCCUCACCUUCCUUCUCAUGAGCGUUUGCUCAUUCAUCCUUCCUAAGCCAGUACUGUUCCAGACAGGGAUCACCUGAGAUUGACUGGGGGUCUGAGUAGAUGGCACGCUCUGCAGCUUACACUGAAUGAGGGAAGUUGAGCAACAUUCAGAUGGCCAGGGUGAGCCUUUUAGGUAAAGUGCUCCCUUUAAAAUUGUUCCAUUCCAGAUAGGCCAUCGAGCAAGAAUCAGAAGUCAGGGAUUCUGCCAAACUAGUUUUCAGAUCCCCACUAGUUAAAGGGGAUGAUCUCAUGCUUAGAAACCAUAAUUGUAUCCCUGACAUUCAGGCACUAAUACAAGUGAUACUCAAAUAAUUAGAAUAUUGUGCAAAACUUAAUUUAUUUCAGUAAUGCAACGUAAAAGGGGAAACUAAUAAAUUAGAUAGUCGCAUAACAUGCAAAGCAAGGUAGUUCAAGCCGUAAUUUGUCAUAAGUGUGAUGAUUAUGGCUUACAGCUCAUGAAAACCCCAAUCCACAAUCUCAGUAAAUUAGAAUAUUACAUGCAAUCAAUAAAACAAGGAUUGUACAUAGAACAAUAUCGGACCUCUGAAAAGUAUAAGCAUGCAUAUUGACUCAGUACUUGGUUGGGGCCCCUUUUGCAGCAAUUACUGCCUCAAUGCGGCAUGGCAUGGAAGUUAUCAGCCUGUGGCACUGCUGAGGUGUUAUGGAAGAACCAGGAUGCUUCAAUAGCGGCCUUCAGCUCUUCUGCAUUGUUCGGUCUCAUGUCUCUCAUCUUUCUCUUGGCAAUACCCCAUAGAUUCUUUAUGGGGUUCAGGUCAGGCACGUUUGAUGGCCAAUCAAGCACAGUAAUCCCACGGUCAUUGAACCAGUCUUUGGUGCUUUUAUCAGUGUGGGCAGGUGUCAAGUCCUGCUGGAAAAUGAAGUCAGCAUCCCCAUAAAGCUCGUCUGCGGAAGGAAGCAUGAAGUGCUCCAAAAUCUCUUGGUAGAUGGCUGCGUUGACCCUGGACUUAAUGAAGCACAGUGGACCAACACCAGCAGAUGACAUGCCUCCCCAAAUCAACACAGACUGUGGAAACUUCACACUGGACUUCAAGCAUCUUGCAGUGUGCACCUCUCCAUUCUUCCUCCAUACUCUGUAUACUUGGUUUCCAAAUGAGAUGCAAAUGUGCUCUCAUCAGAGAAGAGGAAUUUGGACCACUGAGCAACAGACCAGGCCUGUUUUUCUUUAGCUCAUCUAAGAUGCUUCUGACGUUGUUUGUUGUUCAGGAGCGGCUUGACAAGAGGAAUACGACAUCUGAAGCCCAUGUCCAGGAUCCGUCUGUGUGUGGUGGCUUUUGAUGCACUGACUCCAGCCUCAGUCCACUCCUUGUGAAAGUCCCCAACAUAUUUGAAUGGCCUUUUCCUGACAAUCCUCUCCAGGCUGCGGUCAUCCCUGCUGCUUGUGCAUUUUUUUCUUCCACACUUUUCCCUUCCACAUAGUUUAUAUUAAUGUGCUUUGAUACAGCACUUUGCGAACAUCCAACUUCCUUCGCAAUUACCUUUUGGGGCUUUCCCUCCUUAUGGAGGGUGUCAAUUAUGGUUUUCUGCACAACUGUCAGGUCAGCAGUCUUCCCCAUGAUUGUGAUUCCUACUGAACCAGACUGAGAGACCAUGUAAAGGCUCAGAAACCCUUUGCAGGUGUUACGACUUACUUAGCUGAUUAAAGUGGGACACUGUGAGCCUAGAAAUAUUGCACCUUUUCACAAUAUUCUAAUUUACUGAGAUUGUGGAUUUGGGGUUUUCAUGAGCUGUAAGCUACAAUCAUCACACUUAUGACAAAUCACGGCUUCAACUAUCUUGCUUUGCAUGUAAUGCAUCUAUCUCAGAUAUUAGUUUCCCUUUUUACGUUGCAUUACUGAUAUAAAUGAAGUUUUGCACAAUAUUCUAAUUUUUUAAGUAUCACCUGUAGGUCCUGAAAUUGAUCCAGCACUGUUAUCCAUUACAGGAAGCAGUGUUUCUGUGGAUCCCAUGGAUAAGAUGUUUCGCAAUGUACAGUUAAAAAAUGCGGAUGCUCUUGGCUAUUAUGUUAGAUAAGGCAGAGAGGGAGAGAUCCUCUCAUAACCCUUCUCUACCAGCUUUUGAAAGCUUCCUGCAUAGCUGUGCUACAAUUAUCUUUUCAACAUUCGCCGAACCCGCUGCCUUCAUGCAUCAUGGAUGUCUGAUUUUGCCCCUAAAUCCCACAAGUUUCCUAAUUUAGAAGACUCCUUUCUGUUUGGCCCUUUUUUUUUACAAGAGGUGAAAGGAAGAUAUAAGGCUAGGAGAUCUUUUUCUGAUUUAAAGAAUAGCUUUCAAAGUUACAAGAUGCCCUUUCGGACUGAGGGCCGUUCCUACAGGACUAUGGAUUUAUCUUGGGGAGAAGUUUCUCAGCAAGCUCACUUUCAUCAUCAUGGGGAAAAGUCAAGACCAUCAUACAGUAGUAGAAGAGCCCAUGCCAGAGGUGGCUCAUCAGGAAAAUGAAGACCCAUACAGUCAACUUAGUGUUGUACCUCACAUCCCUCGAAACUGGUCAGAUAUAACCUAAGACAAAUUGGUGCUUCAGAUUUUCAAAAAGGGUUUACAACUCACCCUCAUUCGGUUUCCUUUCCAGAGGCAAACUCUGUGCAAAGAGGUAAAUCCAGUUAUAGAUACCUCUUUUUUCCUGGGAUUAACUCAAGAUAUAAUAGAAUUGCCAGAUAUGUCAAUUUUAGGUUGGACCAGUCCCCUGUUCCCCAAUCCAAAAUCAGACAGAACAUGGAGGCCAGUACUGAUUGUGAAGGCUUUGAAUGCUUUCCUAAGGAGGAAAAGAUUCAGAAUUGAAGGUUUAAAAUUCCUCCCAGGCCUAGUGCAGAAAAAAUAUUUCUGCAUAAAAUUAGACCUCAAAGGUGCUUUCCAUUCAGUUCCUAUGGCUAUGAAGCUCAGGCGCUUUCUCAGAUUCUGCUGGAAGGAACAUAUAUAUACUGGACUGUAAUGGUGUUUGGCCUAUCCAAUGCACCUUUUCAGGAUAAUGAAAGUUGUUAUGUCCUACGUCAGACAAAGAGGCUUCCUAUGCCUUUAUUAUUUAGACGACAUUCUGUUGUUGAAUCCAGAUGUAGAUGCUCUUGUUCAGCAGAGAGAUUACCUAUUUUCCCUUUUGCAGAAUCCGAGAUUUAUAGUAAAUCUGCAUAAAUCUGUCCUGGUCCCAACUCAGAAUACCCUAUUUCUGGGUUCCAUGCUGAACACUAUAGAUAUGACCUUGGGGGUUCCCCAAGACAAAUGUGAAAAAAUUCUAGCUCACUUAACUUCAGCUCUUUUGAAGCACAGAUGGCCUCUAGGAGAACUAGCAAAGACUAUUGGGAGUUUGAUAGCAUUAACCCCGGGUUAUGAUGCUUCCCCCUUGCUGUGCAGACGGAGUCAGCUGUUUCUAGGAGACUAACUAAGACACGGUGGCCUGUAGGAGUCAAGGGUAGUCUUCCCAAGAGUGUCAGAAAAGAGCUAAAUGAUAUAUUGGAGGGGGCAAUUCCACUUCCUAGCCCACUUUUGGAACGGCCUUUUGAGUUAACCCUGACCAUAGAUGCCUUUACCAAGGGAUGGGGUGCGUUCCCUGCCCAAAACGUGAUAAGAGGUGUUUGGUCAGUUCAAGAAAGGCUUCUUCACAUGAAUGUGCUAGAGUUGAGAGCAAUAAGAUUAGUCCUUCAAGGCCUCAUUCCGUUGAACCUCCUAGGUGUGUCGGUAAUGGUUCUAUUGGACAACAGGACAACCCAGAGGUGGCACAAGGUCAAAAGGUCUUUGCCUAGAGGCUAUGGCCCUGUGGUCCUGGGCUCUAGUACACAAAGUCCUGAUAUAGAUCCAAUUUGAUGUUUGUUAUAUUGAGGGGAACCUAAAUUGUUAUUUUCAAGCCUGUAGUUUUUUUUUCGAGCCUGUAGCUGUGGGAGGGGAUAUUGCUCACCACACCACAACCGACUUGUGUACCACUUGUACCACUAACAUUGUCCCCGACUACAAAGAAAACAAACUUUUAUAUAUAUAUAUUCUGUUUCUCUUUACAGAUUACAACUGGCUUCCCAGACAGGAUCAACAAGCCAAGGUCCCUCCUAAAUAGUUGUUCUGGAGGUUAAGAAAAUCCUUUCAGAACUUCUUUUUUUUUAUGAGUUAUCCUAAUAUUUCUCUCAGAGACUGUUUGCCUUUUCACCUUUAUGAUCUAGGAUUGUUUUGUUACAUUUUCACAUGUUACUAUUAACUGUCAGUACUUGAGUAAUGUUUCUUUUCUAUUGUUACUUUAUUAUACUGUCCAUUCACUGUGUUUCUAUAACCUUUACAUAGGUGUAAUUUAGUGUUUGGUUGAGAAAAUAAAACAUAGUUAUCCCCUUAUAUUGGCAGUGGUGAAUCUUUUCCUUUUUUUUAUUAAAUAUAGUAUUUUGUGUGUUUUUUAUACAUUGAAUCCUAGCCUACAUUAGAGGAUUCUUUGUCUCUGGAUGAGUUAACCAUCCGCAGUGUCCUGAUUUUAAAAUCUGAGGUGAUCAGGGCUGCCGCGAGCUGCACGGCUGUCCUAAUCGGCUAGAAAUGCUGUUGCUGUGUAAGAGCACAGCCCGAGCAUUUUAAGCGCGGCAAAAAAAUUCUCUGGGAGGCUGCCACAUACCCACUAGCUUUGCUAGGUGGUUAUGCUCGUCCCUAAGACAAAGAAAGUUUGCAGGUCAUAGAUUCCUGCCAACUCUUUUUACCAACAUUGUGAUCAUCAUCAAGCAUUUACAAUGACCACAGUGUUACGGAAACAUCACUGAUAUCAUCUAAGGAAUAUGCCACAUUUUCCUGGAGUUACAUUGAGGUUUGGCAGAACUGAGAGCCUUCUGCACCCUCUUCAUAUAUCAAAUAUUCAACCUGUAGUAUAUGUGGAAUUACAUACUAAUGUGUAUGCACAUUCUACACACGUUAAUGUCACACAAGCAUAAAAACAAAGUCACCCAUAUGUUUAUAUAUUCUUUCUUACAAACUGCACAUAUACAUAUGGUUUGACACACAAGGCACAUUUUAAUUUAUUUUUACUUUAGGAGCAUGAUAAAUUGCAGAGGAAAUACGUAAAUGCCUAGUAGGGAUAUGUUUAUAGUUAAAGUAUACAACAAAAUUCAAGAUGCUGUUAUCUCAAAAUUUAAAUAAUUUUCAGCACACGUCAUGCCCAUCAUAAGAUUUCCGUGGCUCCUUGUUCUCUUGAAUCUGGAGAAUCACCAUCUCACACACUGUGGUACAGUUUUAGGCUUUCUUACUGAGAUUGGAGAGAUUUGAUUGCCUUGCUGACAGAUAGCUUUGAUUGGCUCCCUUCCCUAAUGAAUGAGAUCCCACAGCCUUUACACUUUAAUUUGCAGAUCUGCAGAUGGGACAUUGUUUUCUGAGGUAUCAUAAGUCAGCUAUUUAAAACCUUAAGGAAUAUAACAGUGCAAGAAUGGAGAAAGCUAGCAUUUUUCAAAAUAACCCAAUGUCCAAAUAUUACAAACAGCAGGUGUGUUGUUUGAAUGUAGUGAGCCAGCACACACCAGGUGGGUCACUUUAAUAUGUAAUCUACAGCAGGUGGAGUAUACAAAUAAAGAUAAUACACUUUAAAUGGACCUACUUUCAAAUAUAGUACAUAGUAUGUGAAUGCAAGCUGGAGCAUGCUAGCAUAUGCAGAUACAAUGAAUUGCCAUCUUACUCAACCUGGCCAAGUUUAACCCCUUCAGGACGGAGUCAAUAGUGCACGUUCUGAUCAAAACAAAACGUAAGCAAAAACUGGAAUUUGCGCUAUAUGUCUGUUCAACCGUAAUUCACCGCUGUCACAUUAAGUGCACCCACACGUAUUAUAUAUCAUUUUGUUCAGGAGAAACAGGGCUUUAAUUUAUCAUUAACUAUUCAUAUAUGGAACAUGAUUUAUUAUGAAUAACAUUUAAAAAAAUGUGAGAAAAUAAGAUUUUUUUUUUUACAUUUGUAUUUCCGUCUGACAUUUUAGCUGUGAAUGUCAUAAUACUGUUAGGUUUUACUGCAACAAAAUGCACAUAUUUGUAUUCAGCAAUGUCUCACGAGUACAACAGUACCCCCCAUUAACAGGUUUUAUGGUGUUUUGGAAAGUUACAGGGUCAAAUAUAGAACGUUCAAUUUUUAAAUUGAAAUUUGCCAGAUUAGUAAUGUUACCUUUGAGACGGUGUGGUAGCCCAGGAAUGAGAAUUACCCCCAUAAUGGCAUCCCAUUUGAAAAAGUAGACAACCCACGGUAUUGAAAGUGGGGUAUGUUUAGUCUUUUUUAGUAGCCACUUAGUCACAAACACUGGCCAAAGUGAGCGUUCAUAUUUGUUUUUGUGUGAACAGUGUUUGUGACUAAGUCGCUACUAAGAAAGACUGAACAUACCCCACUUGAAAUACCUUGGGUUGUCUACUUUUGCAAAUGGUAUGCCAUCAUGGGGGUAAUUCUCAUUCCUGGGCUACCAUACGCUCUCAAAGGCAACAUAACCAAUCUGGCAAAUUUCAAUGUCAAAAAAAUGAAAUGCAAGCCUUAUAUGUGACUCUCUAACUUUCCAAAACACAUAAAACCUGUACAUGGGGGGUACUGUUAUUCUCGGGAGACUUCACUAAACACAAAUAUUAGUGUUUUAAAACAGUAAAACAUAUUACAACAAUAAUAUAGUCCAUAAAAGUGCCAUUCAUUUGUAAAAAAUGCAAAAAACUUCACUUUUGCUUAAAAUAUCAUCGUUGUAAUACAAAUUACCAGUUUGAAACACUAAUAUUGAGUUCAGCGAAGUCUCCCGAGUAAAACAGUACCUCCUAUGUACAGGUUUUAUGGUGUCUUGGAGAGUUACAGGGUCAAAUAUAGUGCUUGCGAAUUAAAUUCUCUGCACUUUCUCCCUGUGUUGUCAGGCAUGUCAAUCAAAUUUUAAUUAAUCAAAUCACAUAAUCAUGUUAAAAGAUUACUUAAAUAAACAUGUAGAAUUUUAAUAUAUAUGCAUUUAUAGGUAUUUAAAUUCUACGUGUAUACUAAUAUAAUCUUUUAUGUAAUUAUAUGUAUUUAUCUAUAUAUUUGCGGUUACGCUCACAAUGUAGGUAUUUUGCAACACUAUACUGCCAGCAGUCACGUCUAAAAACGAUUUUCACUCUAUGGGUAAACUUAUUUUUGCUCACUCGAUACAUUACAGGUCUUCUUAUGACCACUCAUUAAAAACGCUGUUACUUAAAGUCAUACACGGGUAUAGGCACUAGAGCGACCUCUGGUGUCUAAUUAUGAUUAGAGUUUUUCUUGUACAUGUAUUCUCAACCUGCUAUUCAAAUAUGUUUCAUUAGGGGUUUUGCUAUUUGUUUAAAAAGCACGAGUUAUGACAUAGGUUAAAAAUCAGUCCAGAGGGGUCUUUUAUGCGGGGCACAUAUUUAGUGGGUAGAAUAUAAGUAGGAUAUGCGGCUUAAAGCAGGGUCUCCCAUAAUUAAACUCUGACUACGGUAUUAUGGUGGAGGUAAAUUACAUACAUAAGAUGAUUAGCACUUAGGAUGUUUAUGGACCUCUUUUUCAGUAUUUCUCAGCUGUACCACGGUGGGCAGCUAUUCUACCAACUUUCACUGGACUUAGGUCAGUUAUCUUGAGUUAUUUACUACUUAAACGGUCACGCAACACCAGGGUCCUUAUAUGUGUUUUCUGUAUUUUUAGAUAUAGGCAUCCUUGCUCUAUUGUGUAAAUUGGUUCCCAGUCCCCUGCUAGUGAAAUACUACUGGUAGGUAUCAGAAUAGCAGGGGAGUUAGGGGUCAUAUUUAUUUGCCCGUACAAACGUAUAUUACUCUCAUAGGUUACUACAGAUCGCCUGUACCCCCUUUUUUCUCCUCAUAAUAUCUGGCAACUCGCUCAUCAGGUACGUCAUAUCUUCUCGACUAUUAUUCCUCCCUACCUACCCUUUCGGGUUUAGUACAGAUAUACUGGCAUACAAUAAAUAGGACCCACUAGCUAUGUUUUUCUGGCCUUUUACGCCUUACGUUAGUGGUCCCGCGAGGCCAACAUCCAUCCUCAUUUCGGAGGUACGGCAUCCCCUCGGGCCCAUUCAUAGCUAGCCGCCUCGCUUGGUUGCAUAGAGAGGGCCUCACUUGUCACCCCCAUUCUGUCUUAUGCUGUUACAAAUCACGGAGAGGCCUUCACCCCGCCAUAAUGCCAAUGGCCACGUACCCCACACGAGCCAAUCAUACAUAGUGCCUCUCACAGCCGCUUGGCUACUAGCAGGGCCUCACCUGUCACGUUGCUUAAUAAUUCUUCGCCGCUUGGCAUUAGUUAUCAUAAGCCAGUUGGGUAGCACCCAAGGUAACAUGUCUAAAACAAAAAAGGACAUUUUGGAAGGGAAAGAUAUCAAUCUGGUAUCACUUCUGAUAGCCUCACAAGAUGUCCUUGAGAAUAAGACCUAUGCAUACGGGGAUGUGUCAGUAGUAUUGAAGUCCAGAGACCCCAGGUUGAAUCAGAAGCUAUCGAUUCCAGAAUUUGUACUAGCUUUCGGGAUAUACAGAGAUGUGAUAUGCUCUGUAUACCCGGAUAGGAGGGAGGAAUUGGACCUGUACCUCCACAAGCUGGUGGAUUUGGGGCAUAAGUAUGGUGGUACGUCUUUUUACAACUACCACCGUGCCUUUUCCAUGAAGGCGUCGGCCGCCCUUUCACAGUUCAAUUAUCAAGCUGAUUGGGGCGUGCUGGAUACAGAGCUUUUUUGCCGGCACUUUGCAGGCCUUAAGACCCCAGCUUGUGUCAUUUGCUCGUCCAACUCCCACACGGCUAAUCUGUGCCCUAAUUCUCCAGAGUUAAACGCUGUUUUUUCACCUCCUAAUAUAGUACCCACAGGGAGACCUGGCAGGGUGCUUAAAGAUAAACUAGGCCGUGACAUAGUGUUCUUGGGUAAAUCGCAGGUCUGUAACAAUUUCAACACCGGCACUUGCGGUUACAGUGCCUGCAAACUUCUACAUGUUUGCUCACAAUGUUUCAGAGCUCACUCCAAGGCGAUGUGCCCCAAUAAAUAAUAUCCUAAGCAGUACUUAUCGUCUCUUCAUGUCUCCCUACUGAAACAGCUUUUAUGUGAUCACCCUUCACAACAUCUCGUUGAUUUUUUGGUGUCAGGGUUUACGAUGGGGUUUCACACGGGUAUUAUUCACAUGCCUACGGGGAUCCUGGAAUGUAAUAACUUGCAGACAGCCCUAGCAGUGCCCGACACUAUUGACCUACUCCUACAGAAGGAAAUUGACCAAGGUUUCUUGUUAGGCCCUUUCGACUCCCCGCCUUUCGCGGUCUGGAGGACGAACCCCAUAGGACUGGUCAAUAAUAAAUCCUCCAAUAAACAAAGAUUAAUUCUCGACCUGUCAGCCCCCCAUGAAUCUCAUACCCCAAGUCUAAACUCACUAAUUCCGUCUGAGGAGUUUUCCCUCCAGUAUGCCAACAUAGAUAAUGCAAAAAAACUAGUUAUGGCGCACUCAGACUUGUAAAUUAAUAACUAAGAAGGCUAACGCCUAUCUAAGAAUAAAUAUGGGGAUUUAGUUCCACCAUAUGGCCAUAUGAUGUUAAGCCCACUACUACUUCAAAGUACCCCAAUAUCAGUGGGUCCUACGCUAAUAACAAAAAUGUGGGAGAUAAAUUAAAUAGUACUAGUGCUAAACAUAAGCUACAGUGUAUUGAAUUCAUUUCUUUGUAAGAGCAAAGUGAGUAUACAAUAGUGAUAAAAGCAAUUAAAAACAGUGUAACAACUAAACAAUUAAAGUGUUGGUGCUUGAAUGAGUAUACUCACAUUUGCAGAUAAUAUCUGUGCUGCAUAAAGAAAAUAAUAAAAGUGACAUGACUAUAAAACUCCUCCUAUUUAUACACACCUGUGGCCAUCUCUAAAGAGGUCUCUGAAGCUGGGGGGCCUGGGCGGGGUGCUUAACCCCAAAGGAAUCUGGUCUGGAUUCCAAAUAUAAUUGCACAAAGAAGAGAUUGGGGGCACACCCGUAUACAUGAAAGGUGCUGCCGCAGUGACCAAAAUUCAUACAAAAAAACUAGUUACGGCGCACUCAGACUUGUAAAUUAAUAACUAAGAAGGCUAACGCCUAUCUAAGAAUAAAUAUGGGGAUUUAGUUCCACCAUAUGGCCAUAUGAUGUUAAGCCCACUACUACUUCAAAGUACCCCAAUAUCAGUGGGUCCUACGCUAAUAACAAAAAUGUGGGAGAUAAACUGAAUUUUGGUCACUGCGGCAGCACCUUUCAUGUAUACGGGUGUGCCCCCAAUCUCUUCUUUGUGCAAUUAUAUUUGGAAUCCAGACCAGAUUCCUUUGGGGUUAAGCACCCCGCCCAGGCCCCCCAGCUUCAGAGACCUCUUUAGAGAUGGCCACAGGUGUGUAUAAAUAGGAGGAGUUUUAUAGUCAUGUCACUUUUAUUAUUUUCUUUAUGCAGCACAGAUAUUAUCUGCAAAUGUGAGUAUACUCAUUCAAGCACCAACACUUUAAUUGUUUAGUUGUUACACUGUUUUUAAUUGCUUUUAUCACUAUUGUAUACUCACUUUGCUCUUACAAAGUAAUGAAUUCAAUACACUGUAGCUUAUGUUUAGCACUAGUACUAUUUAAUUUAUCUCCCGCAUUUUUGUUAUUAGCGUAGGACCCACUGAUAUUGGGGUACUUUGAAGUAGUAGUGGGCUUAACAUCAUAUGGCCAUAUGGUGGAACUAAAUCCCCAUAUUUAUUCUUAGAUAGGCGUUAGCCUUCUUAGUUAUUAAUUUACAAGUCUGAGUGCGCCGUAACUAGUUUUUUUGUAUGAAUUUUGGUCACUGCGGCAGCACCUUUCAUGUAUACGGGUGUGCCCCCAAUCUCUUCUUUGUGCAACAUAGAUAAUGCAGUCACGGCCAUCCUCUCAGCAGGGGUAGGGGCAUGGCUGAGUAAAACUGAUAUUGUCAACGCUUUUAAGCUGCUCCCUAUCCAUCCAUCCCUAUGGCAUUUACAUGGUGUUAAGUGGCGAAGUUCAUAUUACUUUUUCACACGUCUCACGUUUGGUUCUAAAAGCAGCCCCAGGAUUUUUGAUAUUUUCGCUGAGAUGUUGUGCUGGAUGCUGCUUAACAUCUAUAAAUGCCCCACAGUUAUCCAUUACCUGGACGAUUUCCUGACCAUAGAAAGUAACCUAGUACCUCCCAGUAGCCUCCAGUCAAUCACACAGCUAUUUACACAAUUAGGAGUUCCUAUUUCACCUACUAAGACUGAAGGUCCAGAUACUAUCAUCAACUUCUUGGGGGUGGUGCUGGACUCUGUGCACAUGCAGGCUAGCCUCCCCAGGGAGAAGAUUGAGCGCAUCCUGGCAGCCAUCAACCUUUACCUAGGAGGAGGCUCAGGUAAUAGGAAGGAGUUGCAAUCCUUGUUGGGUUCAUUAAAUUUCGCUAUGAAAAUUAUUCCACAAGGUAAAGCAUUCAUUUCAAGGUUACUUAGCCUGUUUCCAAUGUUGCAAUCUGACACAUCCCGCAUUACUUUAGACGUACAUGCCACCGCUGACCUACAUAUGUGGAGAGAGUUUUUGCGAAAUUGGAACGGGAAAAGCAUUUUUAUCCCGGUUUGGUCAGAGAAGUCGGUAUCAGUCUGGACGGAUGCCGCAGCCACAUCAGGAUUUGCCGCAAUUUGGGGCAAUGAAUGGAUGUGGGGAGAAUGGCCUGGGGAAAUUGCUGAGAUCCCCAGGUUUAAGGACACUUCAGCCUUAUUUGAGCUCUAUCCAAUCUUAGUGGCAGCAGUUAAGUGGGGAGCAAGCUGGUCUGGGAAUACGGUUCGUUGCUUCUCGGACAAUAUGGCAACAUGCCAUAUUGUAAACAAGGGGCGUUCCUCUUCCCUCACCAUCAUGCGUUUCAUGAGGACUCUCACAUGGCUUGCUGCAAAACACAGUUUUCUUUUAACUUGCGUUCAUGUGCCUGGGGUUCUCAAUGUUGCAGCUGAUCACUUAUCACGAUCUCGGUUUCAGGAGUUCCGAGAGGCUCUGCCAACAGCUACCCUGAUACCAACUCCAGUUCCAAAGUGGCAGGAGAUGGUCUGGGACUAAAAGUACUGCUAUGUCAAGGGCGACAACUCUCACAGCUCGGUCUCUCCGAUAAUACCAGGAAGGCAUAUGGCAGGGCUUUCCAUGUUUUCAAUAAAUUCUUGUUGGACUUUAAUGUCACUGACCAGUUUUCCAUAGAAACCAUUAUUGCUUUCAUUUCUUUCUGCCACUUUCAUCUAACAUUAUCAUUCCAUACCAUUAAAUUGUAUAUCACAGGCAUUCAGCAUCACAUCCUCACCACUUGGCCUAACAAACAACGCUUUCUGUCGUCCUACCAAGUUAAGGCUAUACUUAAAGGCAUCAAAGACUCCACCCCUAUACCCUCACCAGCUAGACUACCCAUACACGAUCUAUUGUUUCAGUCACUGUCAAAUCUACUAGACACCUCACCAUUCGUAGCCCAUACUAAUCGUGUAAUUAAAGACGCCAUCUAUUUAGCAUUUUACGGUUUUCUACGGCCCAGAUAGUUCACCACUACUAGCUAUAACUCACCCAUCUUCCUCACAAGGUCCGAUCUGGUAAAGGUCCAAGAUCACUAUCUACUAUCCCUGCACCAUACCAAAACGAGCGCCACAGGUCAGACGGUCACUAUUCCCUAUUACCCCACUAGUAAUACCUGGUGUCCGGUGAAAGUUUUCGACACUCUUCUUGCCUUUGGCCAUAUGGCUCCAACACAACCACUCCUGUCCUUACACGGUAAUAAGCUCACUACGAGCCAAUUCAUGAUGUAUGUUAGGAGAUUGUUAGUCCGGUUAGGACUGAACCCGGCCAGCUACUCUGGUCACUCUUUCAGAAUAGGAGCCGCAACUACCGCUUCUAAAAAGAAUAUCCCGGUUCACAUUAUUAAGAUAUUAGGACGUUGGAAAUCCACAGCGUACACCAGAUACAUCCCUGAGCCCAUACAAGAAGUACGCCUGGCUUUCAAAACUAUGAAUAUGUAAUAUGUUAUGUCAGGUUGUAGGACGAAUAAAUGGUUAUCUCUUUUUGCCCUCUUUUAUUUCAGGCCUACUUCCUCGUCAGUUCCGGCACACCACAACUGACAUUUCCUUUCAUUGUUUGUCCUAUAUAUAAGUUGUACUACGGCUUAUGCCAUGACCACAAAUGGAAGGCGUGGCCUGAAGUUGUGGGAGGGGCUUGGUUACCCUUCUUAAGGGGCUCCAAACCCUUCCCUCAUUACCUGUUAGGUCUGACGAAUUGUCCCACCCACCACAGCGCUUUCAUAAGAAUUUUAUAAGGUAGGCCCUCUUUUAUUUCAGGCCUACUUCCUCGUCAGUUCCGGCACAUCACAACUGACAUUUCCUUUCAUUGUUUGUCCUAUAUAUAAGUUGUACUACGGCUUAUGCCAUGACCACAAAUAUAUAUAUAUAUAUAUAUAAUAUGUGUAUAUAUCUAUUAUAUAUAUAUAUAUAUAUAAUAUAUAUACAUAUUAUAUAUAUGUAAUGUCAUUCUAAGUGUAUUUCAAUACUAAUAUAUGUACUUAUAUUAAUAUUAAAAUACACUUUGUAUGAUGUUACAUAUAUAUAAUAGAUAUACAUAUAUUAUAUAUAUAUAUAUAAAAAUACAUUUAAUUUAAUUUUACACAUUUACUUUAUUUUUUUUUUAUAUAUCCCACCAGCAGGGGGACUGUCUGAUAUUUCAGACAGUCCCCCUGCUGGCAGAUCCACAGCCAGCUAUAGGGGGCCAUGUGAUCGCUCUUUGGCCGGGGGAGGGCUGCCUGGGCUGUCAGGCAGCCCUCCAGAAGAGGUUCGCGGCGGAGGUAAGUACGCCGGACCUCCAGGGGCUCAAAGUCGUUACAGUGUUCUAUGCCGCCACAACGGCUUUAAAGCCCACUUAAUGCGGGACGGCGUAGAACGCCGUAACAGCAUUAACGGGUUAAUAAGAUUUGCAGUACCAUUUGAAGAGAGCAUAAAAAUUGAGUCACAUUCAAAGAACCACAAUGCUAUUUAAAGCUCGAAAUUUCAAAAGCACUCUAUUAUACGUGUCAAUGGAAAUAUUAUAAUUUAUUUAUUUUUUAAUGAUCCACUAAACCUUUCAAUUCCUUCAUAGCCAUGUCUAUAUCAUUUUUAAUAUCUACAUUAUCUAUGCUAUGACAGAAUAGUCCCAGUGGGGUUUAUUUGCUAAACAGUGGACUAAUGUGAGCUGUAAUCUAAUUGUUAAAAUUUAGGCCAAAAUAGUUGAUAUGGAAAAAUUGUUAAACAUCACACACAGUUUGACUAUUUUAGCCUGAAUGUUGUAUAUGUGUUGUUUUUUUCUGCAAUUCAUGAUUUAUUGAACAACCUGAACGUGCGAAUGAAAAUUAGUGAUAAAAUGACUGCAAAAUGGAACAUUGCAGGUUUAAUAAAACCUCAUAUAAAUCCAUUCAGAAAUAUUUACACGUUGUAAAAAGUUGAGGAACAAACGUAGGAUUUGCUGCAGUUUAACAUUAUAAAUAACAUUUCCCUUUGUGCCUGUCUGCAAAUAUCAAUUUGGCUCACAUUUCCUAAUCCUCCGACUUCCUUUAAUAUAGAACUGACAAAUAUAUGACAGCUUGUAAAAUAAACUAUAAGAAUAAUAAAUAUAUGAACUAAAUGCAUCACAACAGCUUUAGCUAUUCACAGCACAGUUAUUUCAUACUGUAUUUACCAUGCAUGUUUGUGAUGCGUAGGCGCCCCCUGGUGGAAGAUAUUGGCAAUACAGGGGCAGCAAUAAAUAAGACAUGUUAUGUGAGGCAUGGAACUUUGUACACAUAUGUUGGGGUUUUUUAAACUACCAUACAGAGAAUGGGUACAUUUUUAAUUAAUAUUUAUUGUAUGUACUCUAUAUUUUUUUCUGUAAAAAAACAAAACAUUAUGUAUUUCAAUAAACAAAGUGUAACUACAUAAUUUAACAUAUUUUUUGCUUGAUUUUUGCAUUUUUAUGCAUUUGCAAUUACGUACAAAUUAAUAUACGUAAACAUUAGGAUACAGAAAGCAAAAUGGUGAACAAAGGUGAAUUUAAAGUGAAUUUAAAAUGUUAUACCAAAAGGAAGAGAAAAUGUGCAAAUUUCAAGAAUAACAAUUUUUUUAAAAGUUCUGAAUUCUCUUCAGUUGAUACUAAUAUGACACUAAUAAAAAUAACUGGUUUUCUUGUACCUACAAGUGGGUCUUCUGCACAGCCUUCUGCGUGUGGAUCUUCUCAAGAACAUUCUAGUACAUCUUCUUGGGAAGAGAUUCCAGAUUGAUUAUAAAAUGCAACAGCAAAUUGAAGAGCUGACCGCCUAUGGACAAAACCUCGUAACAAGUUUGCUUAGUGUCAUCCCUUUUCUUGCUGAGAGAGGAAUGGGUUUUAGAGGUGAUGAUCAGAUUAUUGGAUCCCCACACAAAGGCAACUAUCUCUGCAUUUUGGAAUUACUGUCAGAGUAUGAUGCUUUACUCGCACAAUACAUCCAAACAAAGGCGAACAAAGGCAAAGGGUGUACAAGUUAUUUAUCAGCAAAUGUCUGUGAGGAACUCAUUACUGGGGAUAAGAUCUUAAAAGUUGUCAUCAACCAUAUUAAAACGGCAAAGUACCGAGUGUGCAGCCUGAUCCUCCAUCUGUGUAACCCUCCAAAAGCAAUCAUUCAAAACCAUGUUCCGGUGGUAUACCACCCCAGUAAAACAGUUUCACAUGAAACUGACCCCCACAGACACCUGUUGGCACUCCUGUGGGGAGAAAGGAAACUAUAUCUAUAUGUGGUGGUCCUGCUUCUCUGUACAGGCCUAUUGGACCCAAAUAACACGACUUAGCUCUAAAAUAAUGCAGAGUAGCCACUUAUGUUUAGUCUUUUUCAGAGUAGCCACUUAGUCACAAACACUGGCCAAAGUUAGCGUUCAUAUUUGGUUUUGUGUGAAAAAAGCAAAAAACUAAUAUUUGGCCAGUGUUACAAUUAGACCCCUGGGCCUGUCUCCUUUCCAGACCUUUUUUAAGGGCCUCACUUGACCCGAACAGCAGUUACUCAAUAUGAUAUACCUAGCAGCCCACAGGGCUUUAGCUAAAAAAUGGUCAUGCCCGGAGUUACCAUCUCUCACACUGUUAACCGCCAAAAUAAAGAAUAAUUACCUUAUGGACAAGCUCACUUCCAUGGUCCGAAACAUUGUAAAACAGUUUGGCAAGGUUUGGGAGCUAUGGGAGCAGUACAUAGAAGAGGAGGGAGCCUGAUUUGGGAAGAGGACUAAAGACAGGGGUCAAGGGGUGAGUGUGCCUCACCUGAGCCGUGGGUUGUUAGCUUGUGGUUAUCUUAUCUUGAUUAUUAGUUAUCUUUAGUUUUUUUAUUUUUACUUACUUUUCUGUAACUACAGUUUAAACUAAAGUAAAAUGUCGAUAGAAUGUGACAUGUCAACAGUCAAGCUCUUACUGUGUGGGUGGGUGGGGUGGACUAGAUACACGACCAAACAGCGUACAUUGAAUGCUGUAAAGCUACCACUCACUGAGAAAACAGCCAACCUGGUAGAUGGGUCAAUGAACAGAAUAUCUUGUCCUUACAAGUCCACUAAUGUGAUUGGCCUGUACCAGCUUGUUUGAUCAUUGAUUCAGACUCUAUAUGUAUUAUGAGCGUUAUGACUAGGUAAACAUCUGGUGACGGGAACAUGUACGGUAUAACAUUCAGCUAUUUUGGUACACACUAACCAACUAUGUUUCCUUUCUGUAACACAAACUAAACAUGCAUUGUGAUUUGGCUUCUGCGAAAGCCUUUACUGUCGUCUAACCGCAUCUCUGUUUAUGCAAAAAUAGAUUUUUUUUUUUUUUAAAUGGCAACGUACUACUUGGUUUCUGUGGAUUCAGUGGAAGAUUCUACUCAAAUUGACCAACUUAUAGUGAUUUUUUGAUACUUAGAAGGAAAUCAACCUGUGGAGCGUUUUGUAACGUUUUUACCCUCAACAGGGCAUAAAGGAAAAGAAAGGGCAGAUGCGCUUCUAGCAUUUCUUAAUAGUGUUGCACUUACCAUACAAGAAUACCGUGGACAAAGUUACGACAAUGCAAGCAACAUGUCUGGCCACUACAAGGGUAUAAAAGCAAGAAUUGUUAACCUGAAUAAAUAUACCAAGUACAUACCUUGUUUUGGACACUCAUUAAACCUUGAUGGAAAGGAUGCUGCAAAUUCGUGUAGUGAGGCUGUAAGGUUUUUUAAUUUUGUACAAGCUCUUUAUACAUUCUUUAGUGGUUCAUCUCAGCGCUACAAGAAGCUUAAAGAUAAGCUUGACGAGAAAGGCCUCUCUGUGUCCAUGCCAAAAAAGCUCAGUGACACACGCUGGUGCAGAUGUCGUGCAGAUGCUUGUCAAGCAUUAGUCCAUGGCUAUAAAAAUAUAAUGGACAUUUUGUUUGAAUUUUCAACUGACAUUGAAGAAAAAUCUGAGUGCUGUUAUACUGCAAAAGGACUAUUUGAUCAGAUGAGAAAACUUGAGUCAGGGAUUUUUUGCAGAAUUCUGGAACACUGUUUUGCAGCGUUUCAACAGCAGCAGCAAAACUCUGCAGUCUGUUCAGCUGAAACUAAAUGCUGCAGUUGGCGCUUUGAAAUCGUUUGAAAGAUUUUAUUAAUGAACAGCAUACUAAAUUUGAUGCGUUUGAAGAAGCUGGUGAGCUUCUAACAGAUACUGAAGAGUAUAUUGUGGAAUACUGCCGACUUCAACACCGGAAUGUCCGUCAGCAGCCACUUGACUAUGGACACAGUGAAGAAGCACAAUUAACACCAAAGGAGGCCAUUUAUGCUAAGAACUUUCUCCCAUGUGUUGACAAACUUUUAAAGUGUCUGGAACAUCGCCUAGGACCCUACAGUGAAGUGUUUCAUUUAUGUAUUUUCUUUAUAAACUUUCCAGCGAUGGACUCUGGAUCCUUUAAAAUUGCAGCAGAAAAGUUGUCUGCUUUCUACAAGCAUAAUCCGGGCACAAAAUUUGAUGAUGAGCUAAUUCAAUUUCAGUCAUUCAUUUCUCUUUUCCUAAAUGAAAAACCAGAUAAUUGCAGCAUAGAACAAUUCAUGUGGGGGCGAGGCUGGGUGGCCAUGCCAGCAGGCUGCAUAUCACACGGGCUCCCGAGCAAACAACGGAAAAUAGGGUAUAUACCCACCUUACCCGGCUUAUACAGACCCGGGGGGUCCAUGGCACGAGGCUCUGGAGUGUCCCGGUGUAGCUGGGGCGCCCGCAGCAGGGUGGCUCUAGGUCCCGGUGAGAGACUCUGGGGCUCGGAGAUUGAGGCCUACCCGGGAGGGGAGUCUGGCGGACACUCGCUGCCUCACUCUCCACCACGACUACAGUGAACCACCAUCUACCUGGCACCUUCCUUGUCCCGUUUCCCCCCCCCUCUGGGCUGGGGGGGGCCAUCCCGGUCCCCACCAGGCAGGCUACUGCCUAAGCAUCUCACCUGGAUGGCCCGAAGCCGGAGGAGUGAGGCUCCCAUGCGGUCUCAUCAAAAUGGCCGAUGGCUUCACAGCAACUGCAUCAACUGAGACGGUGAUCCUUCUGUGCUCACAACCUGAGCUGCAAUCACGGGAGGUCCCUGAGGGCUCUCGAGCCCGCACGUAACAACCCUGGAACACAGAAGCUGACAGACAAGAACCAUCACAGCUAGCACUUCCUCCACAUGCCCAUGUCAAAGCGGCAACCCCAGAAAUGCACUCUGGGCCACCUUAGACCGAGCAGGCUCCACUAACGACCAGGGCUGGAAGAACAAACAGGAGAAUCAGCUUCACCCACUGACCGCAUGGUGCUACAGCCCUCGACAGCACAUCAAGGCUUACAAGGCAAGGCAAACUUACCCAGCAACCGGGAAGACAUAGCGGGACAUUAGGACCCAGUGGAACUCAUGGGCCCAGGUCCGUGUACUAUUCCCCGUGGUCUGGCCAGGAUGCAAGGAUGUGCACAAAAAAGGUCAUUCUGGCCAGCGCAGAUGACGCAGAUGGACCGGCUGAUGAUUACGUUAUAGCGACUGCAGAUGAUGAAUGCGGAAAUGGAAGCUGGAGAAGGCGGGUGCAAGUGCCAAAAAGGCAGGAAAAUUCAAAAUAAAAGAGAAACUCUUGAAGCUUGGAAAUACUGAACCACUUUUGAGAAAGGCUGUUUUAGUUGAAAUGCAAGGUGGACUUUUGUUUUUUAUUGGGAGCUUUGCUUUUAUCAAUUUUGUUUCCAAUUCAAUGUUUUUUUAAUAAUAAAAAAAAAACAAUUCAUGUACAGUACAAUUCAUGACAAAGAUGUAAGUAAUACCUUUCCCAACACGGAAACUGCUUUAAAAAUCUACCUUACUUUAAUGAUCACUAACAGUUCAGGUGAACGAUCUUUUUAAAAAAAAAAUUGAUUAAAAAAACCUACAACGCACAACCAUGAGCCAAAGCCAUCUCACCAAACUAUCUAUAAUUUCUGCUGAAUCCGAUAUACUCAGACCUUUGCUGCUCAGAAAGCACAUAGACUCAUUGUUUAAGUUAAAAUUAUUAAAAUAUUUCUUUACUUUUUUUAUGUAAAAGUUCUCUGCACUUUACGUUAAUCGUUGUCAAACUACGUAUUCUUUUAUAAUAGUCUGCUACUGCAGCAGUUGGUACCUAACAGGAAUUAUAAUAAUAAGGUUGACCAUGUAACAUUGGUACUUGAUUGCCUAUUUUCCAUAUUGGAAUGGGGAAAGUGCACUUGAAUUCUACAAAUUGUAAGGUUUAAUAUUGUUUCUUUAAUUGCAUUGUUUAGUUGCAUUGUUAAUUGUUGUAUUUUAUUUAUUAAUUAUUUUUGUGAUAUUACUAGCCAACAUGGUUAUUUGUUUUAAAAUGUAAACAUAAUAAUGCUGAUUUGCACUAUUACAGAAAGUUAUUGUUAUUAAGAUAUUAGCAUGCUUGUUCUUCCAACAACAUAUAACUUUUAAUAAAAAUAUACUAUAAGACCGACCUUAAAAGAAGCUACAGGUGGCAAGUAGGUCAUACUAAGGACUUAUUUGUGAACCAGUUCUUUAUGUUUAAAGAUGACCCUGAUUUUAUUGAUGACAUUUUGAAUGCACAGAGAUACCGUGACGAGAUCCUGAGGCCCAUUGAUGUGCCAUUCAUCCACGACCAUCACCUCAUGUUGCAGCAUGAUAAUGCACAGCUCUAUGUUGCAAGGAUCUGUACACAAUUCCUGGAAGCAGAAAACAUCCCAGUUCUUGCAUGGCCAGCAUCCUCACUGGACAUGUCCCCCAUUGAGCAUGUUUGGGAUGCUCUGGAUCGGCGUAUACGACAGCGUGUUCCAGGUCCUGCCAAUAUCCAGCAACUUCACAAAGCCAUUGAAGAGGAGUGGACCAACAUUCCACAGGCCACAAUCAACAACCUGAUCAACUCUAUGCGAAGGAGAUGUGUUGCACUGCAUGAGGCAAAUGGUGGUCACACUAGAUACUGACUGGUUUUCGGACCCCCCCCCUCCACCCCCGGAACCUCCAAUACAGUAAAACUGCACAUUUUAGAAUGGCCUUUUAUUGUGGCCAGCCUAAGGCACACCAGUGCAAUAACCAUGCUGUCUAAUCAGCAUCUUGAUAUGCCACACCUGUGAGGUGGAUGGAUUAUCUCAGCAAAAGAGAAGUGCUCACUAACACAGAUUUAGAAAGAUUUGUGAACAAUAUUUGAGAGAAAUAGGUCUUUUGUGUAAAUAGAAAAAGUAUUUGAGUUUAGCUCAUGAAAAAUGGGGGCAAAAAAAAGUGUUGCAUUUAUAAUUUUGUUCAGUGUAUAUCUCAAAGGAAGAAAUUGCUAAUGCCAUCAAAAUGUUUAAAUUUAGUAAAGCCCCCCAGGCCAGAUAGGUACACUAAUGCCUAUUUCAAAAUAUUCACUGACAUUUAGUUCCACGUCUGACAACUCUAUGCCAAGCUCUAAUUGUUGAAUGCAGGAUGAUGGAUCAAAAGCAGAUAGCUAUAAUUUCACUUAUUUCUAACUCAGACAAGCUAACGGAUAACCCAGCUCUGUCGUGUGUUUUUUCUUUCUUUCAGUUUUUGUUUUCUUAUUUCAUUAUGUUCUUAAUGAUUAUGCUCCUCUUUUUGACACCUCCCUUUAUAUAUAUAUAUUUAUUAUUCUCUUUUCUUCCAUAUGCUUCCUAGUCUUAUCUUACCUUGGCGCCCCCCAUUUUGUUAUCCUCUGUCCAUGAUGGCUGCAAUUUGCCCUUCUGUGUGAUUCUUUUUAACUGAUGUGUUGUGAGUAAAUCAGUUUAACUACUAAAAUGGAACUUUGCUUCUGCCAAUUGCAAAAAUUUACCAAAAAUCACACUCCCCAUGAGAAAAUGUAGUCCCUACUUGUUCUUAUGUACAACUUAAAAAACUGAUGUGAGUUAAAAAAUAAAUAAAAACAAGGAGACCUAGCGGGACAAAAGAUGAUUAAUUUAAAAGCAAAACUUGUAAAGGGACAGAGCUUGUUUAAUUAUUGACUAACCUCACUUCACUAAUUAUGUUUUACUAAUUUUCUAGUCAAAAACUGAAUUUUCUCCUCUUAUAUAUUUUUGACUAUGACCUGGGCAGCAUGUUUCCCCUGUAAUACAGGAGAGAUUGUUUGGACCUCCUUUGAGUAGCUCAAGCCCAAUUAAUUAAUUCACCUGUACUCUCAAUUAAUGCCAAAAAGGCUUUACAUUGAUUCACCUGGAUUUUUAUCUACCUUAGUUAGGACAUUUGAUUUUUACAGCUACCUUUCUGAAUACUCCGUCUGUUAUUUACCAUAAACCCAUGGCUGAAAUAUAUAUUCCAUGAACAAGCCUACACAGUAUUGACAUAUUUAUUGGCACACACCGGGGUUGCCCACUUUCACCACUCCUAUUUGCCCAAGAAUUUAAGACUUUAAAGAAGUGGUAUCUCUCCCCUUCCCAUUCAUAUCACAUGAAACAGAUAACUUGAAUUUGUGUUGGAGUAUAUAAAGCCAUAUAGCCAAUAUCUUUCAUCAGUUGUGGCCUGUCCAAUGAUAAUUCCCCUUUGGAAACUUUGCAUCACUUAGAAGACAGAUUUGUUAAGAUCACUGGAGGUUUCUUCUUUCAAAGCCUAUUGGAGAUAAGCUGAGAAUAAAUUUGCCUUUGUAAAGAGGUGUGCUGUAGCAAUGCACUGAAAACCACCCUUACUCCCAACUCUGGUAGAAGAAAUAACUAAUUGCAGAAGGCAUGAACAUGAAAAAGAUGCAAACUGUUUCCUGGAUUGCAUGACCAAAUAUUUCCAAGAAAACUGAAGACAAAAAUCUAAUGAAUGGAUUGUUUUCAUUAAUUUUAUAAACCAAAUCUUUGUCUUUCUUUUCCUUGAACCUCUCUAUUCACUCUUCUCUUUUUUUUGUUCCAAUGAUAUAGUGUUUAUAAUAUUUUGUGAUGUGGUUAUCUAUAUAAGCGUGCUGUGAGAUGUUGUAGUGCCAUGCUUUUUCAAUUUGAUUAGAUGAAAUGUUGUAAUUUCUAAAUUGUAAAUUAAUAUAUAUAUAUAUUUUUAAAAUACAUAAAAAUACAAAUUCUUUGUCAGUUCUACAGAAUAUCAAUUAGUGGGAAAAAAAAAACCUGUGUUUCUUUGUAUGUCUGUAUACUGAACUUUAGGGGGUACCAGGCCUGAAGAAUACCAGGGGGAGACUAUCCCUGAACAACAACAUUGUGUUUCAACCAAUUAAUAUUUCCAUCCAUACAUUACACCAGCUAAACAACUAACAAUUAUACAGGUUAAUAUUUUAAAACAACUUGUUAUCCUUUGCUGGAUUUCCAGCUAUAGCCACAAGGUGGGCAUAUGGAAGCUUCUCAUAAACAUGAGUUCCACUAAGCCACCAUCACAGAAAAUUAUUCAAAUGAUACCGCAACCCCAUCAGCACUAGCAGCACCAUUGAUGUGCUGGUUGUGGUAUCCCUGUAAGGACCAUGGACCAGAAAUAUCAACCAGGGACAUAAAAGUCACCCAGAUUAUUUCAUUGCAAUGAAUUGGUCUGGGUGCAGUUGCCCUGUCCUUUUCACACUACAAUGUAUAACAAUGCAAUUUUUUGGGAAAUUCAAAGUUUACAUUGUAGAGUUAAGUCCACCUCUAGUGUUUGUCUUCCCGACAGCAACAAGAGGCACUUCCACUGUACUGACUAAGUAAAAUGUGGUCAUGUGAUGCAGAAGCUCAUAGAAAGGCAUUGAAUACAAUGCUUUUAUAUGGGGAAGCUUGGAUACGUGCGUGGCACUUGCCAAGCAUGCUUAUCAGCCACCUGAUGGUUCUCUAUGAGAAGCUUUGAAUUGGACCAUCAAAAUAGAAGGCCACGCCUCUUUGAUUAUAUCCCAGGAUGCGAAGAGUUAAGCAGUGCUAAAGGAGCCUCGGCAGUGGAAAAGGUAAGUAAAACUUUUAUAUUAUUAACAUUUUGUCAAACGGGGGACACUACUAAUGAUAGGAACAGUGAAAAUAUUUUGUAUUCCUAACAUUACGGUGUUCCUUUACGUGAAAUUGAAUUGAUAUUUUGUUAUAUUUACCAAUGUAUUUACAAAUAGUUUGUUUAUCAUUAUGCUAUAUUUGAUUUUUCUAAAAUGCACACAGUUUAACAUACAUGUUGCCAAAAUUCUACCACAUAAUACAUCUCCAGAUUAGGAGUACUACUGUCCUCGUGUGGUAUGGAUGAAUUCUGAAUCAUAAGGAUUUUUAUAUUGCUCUACUACAUUAUGCUAUACAGUAUUCAAAUACGUUACUGCCAAUGCUAUUUAACACAUGUUUUUAAUUUUAAAUAAAUGUUUAAGUAAACUGUUAGUUUAAUUGCAAUAUUCAUAAUGUAUAAAAUGAAUGUACAUAAUUAAAUUUACAAUUUACUGGGACUUAAUUUAGCAUUUUAAUUAGCUACUAUUUUAAUGAGUUCCAAAAAUAUUUCAUUUAAAAUAGUUUGAAUUAAAGUUGGGCAGUAAACAGUAAACUUUGCUUAUAAAACAAGUCAGGCAUAUUUGAGGGUGAACGUACAGCCAACUCAUACCUGUUGCAAAUAAUACUGUAAAUGCUUGCAUUAAAGCAGUUUUGUAAAAUUGUAAUUGCAACUUAAUACAUAAAUGUAAAACACAUUAUACUCUUAGAGAUAUGCAUUUCUUAACCACAGUCUUGCAUGAAGAUGUAAUGGUUAAAGGGAUAUUAUAAGCAAUGUAAGCACCAAAACAACUUUAGCAUAAAGAAGAAAUGACGGUGUAUAUCUUGUGCCCCUACAGUCUCACUGCUCAAUUAUUUUGGUACUUAGGAGUUAAAUUACAUUUGUUUCUGCAGUUUAAGAAGUCCUGGUCACACUCCCCAUGGUUGUAGACUGACAUGACCUCCAUGAUAAAAAAAAAAAAAAAAAGGUUUACUUUUAAAUCAACACAGGGUAUGGUUACUUUAGACAUUCCUAUCUCCUGCUCUCUUAUUUGAACAUUAAUCACACAAGAGGCUAUUAAAGACUGAAAGAUUAGGCCUCUUCUUCAAGGGGUGUGUAGGAAGUCUGUGUGAGUCUCAGCCUCAGAAUGUGUGGCUAGGGCUCUUGAAAAAAAAACCAAGAUUAAACUUCUAAAUGGCAGAGAAUUGAGCAGUGAUAGUGCAUGGGUGUGAUCUACAUACCAAAACUACUUAAUGAAGCUAAAAUGGUUUGGGUGCUUAGAGUGUCCCUUUAAUGUCAGGAUUAAAAAAAUAUAAACAUCUCAAUUAUGAAAUUCAGAAGGUUUUGUCACAAAACAAAUGAAUGCUGGUUGUGGACAUUUAUUGGCCACUAAAAAUUAUACCAAUAGAAAGCUAUGCAAAGACAUAUGUAAAUCCUAUUCCAGUAACUCUCUUGAGGUCCAGUUAACGUUAAUUCAUUAAGCAUUUCAAAGUUAUUCCUGUGCUAUAAUGCACUAAUAAGACACACAAAUCCCAAACAAACGCAAAUGAAAAGCAAAUGAACAGGUUGGAGUAUUCAUAUUUUCUCUCACUUCUGGGAAUUUGGUUGGGGAGGGUGACCUUAUGCUUAUGCCAGUGGUAGAACGCCUUCAGCACUCUACAUGUUGGGGACUACAUAUCCCAUAAUUCUCUUACAACCAUACCAUUGGAGAUGUAGUUCACAAUAUAUGGAGUGCCAAUGGUUGCCUAAACCUAAAUUACAGGUGAUACUCGAAAAAUUAGAAUAUCGUGCAAAAGUUCAUUUAUUUCAGUAAUGCAACGUAAAGGGAAAAACUAAUAUAUGAGAUAGACGCAUUACAUGCAAAGCAGUAUAGUUCAAGCCGUGAUUUGUCAUAAGUGCGAUGAUAAUGGCUUACAGCUCAUGAAAACCCCAAAUCCACAAUCUCAGUAAAUUAGAAUAUUGUGAAAAUGUGCGAUAUUCUAGGCUCACAGUGUCCCACUCUAAUCAGCUAAAUAAGCCAUAACACCUGCAGAGGGUUUCUAAACCUUUAAAUGGUCUCUCAGUCUGGUUCAGUAGGAAUCACAAUCAUGGGGAAGACUGCUGACCUGACAGUUUUGCAGAAAACCAUCAUUGACACCCUCCAUAAGGAGGGAAAGCCUCAAAAGGUAAUUGCGAAGGAAGUUGGAUGUUCCCAAAGUGCUGUAUCAAAGCACAUUAAUAGAAGGUUAUGUGGAAGGGAAAAGUGUGGAAGAAAAAGGUGCACAAGCAGCAGGGAUGACCGCAGCCUAGAAAGGAUUGUCAGGAAAAGGCCAUUCAAAAGUGUUGGGGACUUUCAAAAGGUUGGACUGAGGCUGGAGUCAGUGCAUCAAAAGCCACCACACACCGACGGAUCCUGGACAUGGGCUUCCGAUGUCAUAUUCCUCUUGUCAAGCCACUCCUGAACAACAAACAACGUCAGAAGCGUCUUACCUGGGCUACAGAAAAGAACACCUGGUCUGUUGCUCAGUGGUCCAAAGUCCUCUUUUCUGAUGAGAGCAACUUUUGCAUCUCAUUUGGAAAACAAGGACCCAGAGUCUGGAGGAAGAAUGGAGAGGCACACACUGCAAGAUGCUUGAAGUCCAGUGUGAAGUUUCCACAGUCUGUGUUGAUUUGGGGAGCCAUGUCAUCUGCUGGUGUUGGUCCACUGUGCUUCAUUAAGUCCAGGGUCAACACAGCCAUCUACCAAGAGAUUUUGGGGCACUUCAUGCUUCCUUCCACAGAUGAGCUUUAUGGGGAUGCUGACUUCAUUUUCCAGCAGUACUUGGCACCUGCCCACACUGCCAAAACACCAAAGCCUGGUUCAAUGACUGUGGGAUUACUGUGUUUAAUUGGCCAGCAAACUCGCCUGACCUGAACUCCAUAGAGAAUCUAUGAGGCAUUGCCAAGAGGAAGAUGAGAGACAUGACACUUGAACAAUGCAUAAGAGCUGAAGGCUGCUAUUGAAGCAUCCUGGUCUUCCAUAACACCUCAGCAGUGCCACAGGCUGAUAACUUCCAUGCCAUGCCGCAUUGAGGCAGUAAUUGCUGCAAAAGGGGUCCAAACCAAGUACUGAGUCCAUAUGCAUGCUUAUACUUUUCAGAGGUUCGAUAUUGUUCUAUGUACACUCCUUGUUUCAUUGAUUGCAUGUAAUAUUCUAAUUUACUGAGAUUGUGGAUUUGAGGUUUUCAUGAGCUGUAAGCCAUAAUCAUCGCACUUAUGACAAAUCACGGCUUGAACUAUCUUGCUUUGCAUGUAAUGCAUCUACCUCAUAUAUUAGUUUCCCAUUUUACAUUGCAUUACUGAAAUAAAUGAACUUUUGCACGAUAUUCAAAUUUUUCGAGUAACACCAGUAUAUAUAUUUGAUGAUGUUUGAAAAACUGGUAAAUAUGGGGGGCGCAGAGGGGGCACUUUUGAAAGUUGGAUUUAAGCUUUUAUGUUGUUUUAUAUUUUGGGCCCACUAACUCUGGGAGAAAAUGAGAACUCAAAUGAUAUGGUCGAAAGUUGUUUAUUGUAAAUAUUUAAUUAUUUUUACAUGUUUUUAAAUGUGGUGGUAGAUUUUUCCUUCUUCUUAAUAACAGGCAAGGUUGUAGACAAAUAUAUAUGAUUGGUGAGGGCUUAGUUAUUUAUUUAUUGAUUUGGUAAGUCAUACUGUUUGGUAUUUAGGAACUCUGGUUAAAAAGGUUUAAUGGAUAGAGAACAGCACUGGUCUUAGAAAGUCGAAGGAAGCAAUUGUAAGAACCCCAGAAGACAGCUCAUCAUAUUCUUAAAAAAAACACCAUUGGCUAAGCACAUAUAAGGCCCCUAAAGUGUGCGUUCAAACCAAAAAAUAAGGAAAUGCUAUGAGAGAAAAAAAUCCACGAUCAUAUUCUUGUAAUAGCAGCAUCACAACCAUCAGAAUCAUAUAAGGAAUUAUCUCAUCAAAAAAAGAGUUUAGACCCCAUAGGUGACAUUGAGUACUACGUUAUAUUAGUAGACCCUAGAAGCAGAGGCUGCUCUCUAAUUAGGAGAUUUAGGCAGCUGUCUAAGGCCUUGCACUGUCUGGUGCAGACUGAACUGUUGUGUUCUCAGUCUAUGACCAAGGGCCUGACGAUUGAGGGGGUCUGGCGGCUUGCCUUGUGUGUCGCCAGGUGCGAGGUCCCUCCUUUUGGUCUGCCCUGUCAUCCCACUCUUACUCUGUCACCCCCCUCUCACCCACACACUAUGUAACCCCCCUCAUACCUCCCGCUCACCCUGUCAUCCCCUCUCACCCUGUCACCCCUUUCUCACACUAUGUAACUCCUCUCACACUAUCUAACCCCCUUUAACCUCCCUCUCACACUGUCACCCCCCUCACACUAUGUAACCCCUCUCACACUAUCUAACCCCCUAUAACCUCCCUCUCACACUGUCACCCCCUCUCACUAUAUGCCAACUCCUCACACUCCAUCACUCCCUACACUACUUCACCUCCGCUGUCAUUCUGUCAACCCCCUCUUACUCUGUCACCCUCUCACACUAGGUAAUCCUCCUUCUCACACUGUCAUGGGUGGUGGUCUGAAGACCGGGACCCCUGUAUGCCUGAUGAAGUUGAUAGGAGUCUCAACGUUAAAAUGGACAAUCAGGGUCUGGUAAAGGGUAACCACGUGCCCCGUGGUGUUAAGCACCAGGGUUUGUGAGGCCACAUACCAGAGCCCUGAUGCAGCUUAGCGGAUGCCAGGAGCUGAGAAUAAGCAGAUAUGUAUCCAGUACAGAAAAUAAGGCAAGACUAGAAUAGGCUGUUAGAAAACCAGCGUUUCCUAAACUUUGUUUGGACAAUAUUUCGGUUAUUUCUCCAUUUUUGUUUAUUUGUUCAGUAGUUUCCAAACUUCCGAACCACCGACCACCCCUCUGGCUCAUUAUUACAAAAGGAAAUCAUCAAUUAAGUGUUCUCUCUGUGUGGUUGCCAUACGUAUAGCCAAACGCCACGUGGAAGAGAAAAUGGCGGCAAUCUUGUUUGUAGGAAAGGAGGCAGCGAGACUUGGUCGUCAAGUGUCUAGAACUAAAAUCGGACACUCGAAUUCCAGAACACCAGUCAAACUAACGAACGCCUGCUUCCUUUUACCGAACAGCUAGGAGAGCGCUGUUUGGUAGCUUGGUUCCCACGAACCAGGGGAAUAAUCGCUACUAUGAGCUAGAGGGUUCCAUUCGUCCAUUUGUUCGGUUUUGUGACUUGACAAAAUAGACCGACCGCACAACCUAAACACAUGGAACUGUUUCUGGGCAGGAGCCUCGUGUGUAGUCGGUCAAAUGGGACUUCCAUGAAAUUCAAAAAACCCUGAACUGAUCUGGGUGAUUUUUGGAUAUGUUGGUCACCCAGACCAGUUCUAUCAUGGGAUGUGACAUUUAUGGGGGUCCUGUAUGUUUUGGGGUGUUUUCUAAGUUUUGGAGAAAUUAUGUUCCCUCUGCCUGGAGAUAAUUGAGUUAUUACUUUAUCUGACCCAAUUAUCUCCAGGCAGAGAGGAGGGAAUUAACUGUUUGUACUGGGAGCGUCACUGUUUGUCUCUGUACUGCCAUUGGCUGUAAUAAGUUAUGUCCCUGUUUUCCAUCAGGUCCAGAGGGUGUUCCUCUGGCCUGGAGAAUUGUAUAAAAGCCAGUGUGGCACAACAAAAAUUCAUUCCUGUUACACCCUUCAUCGAGUUUCGGCUGAUGUUUGGGUACCUGUUCAUUACUUUGGGAGAUUCUGCUGAGAAAGCUGUACCUACUCUGGAGAAAGAAACGAAUGGAAACCCGAAUAGCUAUAAUCAGUCGUGCUCUUAGCAGUUCGGGUAAAAACAGACGAACCCCUAGCUACCACACAAGGGUUCAUUACUUAGGCAUCAAACAAGAUAAGACAAGACUGGAAGAACCCAGAACCCAAGCAGGACAGAAAGCAGAACCAGUACACAAUACAUGAGGGAAACAUAAACAGGACAUGGACCAGGCAGGACAGGCAUAGAAUAGAAAACCAGAAAAACUAAACAAGGAUUGUAAAAGAAGUACUGGAUACCAGAAGCCAAGGCCAAAUAUAUCCGCAGAAUGGAACAGGACGUGACAUACACUAUGUCACCCCCCUCUCACUCUGUCAUCCACCUACACAAUGUUACCCUCCCUCUCACACUAUGUAAUCCCCUCUCACACUUGGUCACCCCCUUUCACUCUGUCACCCCCUGUAACGAACCCUGAAGUGGUAGCUAUGUGUUCAUCUGAUUUGAGCUGAACGGCUGAGAGCUUGGGUGAUUAUAGCUCGCUGUUCGGUUCUUCUAGUCGGUAGUUAAAGUCCAUAGAAACAAAAUCCUCUAGUACAGCUUUCCCCAAGUAGUAAUCAGGUACCCAAACACCAGCCGAAACAUGAUGAAGGGUGUAACAAGACUGAUGUUUAUUGAGACCACACCGGCUUUUAUGGAGGUCCCCUUGCAUGAGGACCUCCCACAGUACACAAACUAAAUAGCCAAUCAUAAGGUACAGUUACACUUAAACACUCCCUGUCUCCGCCUGUGAGAUAAUGAGAUAAGUUAGGGAAUAACCCAAUUAUCUCCAGGUGAAGUGCACACAUUUUCCCCAAAACUCAGAACAGCCAUUUAUGCUUAAGGUAUCCCCACAAAUGUCACAUCCCCUGAUAACCCCGAUCUGGGGGAACAACAUAUUCAAAUUUCACCCAGAUCGGUUCAGGGGUUUUUAAAAAGUGUGGAAGUCUUAAGUUACCGACCGCACACGAAGCUCUUACCCAAAAUAGUUCCACGAAUUCAGCGUGUGCGGUCGGUCAGUUCUGAAAAUGUUAAAUAACUCCAUAAUCCACAAACUGAGCAUCCUGGCUCAUAGGAGCGAUUGUUCCCCUCAUACGAAUACAUCAAAGUACCGAAAAGCUGUUCGGAAAAUACAGUUCCAUCUUAUGUUUGAGAUUCGUUCGUAUUUUAGUUCCAGACACUCGAUGACCAAGUCCCGCUGCCUUUGUCCCGAACAAACAAGAUGGCCGCCGUUUUCUCCGCCACGUGGCGACCACCCUGAGAGAGUGCUUAAUUGAUGGCCUCCUUUGAAGUCAAUGAGCCAGGAGGGUGGUCUGUGUUCGGUAGUUUCAAUCUACCGAACAAAUGUGGCAUAAACUAGCCGAAUAAACUAAACAGAUGAAUGCUCAGAGAAAACCCCGAACUCCCGGUGGGUUUUCUCACACCCCCCUCUCACUCUGUCACCCCCGCACACACUAAUGUCAUCCCCCUUUCACACUGUCACAGCCCUCUCAUUAUGUCACCCCUCUCACGCUAUGUCACCCUCCCUCACACACUAUGUCACUCACCCUCUCACACUAUGUCACCCUCCCUCUUACACUUAUGUCACCCACUCUCAUACACUGAUGUUACCCACCCUCACACUCUGAUGUCACCCACCACUCACACACUAUGUCACCCCCUCCAAACACACUGUCACCUCUCACCCCACACAUUGUCACCUAUCUCCGCACACACUGUCUCCACUCUUUGCACACACUGUGACCACUUUCUGCACACACGGGCACCACUCUUGCACUCUGGCACCCCCCUCCAUACACACUGACACCCCUCCACACUCUGGCACCCUUCUCCAUACACUCUGGCACCCUCCUCCACACUCUGGCACCCCCCUCUAUACACAUUGUCAUCCCCUCCACAUUCUGGCACCCCCAUCCAUACACUCUGUUACCCCUAACACAAAUGGACACCCCCCAAACACUGCCACCACCCACACACACUGUCACCCUCCCACACUUAUAUUAACUUCUCCUAAUUCAGUCACACUCACCCCUCCAAUCAUGCAGCACUUACCCUAUAACAUGAAUCCCCCUAAUCCUGUCACACUCACCUUUUCUCACAUUCACCUCCCAGCCCUAUCACACUCACCCUGUCACCGUCACCAUGUCAAAUAAACCCCUCCAAUCCUGUCACGCCCACCUCCCCUCAUCAUGACACACUCCCUCCUUCAACCUUGCCACACUCAUCCCCACCUCUGUCACCCCCCCAACCUUUCCACACUUACCCUGUCACAUUAACACCUCAAAAUCUGUCACAGUACCCCAACCCUUCCACACUCAACCUGUCACAAUAACACCUCUAAUCCUGUCGCACUUGCCCUCUCAAUUAACCUCUCUUAAUCCUGUCACAUUCAUCUCCCUUUACCCUGUCACACUCACUCCUCCAACCAUGCCACAUUCAUCCCAACCCUGUGGUACUCAUGCUACAUUCACCCUAUCACAUUAACCCCUUAAUCCUGUCAUACAUACCUCCUCUCACCCUGUAACACUCUCUCUUGAAACCAUAUCACACUCACCCUCCCUCAUUCUGUCACACCCACGCCCCAACCCUGUCUUAUUCACCCCCUUUCUCUUUUACACUCAUCCUGCCAAAGUUACCCCUUUAUUCACCCUGUCACCCCCUGAAGGCAAUCAUUAUACACACUGUCAUGAAACAUAGCUUUGCCAAAGGCCACAGGCAGUAGACAAACAUACACAUGCUCAGAGAAACAUUCAUACAGAUACAAGGAUACUCACUGUCAGACAUGCACUCUCAGGCACACAAACAGGUAGACAAUGCAGGACACACUCAGAAAUACACACAGCCAGAUAAAUACACAUUUUGACUGAUUUUUUUAAAAGCCCAACCAAAAUAAAAAUUUCUGUUUUUAAUAACCCCUUCACACCAGCACUUAUAUAUACACAACUGCCAGGCUAUGCAACCAUACCUCGUAAUCAUGUAUAAACAAUUAGCAUAAUUGCACAUUUAAAUUUGCUUGUUGCACUUUCUGCCAUAGCUACAGUCAGAGAGCUCACAAUGCAGCGGCACAGUAAACCACAACAAUGUAAGCCUCUGAGCGAUGUAUACAGAGACUAGCUCUCUAUAUCCAAUGCUACAAGCCCCCCCUUCAAUAUAUCUACAGCUUCUUAUACACACUCAAGUCAACUGCUAUUUUUCUCACUAAUGGUGUUAGUGGGGGUCUCAUGUUUGAAUUUCGCCUAAGGCCUUGCCAAGUCUAGAGCUGCCACUGCCUAGAAGAACAUCCCUUUGCUCAAACAGCUAUUCAGUGAAGUCAAUAUAGUUGUGGAAUGCAUUUGUACUGCUCAGAGAAUAGUACUGUAAAAUAUUCUUCAAAGCAGUGAUAAAUUCCUGUAAAUAAGGUGACUUUGGACCAUACAAAAACUAAGGUAAAAAUAAGCCCAAUCACUAAUAGAGCCCAAUCACCAAUAUAGCCCAAUCACUAGUUCAAGAACCCUCUACAACAGAAAACAAAGUGAGUCCCAAUAUCCUGGCUAGGACCCAGAAUAGGAGUGCUAGCAUAGCACAUCUGCCAAGGAGUCCUCUAUUGGGUAUUUCAUCUGAAGAUGACAUUAAAAAUAGUCUUGAAGAUAGUGAGAUCAGAUUUCUGCCUUUUGUUCUACUGUGAAACCAUUAUAAAUGGCGUUAUUAACCCUUUCAUGAUUUAUGACUUGUCAGGACUGCCAAAUAGGAAAAGUCUCUUCUCCUUAAAUAAAGGAUUAAAUUGAAUUUAUACAUCCGUGUCAAUUGUGCAUCUUUUCUGAAUACAUUAUUUGGAUAAUGACCGUGAAUAAACACAGCUCCAUUUAUUCUUUAUUGACCUUUCUCCCCAAGUUGAGGUUCCUACAUUGUUGGAAAUGUAUCAACAUUGUCUCUGUUUUAAAAACAGAUUAUACAAUUCAAACACAAAUACAAGUAACAGUACCAAUAUAAACGCUAUAUGUCUCUCUAGGCAAUGGUUUACAGCUCAUAAAUAUAUACAUGUAUAUAACAAACAUCAAGUAAUAGCAACAUCGUAAAAAUUAUCAGAAAGGUUCUGUUAACAUUCUCCAGUCCAUGGUGAUAGGGAUGGGAUACUAGCUCUCCAGCUCCAUCUAGUGGUGGACAUAACAUUUGCAUUAAUUUGAAGGUCUGCAUAAAUUUGAAGAUCUGAAUCAAUGGCAUUCUAAUCAAUUGUUCAUAAUUUCAAAUAGAUAUACAUACAGAGUUUUAUACUGUUUGCCACUCGGUCACUGACACACAACUACAGUGGAAUUAACUUUCCAGAAAGUAUAAAAUGAUUCACACAUUAAAACCCUCUAAGCCAAUCUGUUUAUGCAUGACUCACUGCUAAUGUUUGAUAUUUUGUAGACCAUAAUCUUGCUUUAAAAUGUUCUUUUGUAACUGUAUCAUGUUUGUAUACACCUUAAAAUCAAACAUUUCUAAGUAUAUUUCUUUCAAAAACAUGUUUGACCCCAUUGUGACAGCAGUCUCCUUUAUGUCCCAUCAUUUAUACACAUUAUGAUUGUCGAUUACUGUGUACAUCUGUUAUAAAAAUGCCAUCCUCCCCAAAUUCCAGGUUUCCCAGAUAACAGAGAGACAACUCAUGAGGAUGACUAGCAAAAUCCCCCCUAAGGAUGUCACAGGCCUCAAACACUUUGGCACCAUGCCAAAGUGGUCAGAUGUAAAUUUCCUAUAUUCCACUAAUCAUUGGUAUUAGUGGUAGUCCCACUACAUGCCAAUUGUGGCAGUUUGACAGUCCAGCUAUAGAACUAAAACGGAUCCUGGGGUUGUGAUUGAUGCAAAAACUAAUACCUAAGGCAACUGAUUCAUUGUGAUUGGCACUCACAGAGAGCACUCAAAGACUAGGUUAGGGUUAUGGUUAGCUAGGGUGAGGGACAGGGAUAGGGUUAAGUAGGGUUAGUGAGGCUUGGCUAAGGUUAGUUAGGGUUUGUUAAAGUGGGUUUGUUAGAGUUAGUUAGGUUUUGUUAGGGUUAACUUGGGUUAUGUUGGGUUAUGUUGUGUUUGUCAGGAUAUGCUGGAACCUGAACACACACAAAGAAUCACUAAAAGAGAAUCCAUAUACCGGACCUUAGAAUGGCCGGGUUAACAAACAAGCAGAAUCAGUAACAAGCCGAGGUCAAAUGGAAUAGAGAAGAUAGGAAUACCAUAUAAUUAAGCCGAGUUCAAAAGGAGCAUAGAAGACAGGAUAAACGUAUGACAAGAGCCAGAAAUAUAGCACCAGAAUAUCACGAAAGGAACGGGCUAUUGGGCUACCAAAAACCACAACAGGGCAACAAGGAAUGGGAGAGGUAAGUAUAAAUAGGCUACACUUAAUUUUGAUUGGUCCAAUUCCAGUUGGAAUUGACUAUACUUGGAAGUUACUUGACCUUCCUAAUCUGACCUCUGACGUCAAUUAUGUGCGCCGAAUUCGGCCUACCGAAUUUCGCGUUCUGUUUGGCGAACUCCAAAUUCAGUAGUUUGGUCGCACAUAAAUUCUGAUAUCAGAUGGAAUGUUGGAGGGGAUCGCGGCACACGGAGCCGUGCCGACAGGUAAGUAGGCAGUAUGCUUGAAAGAGGUUAGGGUGGCUAGUAAUGAGGUUAGGACUGAGGUUGUACAAUUAGGACUAGAUUCCAUAUUAGAGUAAUAAUUAGGGUUACAAUUGCAUUUAAAGGAUCACUAUAGUGUCCCUCCCACCCUCAGGGCCCCCCUACCGUGACAACUAAUAUUGCUGGACAGGAAGGAUGUAAUCAGACUGGCUUGUGGAUAUCCCAACGUGGCAGCGAUACACAAAAAAUAGUAUGUGUUUCAGGACUUAAAUAGUUUUGAAAAGAAAGACUGCUGGGAUAAGAUCAUUGCCCCAUAACUACUCCAGUAAGAUGAAGUGGUUAUGGUGCUUAGAGGGAGAUGAUAUUUACGGGUAGAAUUUUUAAAUAGCGGGGUAAUAACUUCUUGAUCCAAGGAAAGAUCUGACUGCCAUUCUGGGGUCAAGUAGGAAUUUUUCCUAGUUUGUUAAAAAAUUGAAAGAGCUUCAAACUGUUUUUUGCCUUCUUUUGGAUCAAUAGCAAAAACAAAGAAAGGCUGAACUUGAUAGACGCAGGUCUCUUUUCGGUUAUCUAACUAUGACACUAUGCAAAAUGAUGUAACAUUAUGUUACAGAAGAAAAAAACAGCAAAAGUGACAAAACAGCCUCAGUAAUAAAAGAACAGAUAUCAAACUGCAACUCUCCUCGGAUGCAAAAUUGCAAAACACUCAUAGUUCUAAUUUUGUUCACAAUUAUUACAUAGUGCCAAAAAUACAAUCAUUGUGAAAAUAAAUUUGUAAAUUUACUAAAUUAUUACAUCCUGGAGUAAUGUGAGAAAAAAGUUGGGCUAAUUCAGUGCCUCAUACCAGUUGCCAUUCAGUGGCCCUAAAUGAGUGCUGUGCCAUAUUGAUCCAAGCUGUCUCUGUAUGCCCUCAACAUAACCACUAGAUGGAGCAAAUCUGCUCAGGAAUUACUGUAGAACUAAGUACUGUACUGAACAACUUUCUGAAUUAUAGUCAGUUGUAGCUAAAUUGGCAGUGUGGCUCCUUCUACAGUCAGCUUUCUAGUGGUUAAAAUAAAUGCAACUAAAUUAUGGUUCCUUGGACCUGUGAAUCAUGGGGGCCCAGGCAGAAUGGUCAUCUAUUCCUCUUUAUCAUUAGCUGAUUUAAUGCAAAGUAAAUCACUUUACUCCUCUGUAUAUUAUUAUUAUUAUUAUUAUUAUUAUUAUUAAUAUUAUUAUUCAUUCAUUAUAGACUUUAAUAAGGCAAGCUGGAAAUGCGUAAAACCACUGAGAAGGGGAUUGCAGAAGUUAUGAGAUGAUAGCAGCAUGGACUAGAACCUUCACCAUAUCCGGUGUUAGAUAUUGGUGGAUUUGAGCAAUGUUUUUGUGAUGGAAGCGGCAGGAUUUGGCAAGUGGUUGGACGUGACUUAGAGACAGACAAACACUGGAGUAGCGACACUUGAAGGGGGUAAGAAAAUAAGUUCUGUUUUCAGGUUAAAUUUUAAAAAGUGAGCAUCCAACCAGUUAGUUUACCAAGGCUUUUAGUACAGAUCAAGAAUACUAGGGGACUAAGGACAGGACCUUGGGAAACACUGGCAGGGAGGGGUUGCAGAGAAGUGGAAGAGCCAGAAAAAGGAGGUAAUGGGUCAGCUUAGUGUGCCAAGGUAAUAACCAGGGUAGUUUACAAUGUUCACAUGUAGGAACUGCCAUGAUAUCUAGUUCAGAGGAGAGUUCAGAGGAGAGUGUGUAGUUGUAGAGGGAGGUUGCAGAGCUUGGGCAGGUGAGGUUUGAGAUGGUAAAAAGAGAGUUUGGAGGUUGGUGGGAAAAUGCUGUAUUCAAGACAGUGGAGGUUUCUACAAGAUUGAUGUUCUAAGUGUGGUAUAAUAAUUUGCAUAUUCUCUUUUGCUAAGUAUACUAAUUAUUUAAAAGCUCUUACAUUUAUAUUAAUUGUAUUUGCGAAAUUUUCCUUGAGUUUAUAUUUGCUACAAGUAGCAAGUUUCCAAAUGGAGAGAGUCUUUUUAACAGUCUUAAUGGUUGGUAUUAAUUUAUAUUGUAUAAUGGCAAUUUUAUUAAAGACACGGAGGCUCAUAUUAUGCAUAACUCUUUCUUUAUUUCCUCAGCAGCAAAGAUAGAGGAAUAUAAAUAUUGUCAAAAAUGAAAGAAAAAACUGUAUAGAUACACAGGCAACCAAUCACAUAACAGAGGAAGUGACUAUAAAAGGCCUGUGUCUCCCACAAUCCCCCUCUUUCUUUGCUGCUUCCUCAGACAGCUAAGUACUUUACUUGGUCCACUGUAUUUAUAUGCCUAUUUGCAUGUGAUGCUGUACUGUUAUGGUACUUUUUUCUGAUGUUUGUUUGGGUUUACUGUUUGUUUACUACCCUUGUUUAUUAGGCGUUUUUAUCUCUUUGCCUUCUUUCUGUAGCUGCUUCUGCAGCUCCUGUUCUAUCCCCUGCGCUGGUGCCCCCCGCCCACCCCUCCCUCUCUCCGCCCGCCGCGACCGCUUUCGGCCAGGUGGCGCCUUCUGUCCCAGGUCGGCUGUCAGCCGCGGCUCUCCCUAGUACUGCCGCGGCUGCCAGCGUGUUUCUCCGGCUCGCUCGCUGCUGCCCGCGCGGGGAGGGGUGCGCGCCCCUUCCCCCGCCGGGUUUCAGACCACGAGCGUUCCCUACACGUGCGGCGGCCAUCUUGGGGGCGGGACUUAUUCCCGGUCGCUCCACUCUGCUGCCGUGCGCUCUGCCUUGCUCCUGGGUCCCUGGGGUGCACCAGUGCUCAGGUUUUUUCCUUCUUACCUUCCUCUGCAGGGUUAAUCAACCCUUUAAUCUCUGUUUACUGUCUGUUUAGUUUUAUAAGCUAUUUCUGUUGGGUUUUUACCUGAUAUAUUAUUUUCAAUAUGCAGGAGAGAGAGGAUGGGCCUGAGGGCCUCCCCACUGAUUUUAACCCAGAUAAUCCUGUGGGGGCUACUGCUUCCCAGGAAUUCCAAGCCCUGCUGGAUGCCACUAUGGCCUCUUCCCUGCAGAAAGCUUUUGCCUCAGCCAUGGGGGCUGUAUUAUCCUCAUUUUCUCAAUCACUACAUUCUCUCCUGCUGCCUUCCAUGGCGACUCCCGCCCUCCUGGGCAUGGGACUGCCCUCUCCUACCCCGACUGUGCCGGGAGCCCGUAAGGCUAAGGAGAAGUCUAAACACGUCGACUCCCACUCCUCGAUGCAGGUUCUACCUGCCAUGAUUGACACGCUUGAGGCGGUCACAGACAGCGCGCCUCCCACGCGCAAAAGAGCCCCUGGCCGGGCUAAAAAGGCUAGGUUGUGGAAACGGGCUAAAGCCCUGGAUGAUGGGUCGGAUUCCGACCGGAGUGUGGAGGAUGACUCAGACGUUCUGGAGUAUGACUCCUUUGAUGAGGGUGAGUCGGGUGAGGACUUACCGCUUGCGGGUGUUACCCCUUCUGGGGCACCCGCUACUGCCCGUAGUCAAUCAUUAAACCCCACUGGGGAUACCAAGGCACUGGUUGACCCUCAGGGCAACCCAUUAUUUGACCCUGACGAUCUUCGUCACCCUAGGUCCGCGGAGUGGGUUCCCCCGGACCAUAUCGCCCAGUAUGUGGCACGGCGCAUGCACACCCCCCUUUCCAAGGAGGGUCGUAAUAAGUUGCGGGCGGAAUGCCCCAGACCCUCUCUGCCAGGGGCAGCCUGCAAAACCCCUGACAUUGACCCCCAGAUUGCUCAAUUCAUGAACAAGUCGGGCUGGAAGCCCAAGAAGGGAUUGGACUAUUCGCUCAAAGGGUGCCAGGACAAGCUCUUGGACACCCUGGGCCCUCUGUCCAAGUUAUACGAGCUCCUGGACGGCGCUCGGGCAGGUACUUCCAUGCUUGAUGUGGAUGUUGCCAUAGGAUGGGUCCAGAGAGCUAUCUGUCUUUUGGGGAAUGCUAACACUGCCAUGUCCUCUGAGAGGCGUAAGGCGAUUCUCCUCAAGCUCGAUCCGAAAUUGGCUGCCAUGACUGUGGCGGAGCCUGGCCCUUCCGAAGAGGGAAUGCUGUUCGGUGCCUCCUUUGUGAAGGACUUGGGGUUGUAUGUCAAGACCUUUACGGCCAUUGACAAGGCGCAGGCAAAUAUGAAACGCAUGUUCGCGCCCAAGGUUUUUGGAGGGGCCGGGCGUAGCAGGAACCGUCCACCCGGCCGUGGUUUCCGUGGCUCCUCACGUGCCCAAAGAGGUUCCUUCUUUCCAUCCCGGGGAUUCCAGGAUCCGAGGACACCUCCUUUCUUCCCAGCCAGAGGGAGGCCUUGGGGCUCCAGAUACCCCCGCGGUGCCGCUUCGGGAAGACGCCCGUAUGGUAAGUACCCCUUCUUCCCGUAUUACUCGGGUGCGGGUAGCGGGCAGGCUGGCUCUAUUCCACCUAGAGUGGGCAAAUAUUACUUCGGACGCUUGGGUUCUACAGUGUGUAAAGGGCUAUCGCCUGGAGUUUGUUUCUCCCCCUGUCCAAUUUCAUGUCCCCAGGGAAUUGUCUCUCCCGCUAGACCAGGACGAGAUGAUCUCGGCGGAGGUCGAGGAGAUGCUGUCGAAAGGCGCUAUAGAAGAGUUGCCGUUCGCCGCGCAAGGCUUUACAAGCAACCUCUUCCUAGUCCCCAAGAAAGGGGGCGGUGUCCGCCCGGUGAUAAAUCUCCGUCCCCUCAACGCGUUCCUUCAGUACCAGCACUUUCAGAUGGAGGGUAUACACUGCCUCAGGGACCUCCUCCGUCAGUCAGACUGGAUGGCCAAGUUGGAUCUGAAGGACGCGUAUUUCACGGUCCCGAUAGCGAUGGAGUACAGGGAUUACCUGCACUUCACCUGGCAUGGGAGACGCUGGCGCUUUACCUGUCUGCCUUUCGGCCUUUCCUCGGCGCCAUGGUGCUUCACCAAGGUCAUGAAGCCUCCAGUGGAGUUCCUCCGGACCCGCGGGGUGCGUUUAAUCAUUUACCUGGACGACAUCUUAAUCAUGUCCCAGUCCAGAGACCAGCUUCUCAUACAUUUGGGAUGGACGAUCGAUCUUCUACAAGACCUGGAGUUCUUGAUCAACUGGGACAAGUCGAUCCUGGACCCCUCACAGUCGAUGGAGUUCCUAGGUUUCCAGGUGGAUUCCAUCCGCCAAUUCCUAUACUUGCCGGAUUCAAAGAUCAGAGCCAUCCGAAAGGAGCUUCGAAGGGCUCUGCGUGUACAAGAUCUAUCCAUCAGGCAAUUGGCACGCAUUAUCGGUCUCCUUGCGGCCUCCAUUCAGGCAAUAUUCCCGGGCCCACUCCAUUAUCGUGCCCUCCAAAGGCUCAAGGGUUCUCACCUCCGAUCAGGUCAUUCCUACGAAUCCCGUGUACAGCUGGACGUGGAGUCCAGAGACGAACUGGUGUGGUGGUUAGCCCACAUGGAAGCCUGGAACGGGAGGGCCAUCUUCGGUUCCAUCCCGGACGUGGUAAUAGAAUCAGAUGCCAGCUUACACGGCUGGGGGGCUCGUUGUGGCAACGUUUCCACAGGAGGCAGAUGGUCCGAGACGGAGAGAUCCCUGCACAUCAAUUGCCUGGAGCUCCUGGCAGGGGCAUUCGCGAUUCGCAGCCUUACCCCAGGGCGGGCGAACUGCUGCGUUCUUCUCAAGAUGGACAACGUGUCGGCCGUACGUUAUAUCAACCACCUUGGAGGCACCAAGUCCAGGAUGUUGGCCCUGUUAGCGAAAGAUUUUUGGCAAUUUUGCCUUUUCAACAAUGUGUCCGUGACAGCGGAACACAUUCCGGGGCUGGACAAUUCGGACGCGGAUUGGAAUUCCAGACAUUUGAGAGACUCGGGAGACUGGCGUUUGCACGUUUCGGUGUUCCAAGGCCUGGACAGACUAUGGGGGCGGUUCAGGAUGGAUCUGUUCGCGUCCCGUCUGAACGCUCAACUACCGGAAUUUUACAGCUGGAGGCCGGACCCGGCAGCGGUCGCGACGGACGCCUUUCUCCAGGAAUGGCCACCGGGCUGCCUUUAUGCCUUUCCCCCGUUCAACAUGAUCGCCCGCACGAUAUCGAAGAUGACUCGUCACGAGUGCCGCCUGGUUUUGAUCACCCCCCUGUGGAGAUCCAGACCAUGGUUCCCUCGUCUGUUGGAGUUGUCAAUAGACUAUCCCCGGUUGAUCCCGUGCUUCCAGGACCUCCUUCUGGAUCCGGAUGGGAACUCUCACGAUCUGGUGCGUCAACGACAGUUGCCUCUUGUGGCGUGGCUCCUUUCAGGGGAACCUGGGCUGUCCCAAAUGUUCCGCGAUCAACUCUCCUGCUCCUCGAUAACGCCUGGGCCCCCGGUACGAGAUCAGCCUACCGUGCUUCAUGGAAUUCAUGGUCUGAUUGGUGCAUGGGACGGUCUGUGGAUCCCGUAUCUGCCCCUCUCCAUCUGAUCCUAGAGUUUCUCACGACACUGUUCGAGGCGGGCAAGGCAUACCGCACCGUCAACCUUUACCGCUCGUCGAUUUCGGCCGGGCAUAAUGGUUUGGAUGGAUCACCGGUCGGCAGACACCCUUUUGUGUGCCGCCUUCUCAAAGGCAUCCGCCUCGCUCGCCCUCCUAGACCUCGUUUCUCUGCCUUCUGGGACGUCAACGUCAUGCUACGAUUCCUAUCAUCUUGGUAUCCUAACCACGAACUGAGCCUCAAACAGUUAUCCUCCAAACUAGUGAUGCUACUCUGUUUGAUUUCAUGUAAGCGGGUGUCUGAUGUUAGGGCCCUUGACUGGGACGCCAUUGUAUUCACCCCGGAGGGUGUUACUUUCAACAUAUCCAGAAGGACAAAGUCGGCAUCCAAGUCGUUCACGUAUCCUAGGUUCCCAGGCUCUCCAGCAUUGUGUCCGGUUGAAUGUCUGAAGACUUAUCUGGAUGCUACUCGACCUUUUCGUUCCUUGGACUUACAUCCUCUGUUCGUGUCUUUUAGGACACCUCAUAGACCUGUUUCAACUCCGACUCUGGCACGUUGGGUGCGCUGGCUAUUAGCCUCAGCGGGUAUUGACACUUCGGUCUUUACACCUCACUCGGUUCGGGGUGCUAUGGCUUCGAAGGCAUCCACGGUCGGCUGUCGACUAGAGGACAUCAUGCGAGCUGCGGACUGGUCUAGAGAAUCGACCUUCCGUGACUUCUAUUUCAGACCUAUUGAGCAUAUCGCAUCUCAGGUGAUCACACAGCUUUAAACUUGCAUAAUAUGAGCCUCCGUGUCUUUAAUAAAAUUCCCAGAUUUUACUAUUAACAUGACGUAAAGUCAUGAUUUUAUUAAAGACACGGAGGCGAGUAUUAUUCCCUCCCACCCUCCCAUGAGGGUAUGGGGAUGAGAUGCUAUUGGGCUCUUCAGGUACGUUUUUUUUUUUUCAUGUCGGUAUGUUUUCUGAUGACGCUUUGGGUAUGUGACUCACUUAUUGUAUCACGUCAACUAAUUAUUUCUUUUAUGUUUUUCAGAUUUCGGUUUUUCAUGGAACUGCUAAUACUUGCUUUGCUCCCUAUAUUAUCUGUCGUUGAGUAACCAACAGUUUGUUUUGGUAAGUCUACAGUUUGGAGUCUGGGUAUUACCAUAUUUCUCUCUCUCUUUUAGCUUGAAGUUUUCGGUUCAUUGCCUUUUCCUGUUAUGGACAAGUUGGAUUUCGUUUGUCUUAUCUGGUCUUCGGUUUCCGCAAGAAAGAGGGGGAUUGUGGGAGACACAGGCCUUUUAUAGUCACUUCCACUGUUAUGUGAUUGGUUGCCUGUGUAUCUAUACAGUUUUUUCUUUCAUUUUUGACAAUAUUUAUAUUCCUCUAUCUUUGCUGCUGAGGAAAUAAAGAAAGAGUUAUGCAUAAUACUCGCCUCCGUGUCUUUAAUAAAAUCAUGACUUUACGUCAUGUUAAUAGUAAAAUCUGGGAAUUUUUGUUUUCCCUUUCUUGUUUAACUCUUUCUCUGCUAAAUCUAAUUUUGUCCUAUAUUGCACUAUUUCUCCCUUUUCCUUUUCCAAGUUUUUCCCCUGACAAAUUCAUUGCCAACAUUUUAGUCUCUAUUUUAGUUCUAUUUAAAAGAUACUUUUCUCAAUACUCCUUCACAGUCUCUGUUUUUCCCUUUAUUUAAAUGUUAGCAUUAGUUUUUAUCUUUUAUUUCCGUUAUCAUUUUUAUCUUACAUUUAAACGUUUAACUCCGUUAUCUGCUUACUUUCUUCUUACUUCUUUCUUACUCCUUGGCAACAUCCUGUUAAUCUAAACCAGGGGUAGGUAAACUUCACCACUACAGAUGUUGCAGACAACAUCUCCCAUAAUUCUCUUACAACAUGCAUCAUGGGAAAUGAAGUCCACAACAUUUUAAAUACUAAACAGUGGCUGCAGUAGGGCCGGAACACUUAGGUGGCCCAUCGUGUGGCCCAUGCAGUUAAGAACACCCAUGGGCAAAAUUAUUGUAUGGGGCCCAGACAGCACUGUGGCCCUUUAAUAACGUGACUAGGCCCCUAUAAUCUCGGAAGUCUGGGAGGAAGUGACAGACGGUCACUUCCUCCCAGCUAACACUGAGCCGCAAGCAAGGAUUGCCGAGAAAAGGGGGACUAAAGUGAGAAAUUUUCUGACUCCCAACAGCCUGAGCAAACCACCUGGAACCCAGGGAAGCCACCCUACUGCACCCAAAAUAUAGGAAACAGGAGGGUGGCUUAAAAUGUGUAAAUUUUGCCUUUAAAUGUGCCUGUGUGUCUCUAUGUGUGUAUGUCUGUAUGUGUGUUUGUGGCAGGACCACUGCCUUUUCGUGAAUUGCUAGGAAAUGUUCCCAGUGUUUUCCCCUGUAUUAUGUUGUAUUCGUGUGUUUUACCUGCUCCCCGUUCGGGAAAGCUCAAUGCAAACGAGUUCCGUUCACCUCCCGAACGGGAACCACCAAAGAAACCUCAUUUAGAAUGUUGUUAUAGAAUGUUGUUAUAGAAUGUUCACACCUUGUAACUGGGUUGCGGCCCAUUCAUUAGACGAACACCAUCUAGGGGAAGCAUUCGUGGAUUGCUUCCCACCCUGUUCGGUUCCCGAACGGGGACCUCCCCAGUUCCCUUGGAGUGUUCACACCAAUUAAUUAGAACGCUAGCAACUUGCAACAAAAGUGUGAAACCGCAAGGGAAGUAAUUAAUGAGUGCGACAUUGUAUAAGCGGACGGCGGCCAGGGGGAGCAUUCGUGCCUCGAACGGAGAUGCUCCACUUGCGUGGGCUCACCCAGGGACCCCGCAAGUGGAAGCAGUUAAAAUUCAGGGGGAUCCCUAAGAUUGGUGGGGACACUCUCUUAGGGACAAUGGCGGUUUGGCGGGCUUUCCCGCGCUGGGACUCUCAGGUACAGAGCCUCAAUGGAUCGUGGGAAAUGGGAGGUGGGAAAGCCUGAAGAUGGGUGGCAGGAACUGGGGACAAAGGGACUGGAGUUCCUGUCACACGCACAGACCCCUCGGAGGGGGAGGACCCUGGGAGGUGGGCAUAGAGUGGUGGGAACAAGGGACAAAGAGAUUGAGGUUCUGGUUCCGUUAUGUGGCCCCCGGGAGGAGGGAGGACCAUGGGAGGGGACAUUGUCGCUGUGUGUGAUCCACCCCUUGCAUGGGGAAAGUGUGGCCAAAAAGUGGUUGUUGUACCCCUGGAACUGUGUGUCAUCCAGUUACUGGGGAAGAUGGGUCUCUUAAUUCAUUUAUAGCAGGGGUAUCUAGCCGGGCUACCCAUGGCCCGCUACAACAUCUGUAUGUCUUUCUAUGUGUGUGUCUGUGUAUAAGUGUGUUUGUAUGUGUCUGUGUAUCUAUCUGUGUGUCUGUAUGUGUAUAAAUCUCUGUAUGUGUGUCUGUCUGUGUGGAUAUGUGUCUGUAUGUGUGUCUGUGUGUUUUUAUGUGUCUGUAUAUUUGUGUGUUAAUGUGUGCUAUGUGUAUCUGUGUGUGACUGUGUAUCUGUAAGUGUAUCUGCAUGUGUGUCAUUGUGUGUGACUGUGUAUCUACAUGUGUCAUGUGUGUCAUUGUGUGUGACUGUGUAUCUGCAUGUGUAUCAGUGUGUGUCUGUGUAUCUGCUUUUCUGUACCUGUGUAUCUGUUUGUGUGUCAGCGUGUGUAUCUGUGUAUCAGUGUAUCUGCAUGUGUGUGUAUCUGCGUGUUUUGAUGUGUGUAUAUGUGUGUGUAUAUGCGGCAGUGUAUAUGUAUAUAUGCAUACUUCUAAACAUUUAAAUUCCAACACUACACACAAUUUCAAAUGUCAACACUGCAUACAAACACAACCCUAUAUUCAAAGGCAAACACUGCACACAAGUAAACCACUGCUUUCAAAUAACAACAGUACAUAAAAACAAGCAACUCAACACUACAAACAAAUACACCCCUACAUUCACACACACACUCACACACAUAUAAACUCCAUACAAAAACAUGCAUGCAUUCAAACAUACAAAAAUACUCCUAAAUGUUUAAUACAACCCUGCAAGGAUCGGCAAAUAGUAGAUCCCCAGCUGGCAAACCAUUGUUGGGGCUGUGAAACAGAUGGGGAUCUACAUUUUUGCCAUCCUUGUGAGAGGAGGGACCCAAAAAAAGUCUUGCACCAGGGCCCUCUCUGCUUUCGUGCUCCCUACCCCUGGUCUAGACCUACUAACUGGGUUAUUUACUAAAAUGAGAAUGCUCUGGAAUUCAGUGUGAAUUUCACAUUUAGAGGUAUUCUCUAGUGCCAGAAAAACAGACCUGUUCAGACACUUACCUGAAGCCAGCACGGAUGUCCCUCGGCGCUGGGUCAGGCUCCUCCGACACUCCUCCUCCGUCAACGUCCGCCGACGGGGAAGACCUAAUGCUCAUGCACGGUAUGACCACAUAUAUUUUCUUACUAAAGGAAUGUUAUUUCUGAGCAUACACAAUUUGUAUGCAUUUAUGCACUUUACCAUGCUUUUCUGUGGGGAUUCCUGCGAUGCUGGAGGUCCUCAUGCAUAGCGUGAGGACGUCCAGCGUUGUUUAGACGACCAAAAGAUGUCUAAGAAGCCAGAAGUCCCUCUAGUGGCUGUCUGCUAGACAGCCACUUGAGAAGGACUUAGGCCUGCAAGGUAAUUAUUACAGUAAUUAUUACAGUUUAUAAAAACAUUCCUUUAGUAAGAAAAUAUAUGUGGUCAAUUGGUAUCACUUGCAGGGUUAAUGGUGAUGGGAGUUGGCACCCAGACCACUUCAAUGAGCUGAAGUGGUCUGGGUGUCACUUUAAGGUCAAAGUAGCUAAACUGGAAGAAUUCUCCAAGUCAGCUAUGCUUCCAAUUGUCUAUUUUUGCUUCAAAUUUGAAAUUCGCUUUAAAUUACCCACAAUUCUCACUUUAGCAAUUAUUACGUAAAUAUUAAAUAUGUAAAUAUUACGUAAAGAGGCACUUUCCAACAGGCAUCUGUUUCCACCACUCAAAUUAAUAACACCGAGCUGAUGCAUUUAAAGUGACAGCCAGUCAGAUACCAGUUGACCACAUAUAUUUUCGUACUAAAGGAAUGUUACAUUGCUACCUGCAGUCACAUUGCUACCUGCAGUCACAUUGCUACCUGCAGUCACAUUGUUACCGGUUGUCACAUUGCUACCUGUUGCCACAUUGCUACCUGCUUGGUGGCAAGCGAGAUAGAAGCAAUAGGAGCAUCUGCACAAUGCACAAGGUCAGCAUUACGUUUACAGUUUGAUGGCAAGCCAGUCAGCAAUAGGUUUAUUAAUCUGUUUCCUCCCAAAUUCCCACAUUCUGUUUCUUCCGAACUUUGUAACAAAAAAGAUCAUGGAGGUUCUCCCUAGUUUAGGGUUACUUUGGAUCAAUUCUUAAAUUAUAAUUUUUUUUAAAUAAUUCUUUAUUUUUUCUGUGCGUGUGAUAAUAACAACACGCUUGUAGAGCCACGACAGCUGAAACAAUCCUCAUAGUAACAAUGUAAAACAUCGGAGUGUCAGCACAAUUUUAGUUAAAAUAAGAAUAAGGGUCAGGCUAGAACAUCAUAUUUUUAGGGUAUAAAGAAAGUGUUAUAAAGUACGUGAGGGUAGUGAGAGUAAGACUCAACUAGAGAUUGAACGGAUUAAACUUCUCUUAGUACCUGAUUGCACAUUGUGACAAAAUGCUGUAUCUUAUUAUCCCAUUUAAUCAGGGCCGGCCUAAGGCAUUGUGCUGCCUGGAUCAAAGGAUGAAAUGCUUCCCUCGUGGAUUCAGUGUCUGUGUAUGGUAGAUGUAAUGUGUAUGUGUGUGUAUAGUGGAUGCAAUGUGUGUGUGUGUGUGUGUGUGUAUAGUGGAUGAAGGAGGGAGGGGUGAUACAGUGAGGGAGGGGGGUGACAGGUGGCAGAGUGACUGAGGGAGGGAGGGGGUGACACAGUGAGGGAGGUGGUGACAGGUGGCAGAGUGACUGAGAGGGUGACAGAGUGAGUGACAGGUGGCAGAGUGACUGAGGGAGGGACAGGGUGACACAGGUGACAGAGUGGGUUACAGGUGGCAGAGUGACUGAGGGAGGGGGUGACAAGUGGCACAGUGACUGAGGGAGGGGUUGAUACAGUGAGGGGGAGAUAGGUGGCAGAGUGAGGGAGGGGGUGACAGGUGGCAGAGUGACUGAGAGAGGGGGUGACACCGUGGGUGACAGGUGGUAGAGUGACUGAGGGAGAGAAGGGGGGACACAGUAAGGGAGGGGGUGACACAGUAAAGUGGGGUGGUGGCAGAGUGACUGAGGAAGGGAGGGGGUGACACAGUGGGGUGGGUGACAGUGAGGGAGGGGAUUGUAAUUUAAAAAAUACCUUUAUUUUUUCCCUGAUGGUCCAGUGUCUUUGAUCCCUGGUGGUCCGGUGGGCUGUCUCUCCAAUUUGCCCUGAGAGAAUGCAGUGUGUGUGCAGCUCCACCAGGUGUGAGCUGCAGACUGUGCAGUGUCUCAUAAUAUCCAGAAGUCAGAGCGUUGCCAUGGUAACCCGCAGCAAUGCUCUGAUUGGCCAGAGAUCGCAAGACACUGCACAGUCUGCAGCUCACACCUGGCGGUGCUGGCUCUCUGCCUCUGUCUCUCAGGGCAGAUUGGAGAGGCUUUGCACCCGGCGGCGUACAGGGCAAGCCACCGGGCCCCCUCCUGGUGUCGCCUAACUCGCCUAAUUAGAGAGCCGCAGGCCUGCCACUGACAGGGGCAGCAAAAUGCUUCCCCUGUCAGAGUGCCACCUGGAGCCAUGGCUCCACCAUGGGCUACGGACGGGCCAGUCCUGCAGUAAAUUUCCCCGUGUUCGAUAGACGAAUCUACCAAACACCGACCACCUCCUGGCUCAUUGAUCUUCAAAGAAACCACAGACCAAAGUGCUCACCCUGUGUGGCCGCCGUUCCUAUAACCGAACAACACGUGCUGGAGAAAAUGGUGGCCAUCUUGUCGCACAAAUGCAGGCAGUGGGAUUUGAUCAUUAAGUGUCUGGGACUAUAAGUCAGACACUCGAACUCGCGAACACCGGUGAUUUUAUACGAACGCCUGCUUCUUUUCCCGACAAGACAGGAGAGCGCUGUUGGGUAGGAUUGUUUGCACGAACUAGGUGAACAAUCGCUACCCAUGAGCCAGGGGAACCAUUCAACAUUUUAUUAGUUUCUGAACUCCCGAAAGUGACCGACUGCUACCACUAUUUCUCUGGAACUAAUUUGGGCAGGCGCUACGUGUGCGGUCGGUAAAAACUUUAUCCCGGUUGUGAUUCGGCUGUGUUGGUGGGAUCCAAGCACUAUUUGGAUGUGUUAGGCACUCAGAUCCAGGCUAUCCGGGGAUAUAAUGCUUGUGGGGGUUCAGAUAAAUAUUAUGUGUAUUUUUAAUAUUUUAUGUUUUUAUACUUUGUGCCUGGGAGAUAAUUAGUUUAAGCAAAGUACUCUAAAUUAUCUCCCAGACACAGAGACUCCGGGGCAUGUUGUGGGAGUGUUAUGGGCGUGUUUUACCAUGUCUUUGCUUAAGAUCCCAUGUUGGGGCUCUGUGUAUAUAAGCGGGCCAUUUGGCCAGAAUAAAACAUUGCAGUUGUACCCUUCAUCAAGUCUCGACUGAUGUUUUGGUAUGCAAACGGCGAACCGAUUGAUUUUUUCCCACGACUUACGUACUAUGCGAACGUGCUAUAAUCAUUUAAGCCUCUAGCAUUUCGGGAGUAUACGAACUAACAGAUUAUACAAAAUACAAGGAGUUUGUUACACGCAUGCAUAUGUACUCAAGAGUAAAUAAAACAGGUUAUGUUGCUUUAAAGGGAGUGAACUACUAGUGGGCAGAAUUCCCUAGGAGGCUUUCUCAUGCUUAUGUAGUAAAUAUAUAAGAGGGCUCAAGAAUAAACUGUACAAAAGGGGCAUCAGGUUCACCAGAAAGAGGUUUGUCGACUUGCAGUAUCUGCCCACUCGUGCUCAGUCCGGGAGCUCAAUCAGCCAACACCCGCAGAGGGUACAUGAUAGUCCUGCAGCGUUGUGAGGUGCUGCAAGUCUCUUGAUCCAGGUGCCGUCAGAAGGGAUAAGUCAGCCAGCUGGGCCAGGAUCUGAAUCAGAACAAGGUGUUGCAGACUGCUGGUCCUGGAACCCGUCUGGUGGGGUAAGUAAGCUUGUUGGGUCUGGUAGCCUUGAGGAGCUUGAUAUCUUCAGCGUUGUCUUGCAUUAAGCCCCAGCAGUUUCUGUGUCUGUGGCAAGUUGUGCUGAGUUGGAGUGCACAUCUUGAACCAUCGCCAGGAUGAGGCCUGUUUCGUAGGCAAGGCCAGUGUUGCCUUGCUCCACAAGUCGGUGAAGAUAACGUCCAAUCUGGUCAUCACUCCAGAGUCAGUAGGACGGGGGAGACACAUGGCGUCUGUCAUAUUGGGUAUGUCGCUGUGUGGUAGGCUUGUCUGCAUGGCGUCGUCCUGUGCCCCCUCUAGCUAAGGUUUGUCUCCCAGGGGUGGACCAUGAUCACCCCCAGCAGUCCGGGAGGGGGAUAUGGGGCUCUCAUUCUAAGUGAGUGUUAGCCAUGCGGCACUAGGCCAGGAGAUCGGUCGCCUCUUCCGCCCGGCACACACUAGGCCUCAUGUUGCCAAAAGUUCCACUAAUAGGCUCCAAUAAGGUCACAAACCGCUGAGUCAGUUCCCAGUCAGAUCGUGGGUCUGGUAGGUCGGUAGCUGUCUCCUAGUUUGAGCUCUAUGGGGCUGGAGAGAUCGUCAAUUACUUUGAUUAAUGAGGAGCUCAGAAAAAACACAUCUUUCCUCCAUUUAAAUCAGGCUCCGACCCAAUUCUUCAGUUUUGAUCUAAUAGUAUGAUGUAUUUCAUCUGAAUUUUAUUAGUGACACGGCAGCUCCUAUUAUGCUAUCUCUUUCUUACUUUAUUCCUCAGCAGCAAAGAGAAAAAUUAACUUGAAAGAGAAAAUAUGAAUAAUAUGAAUAAUAUAACAGAUACAACCAACUCUGCCUGGUAACAGGGCAGCCAAUCAGCUUAUAGGAACAGUCCAUAGAAAGCCUUGCUGUAUCUUUCCACUUUCUUUGCUGCUUCCUCAGACCAGCUAAGUAUAAUUUUAUCUCCAUGAUCUUUCUUCUGUUAUUAAGGAUAAUUUGUGGUUAUUAUUAUCUAUAUUGGAUUGUUUUUGGUUGUUAUAUUUAUGAUGUUCUAUUUGUGUUUUCUUUGAUUAUAUGUUAUUUUCGUUUUCCUUGUGUGUUUUUACUUUCCCACUUGUUUGUAGCCGGUUUCCCCUGCCUGUGUUGAGUUGUGUUGUUAGUGUAUUUCCAUUUGCUCCUCUCCCACUCCUACCUGUCGUGCCAAUCAGCCUCCCUCUCCUCGCACCCGGUGGUGCAAGGGCGUGUGUUCCACGCGCUCCCCAGCCAUUGGCGGAUGAGGGACUCUGUGUUGCCCGCGGCGCGCUCUGUACUUGCACGCAUCAGCAUUCCACACUGCCAGUACACACACAUGGCUGGAGGCUCUCUACGGCACGGCUCCCUGUACCUCUCCCAUUCUGUUUUUGUUUCCUUAUAAGGUACUGUCUGUGGGGUUAUUUAGCUUUCUCCUUCUAGCUUAGAUUGUUUUGGGACUUUAUUGGCACACUUUGUCCCUGGGAUUAACCCUUUCUCUCUGGGCCUACUGCCCUAUUUGUUUGUAUACAUUUUAUAUACUUUUCCCUGCCCUGGUUAUGCAGGCUAGAGGAGAGGGGUCUGACAGUCCCAUUUACCCCAUUAUGGACCCUAUGCUACCCCCUGUUACUGGGUAAGCUAGCCACACUCCCUCUCAGGAGUUCCAGGCCCUCAUAGACUCCACCAUGCAGAGGGCCCUGGCCUUGGCUAUGGGGACCGUAUCAUUCUCCCUGUUCCAUACACUGCAACAAGUGCUUGUACAGCCCCUAAGGCCUCCUGUUGUGCCCAACCCCCAACCUGCGCUGCAGGCUCAGACAAGCAGCAAGGCACGUCUCUCCCACCAAUAUGACGUGGGUGCCACCUGCCCUGACUGACACGCCUCGGGCCGUCCAAGAUGGCGCUUGCCGCGCAAAAGUGCCGCUGGCCUGGCAAUAUUGGCCAGAACCUGGAAAAGGGUGCGUGCCCAUGACAUUGAAGGAUCGGAUUCCAAUCAGAGUGGGGAGAUUAGUUUGCAUGUUCCUGACUAUGCCUCCUAUGAGGAAGGGGACUCCGACGCUGCAGUGGGUUCCGACGCCUCGACGUUACCUCCGAGUGGGGGGCAGGGUAUCUGUGAUCCACAGGGUUACCCCCUGUUUGAUCCAGAUGACCUCCGCCAUCCUCGCUCGACGGAAUGGGACCCACCCGAACACAUCGCUAAUUACCUGGCAUUGCAUAUGCCCACCCCGCUGUCCAAAGAGGGGUGCAGCAAGUUAUGGGCUGAAUGCCCAAGGCCCUCAGUGCCUGAUGCGGUGUGUAAAACGCUAGAGGUUGAUCUUCAGAUUUCCCAGUUCCUGGCCAAAACGGGCGGGAAACCCAGAAAAGGACUGGAGUUUUCACUCCACAAUUGCCAAGAUAAAAUAUUGGACACUCUGGGCCCCACUGCCAAACUCUACGAGCUCCUAGAGGCAGAUGAGGCUAUUGGCUGGGUCCAACAACUGAUAUGCCUUUUUCGGCAAUACAAAUACCGCCAUGUCGGCAGAACGCCGCAAAGCCAUUUUGCUUAAGAUUGAACCUAAAUUGGUCAACCUGGCGGUCAAGGAGCCGGGACCUGCCGCUAAGGGCAUGCUUUUUGUGGAAUCCUUUGUUAAGGACUUAGGUUCGUUUGUACGUACCUUCACGACCCUAGAUAAAGCCCAGUCCAACCUGAAACGGGUCCUCGGCCCAAAGGUUUUCCACGGAGCCGUCCGACCGGCCGUGCUGCUCGAGGUCCCUCGCAGACUUACAGAGGUUCCUUCACUGCCCCUCAGGAGACCGUGGCAGACUCGGGGAGGUCGUGGACAACCCUCAUACAGACAUCCAUAUGGUGAGUACCCUAAACCCCCUUUUUUCCCGUCUAAACGUGGGAGCAGACUGGUCUUAUUUGUCGAUAUGUGGGGCAAGAUUACCACAGAUGCGUGGGUUCUGAGUACGGUCAGGGGUUUCUGUCUAGAUCUUUUGUGUCCCCCUUUCCAGAUUCGAACACCCCAGGAACUAAGGUUGCCGGAUGAUCAGGCUGGAUUAAUCACCACAGAGAUUGCGUAA